GGUCCGCUCCUCCCCUCUCUACGUCUCUGUGAUGGUAGCUAGUUUCUAUUGGGAGAAGGUCAAAUGACUCCGCAUGUCUGGUUUUGUGUACGUCCCCAUGAUGGUGCACGCCUGGUGAAGAAACAUUGUUAAUUUAAUAUCGUUUGUCAGGAUAUGCUUUCAGAGAGUGAGCGAAGCGGCGUCCUGGAUUGUGCGCCUGUUAAGGUAAGUGUCGAUGUGCAGCAGCAGCAGCAGCGUGUUUUGUUAUUUCCAAGACGAUUAACCCGGCUUAUGUUGAUGCAGCCGGAUAAGUCGUUGCCUUAUAAAGGUUUAAUGUUUGUAAAGUGUUGUGUUUCAGUGCAGCGGAUGGUGCUCAGGAGCCCGGAUGGUUAAAAAUAGCUUUUUUCAUAUGCUGAAUCUGUAGAUGCUUCCAGACACUGUGCAGGUGCAAUUCAGGUGAAGGGUCGCUGUAGUUUUCAUACACCGGCCACUGCCUGCAGUUUCUGUCGGUUGUAUGUAAUUGUAGAGGCAUCUGACCGCGUUUUUUCUCUUAUUAGAAGAAGUGUCAAGCGCAUUAUAAAACAUUUCAGACGCUUAAUGCAGAAAGAGCUCAGUAAACGCAGAUCGACACUUUCUGCAUUAAUACUACAUAGGGACAUUCAAAGGCACCAAAUGAAAAGAAAAGGGAAAAAACAAUCAACAAAAACACAACAUUGCAAGUAAUUCAAGAGGGGAUGCAAAAAAGAAAAGAAAAAAACUACAAAAGAGCAUUACAUACACUAAGACGUAAAAGAAACUCUUGACAUUAAUUUGCUUAUUUAAAUGAUUGAUAUGAAGCUUUUGCUGAUUCCGAAAUUCUAGCCAAUAUAUAUAUAUAUUUUUUUUUUUUUUCAAACUUUUCUUGCUUUAAGCUUUUAAUGUUUACCAUGUAGGCCUACAAAUCAGUGUUUCCCUGAAAUGGUAUCAAAGGCAAGUGGAAAGUUCAAUCCUUAGCUAUAAGAAAGCUCUGGGGAUUGGAGACUUAAUGAAGUGAGUCAUUGGAGGAGCCCCCCCCCAACCCCCUACAGAGUAGCAUAGAGCUAAACCUAUUACACAACUGCAUGACGCACUGACGUACAGCCGCACAAGGUAGUCAAUAAGCUUCCUCUGAGGUAGGAGGCCUGCCCUCCUCAGUCUCUCAUUAUGAAUCCUAUUAAAACAUGCCAGAUUCAAGCAGUAUCAGCAUGUUUAAUAGAUCAGUGUCUGGGCACGCACUGUGCUUACUGAUGCACACUGUGGUUUGUUCAAGGUCGGUGAGAAGUUCAAGGUCAAUUUAAAAUGGAUCUUGUUGGAUUACUACAGUUUGUUUUGUUUUACUUAAUCCAAGCUGAGCAGAAAAAAAAUUAUGACAUCCUUUUAGCAAAUUAACAGCCAAUUAAAGAGAUUUUUCAAUAUGUCUCUUAGCUGUAAAUGUAAGUAAACUGCAAGCAACCUUUUCAUAGUAUUUGAUUAGGGAUUAAAAUAGCAUUUUGUUUUUAAAAUAAGUAGCAUGCAUUUGAAUUUAACAAGCUGGAAUUGAGGCAUUAGUGGCCUUUUUGACCAAAUAAUGACUCUUCAAUUCCAUGAUUGCUAAAAAAGUUAGUCAAAAUAAGGGGAUUACUUAUAAAAGCUUAACUGACUUACUGUUUUAGCCAUAACCCCUGUAGUUUUCAGUACCUAAGUGCUCUUUCCUGAGCUCUCCUGCCAUUAUUUGGAGAAUGUUCUUGAUUAGGACUCUCCAUGUCAGGAUAUGGGUUGCAGAUAUAGGUGCAGGUGGAUAUAGCUAGAGGUGAGUAUAUCCAAGAGUCCUACUGCUUAAGGAUUCUGCUUUACAUUCAUCAAAAGGUGUUUCUUUUUUAUUUAUGUCAUUUAAUUUCUAAUAGAACCAUGUUUAAAUUAAACAAAACAAAACAUAUUAAACAUAAAUGUAACCAUUAAUGCAUUAAACCAGAGCUUAUGACAGUAUGCUGAAAAGAUGUACAUAAAGAUUCUGUGGUUUUAAAGUGCAGCUUGAGUUACAGUCAGCUGAUUGUUGACCUGCAUGCCCUCCAAGUUAUUGUUCUUAUUGUUCUGUAAGGAUGCAAGUGAAAAUAUUUGUCAUAAUAAAGUUUGUCUGAAGUAGUCCUUUUGAGAGCCCUUUAAUCAAGUGGAUCAGAGAAGCCCCCAACCCUGGUCAAGACAGAGCUUUAAAUCUGUUCUUAGAGAACUGCUGGUGCUAGUCUAUGAUCUAAACCUGCUUAAACCCAUAGAAGUUUCUGCUCCAGAAAAAUAAAAGAGCAGUGGGAGCUGAAUGAUGCCAAGUGGUGCCACAUGAGAACAAUAAUCUGAAAUAAUAAAGAGGCUUUUGUCUGCAACCAAAAGCACAGUUUCUCUGAUCAUGGACAUGGUUUUGACUUAGAAAGCCAGUUACUUCAGUUGUCAUGGGAGCCUUUUGAUUUCUCAUUCUACUCAUGUGUCGUUUUACAUACUUUCAGGGCAUGUUGUUUGAAAUCUUUUCACUGAAUAUGAAAUACGAAAAAAAUAAAAUAAAGUUAUUAUUAUGCGUCACCUAGUUGCUUGAUGUUUUAAGCAUGAGGCUGCAUGGAUCACAUGAGAGAUGCAUAAUCUUUAAACAAUCAGUAAGAUCAUAGCAACUAAGUUAAAGGGUGCUUGGAUAUGAAUAUUUGACUUAUCAGAAGUUUGAAUACAAGGAAACCCUCAGAAAACAGUUACAAUAAUUCUUUCACAAACCAAAAUCAAAUUGGCUCUCUAGGCCUGGUCAAUGGUAGAAGAGCUAGCACCACCAGCCUCUGGUCCACCUUGCAGGUAAACAGUUAUAGAAUGUCUGUGUCGGUUACGCAAUGAAAGUAUGGUUAUCCACCAGCUCAACCAUACUCAGUCUACAAACAACUCAUUCUACUUCUCCAGUCAAAGGCAAAAACUUCCUUGGGUUAUGAUGAGUCACCUUACCAUCUGUGCUAGUUUACAUUGGCAUUGUAGAGCAGUAUCACAGCAGCCUCUAACUGGAGCUACAGCUCUGGCUUAUGGCAGCUGGGCUUUUGGGCAACUUUACAAACUCUUAAUAAUUUGGUUGACCAAAUAGCCCUUUGGUUGACUUGACACCAAAGCCUCUCAUACGCUUUCAGUAUGUGUAAAGUGACUUUGUUGGCUGGUUUAAAGGCUCAAUCGGAUAUUCAGAUAUGUGAAGUUCUCGCAGUGGAAGUGUGUCAAUCAUAGAUUUUGCCAAAAAAAAACAACAAAAUAGAGAAAAUUUAGUCUUACAGUUUAAGUCAUAUUUUAAGGAAAUGUGUGAUAAUAACACUGAAUAAAACCCACUGAGCUAAGUUUUAACAUUGAUUUAAGCUCACAGGCAGCAGCUUUUUUGGUUCAAUCACAACAGUAGUCAUUAUCUUCUUUGUCCACCUGCCAGUGCCACUGUAGCUCCUUCAUUAUGUUUACAGGCUACAUUGUUCUAACUAUUAGCAAUAUGUACUAGCUAAUAUUAUAAUACACAAGGCUUAAAGUGUGUAAGUAAUAGGUUUAAUUAGAAAGCUAAAUACUAACCCUUCUUUAUGAAUGACCAACAAAAUCUUUGCUUGAACAGUAACAGAAAAAUGCUGAUUUUAGUCAGUGUUGGAGUUCUUCAGGGCCAACACCAUGAAGUGUUUUAGUAGUCACUGUAACAACAGCAUCCUUUAGUUGGUUUACUUUCUCAGAAAUGUUCCUGUUGGAUGUUAUCAGACACAGCCUUUAGAUCCCUUCCACCCAAAACAUCCCAUUGAGAAGAGAAGUAGUAAGAUAAAAUGUUUAGCAAGGACUUUUUAUCAUGAAGAAAAUGUUGGAAAUUGUGAACUUAGUUUUACUUAAGUUAUACAUUCAUCUGUGUUUUCAAUAACACCACACAGAUCAUUUACACAUUGUUCAAAAGCUGAUUUAUUGCUCUAAAUAUUUGAAACUGGAUUUAAAAAACACGUUAAAGUAUUAGUCUGACUGAAAUCACACUGAAUUGAACUUCCCAUAGUCAGACUGACAUACGAGGAUAAUGCGGUUGGAGAUGGAUUUUCUCUCUUAUGUUAACAGCUCAGUUGAGUCAGAUUGACAGACCAGGAUAAUGCAGUUGGAAAUAGAUUUUCUCUCUCAUGUUAACAGCUCAGUUGAACUGAAACAUGCCUAAAUGUUCUGCACAAGCUCCAGUAUUUGCAGCAUUUGCAUGCUGGGUUUUUAGCCGUAAGAUGAAUACAUGAAUACAUACCGUAAGAGUAUGAAUACAUUGUCAGGAAGCCAGGUGGUAAACAAAACCUCAACUUUUGAAGAAAGAACAAAAAUAAAGAGAUGAAACUUUGCUUUUAUACAAACAAACCAUACAGAGCUGGAAAAAGUGAUGUUUUUUCAUUGUUUGACAUGUAUUCACUCCAUUUUUAUCCAGUGCCUGUAAACUUGAACAAAGAGUUGAAUCUCCUAAUUGAGCUAUGACUGUAGCUGUGCAUGUAAACAUACUGACAGAGAUACAUUACUUACAGUUGCUACUUUGGCUGUAAGUCAUAGUGGCCACGAACUUCUCAGUCAUCUUCAGCUGAAGAUGAUGGUGUCACGAUUUAAAGGUGGGGUAGGCAGGAUCUGAGGAAGUGCCUCAGUGUUUGUAGGACUUCUACAACCAGCCCCACAACAACCAACUAGGAUAAGGUGACAUACUCCAGCACCCGAGGUAAACAGUUUAGCGGAGCUACAAUGCGCAGCAAGUCCCAUUUGACAAGACACACUUCUGUUACAGACACUUGGUUUACUUUGUUAAAGCGGUUUACCUGUCCAGCAGAAAGGUUACAGGGUCCGUAAGAUCCCGAGGCGUCCCCCAUCGUUUAUGCUGAUGCUGACCCGGCUUCCUAGCUCUUGCCCGGCUUUUUAAGUGCCUGUUAUUCUGCCAGUCUCCGGUGUUUACUUCGUUUUCUUGCUUGUGUUGGUGGUCGUGGCUAAAGGAGGAUUCAGACAAUUUUCUGUACUUUCUAGUUGGUUUCUACUGUCUGAUAUUGUAGUACGCUAACUUUGUAUGGGCUCGUAAACAACAUGGGGGAGCAGCGUCUGCCUCACAACCAAUCCGCACUAAGGAGCAGUGUCCGCCUCACAUCCAGUCGGAUUGGGGGAGGCGGAGAAUGGCUUUGUGUACUGUCAGAAAGAGCGGGCUGCUCAAAAAAUUAAAAUGUUGACUACACAGACAUAACAAAACACAGCGAUAUUGUUAUAUUACCAAAUGUCAUCAAUAACUAAUAGCUAUUGACUGAUAUCAAAAGCCUUUUUUUAUAUACACCACAAAAAAAGAUGCUUCUUCAACGAAUUCCUGCCUGCCCCACCUGUAAAAAAAAAAACAAUAAUAGUCAGUAGUAGUCGACUUAUAAUAUAUAGUAGUCAAUCUAAUACAGAUAUUAGUCCCUGCUGUGCUCAACUCAAGUUAAGAGUUGAGUUAUUCCAGCAUAUAGUCGGUGUGAAUCCCCAGAGUGACCCUAAAGACACCCCCUUUGACGCAGGAGAAGGUGCUGCUCUUUAGUCGGCAGGUAUGUUGGUCUGUCUGGCUCUGCUCUGGAACUUCAAAGCUGGAAGCCGUCUGUCUGUUAAUUUCAGGAUAUCACACUUACCAUGUAAAAAAAAUGCACCAGUAUCAUUGCGAAUGAUUGGCACAGCCUUAUGAUAGGCUUCAACUUUGGAAUAAUAGGCAAAUGUGGUGAAGCAAAACAGACACAAUAAGAAAAGACAGGCACAAAAGAGAGGGGUGUGAAUCUAGUUGACAGCAAUGAGAUAAUGACAGCAGCACUGUCAGUGAUUUGUUGCCCUGUGUGGUUAUGGGAUUCCAGGAAUCCAGCUGAAAAUACAUGCUGCUGUUAUUUCACGUUUUAUGAGUCAAGAGACAAAGAUUCAUGAGGGAGUCAACCUCCUGACUGGACGGUAUGCUAGAGUAAUUGCUUAAAAUGAUAAGUGUGUGGUAAAAUACCGCUUCUCCUUGAUGCUUUUAUGUAAACACAGCCCUUAUAAGUAAGCCAGACUGUAGGCUGAUAAAAAAGCCUCCAUGUCCUCAGCCAUCCUCUUAAAAACAGAGGAGCAACAGUGAAGGAGCAGCUGAAGCUUACAUAGAUGUCGCUUACAUGGCAGCAGAGCUAGUGUGGUCAAUAACAAUAGCUUUACCUACCCACAGUAAACGGCGGCAUGGGACUGGCUGGGGGAUUACAAAGGAUUUGCCAUGCUAAGCCACAGAAACCCGGCCCAGUGACCCCCUCAUGUCUCCUCCUCUCUUGAACUUAACAACAAGCCAUCUUACUCUUCUAGUCUUAUUCUAGCCUACUUGGCCCAGACUGGCCAAUUGACCCAAAUGAAUGGUUACAUGGCUGGGAUCAGGUAUGGCAGAAGCAGUCUUCAGAAUCUGAUGCUUCAUAAACCAGUUUUUUCAUUCACAUCACAUGAUAAAGUUCUGUUUUCUGUGGAUGUCUUCUGACAUUGCUACUUUGAUUAAAAAAACUUUCUUUAUGAGAACUUUUAAAGAAUCAUCAUCAUCAUGUUUUCUAGCCUGAGAAACAGUCUUUGGAUGUCGUUUGUGCCUGUCAUUGGGAAACAAGUGUGCAGCUCUAUAAAUGAUGAUCAGACAGCCAGAUGACAUACAUCACUAAGUCCAUGCCACAUAACUUGAUAAGAAGAAAGUGAUGCUAGCAGCCAGCUAAAAUCUGAUUUGGCCUCAUCACUUAAGUCGAGCCAACAUUGCUUUUGGUUACAUUUUUAGACUUGAACUUGAAAGCUAAUUUCAUCAAAGCUAUGGGAUUGGGUCAUUUGAUGCAAACACUUCAUGGGCAUUUGUCUCUGUCAGCUCAUAUCAUACAGUGAAGUGACUCAGCACAGGGCAGUCCUUGACUUGACUGUGUUGCCCUAACUCAAACUGACAGUGUUCUAGCUCCUCUUCCUUGCUAUUGGCUACUCUCUGGGGAAGCCAAAGUUUUUCAUUUUUUUUCACAACAUUGUCAUCAUCGUGUGCAGCUUAAAUGCACAUCAGGAACACUUUUGGACUGAAGUGUUAUUUGAAGAUAGAGAAUGUACCCUCACCGGCCCCUUUAGUAGGUACACCUUGCUCAUACUAGGUUGGACCCCUUUUGCCUUCAGAACUUCCUUAAUUCUUUGUGGCAUACUUUCAGCGAGGAGUUGGAAACCUUCCUCAGAGAUUUUAGUCCAUAUGAACAUGAAAGCUUCACACAAGUGCUGCAGAUUUGUCAGUUGCAUGUGAAUCUCUUUUUCCACCACAUCCCAAAGGGGUUUACUGGACUGAGAUCUGGUAACUGUAGAGGUCACUGGAGUACAUUGAGCUCAUUGUGCACUGUAGUCAUAAAGGGAUGGACAUGGCCAGCAACAAUACUGUGGUAGGCUGUGGAGUUUAAAGGAUGCUCAGUUUGGUACCAACAAUCAUGCCACAAUCAAAGUCACUUAAAUCCUCUUUCUUCCCCAUUCUGAGCUCAGUUUGAACUUCAGCUAGUUGUUUUGACCACGUCUUCACGCCUAAAUGAAUUGAGUGUCUGCCAUGUGAUUGGCUUAUUAAUUAUUUGUGUUAACAAGCAACUGAACAGAUGUACCUAAUAAAGUUGCUGGUGAGUGCAUAUAUUACCGACCUGAGUAGGUAAUAUUGUUAGAUUUCUUUUUUCUUUUUAUAAUUAAAGUUAAAAAAUAUAUUGAAAAGACAGAAACCAGCAUACAUCCCCACCCAUGAACCGGCCAGCAAGCAGAAACGAGAGAAAAAGGAGAGAUAGAGAAGAAAAGGAAAACUCUUUCAGCUGCAGAGACUGAGAGAAAAUAAGGUCUUGUUUUUGUCUGUGCGCAGAGGUGUGAUACUCACCUCCAGAACACCACUGGUGCACACUGUGGCAGUCAGGGUCGCUGCAUGGGCUCAUUAUGAGCCAGCUCCCACAGUGUGUGUUGGGUAAGCAGAGUCAUAGGCCACGGCUUCAGUAGGUAACCUCUGUUUCCUAUAGUUAGGUUAGACCUCUACAUAAAAAAACAGCCACGUGAAAAUCCAUGAGUAUGGAUUACAGUCAGUGCGCAUGGAUUGUAAACGUGUCCGCAAGGAUCAGCACAUGGCUUUUUUUCUUUUCUUGACUGGUCACCCGGGGGGCUCCAUACACAUGCAAUUAUGUAAACUAGCAUACUCGUACUCAUACUGAUCAGCCAGGCACCUCACUGCUCCAUUCUCCGCACAAGAGCCACCACUGCUGCUGCAUAUAAGUGAGUACAAAGCCCUGAAGAGGAGGUGUUGAUUGGUGUAAGGAAUGGAAAUAUCAUCUGUUAUAAGUUGUAAGUGAUUGGAUGAGGUUAUUAGACUCUUAAAAACCUGGAGUUGAGUAACUCAUGCAGGGCUGUUGUUAAAUGCUUUGUUGAUCAGGGAUCACAGCUCCCACAUACCGGCAUUUGCGCUGAUGCUUUAACUUUUGUUUAAUAGCAGAGUAGUGUUCCUGUUGAGUGAUUAAAUCUGAAGAGGAGGUAAGCCAGCAAUCCAUCAAACACAUUUAAAAUGACAUUGAAAAUGAAACACUUACUGCAUUGGCUGAUACGAUACAAAAAUAGGUGUCGGGUUAGAGUUGUAAGCAUUUAGUUGUCAGGUGGAUACAGGUAAAGGUGAAUGAAAAAGUAACAGGUUUCUGUGAUCAGUAUUUUAGCUCAGUGGACGUGCUGGAGGCGUUUAUGCAUUUCAUUCCAGCAGUUGAUUAGACACUGACUAGUUCAUAGCCUGCUCCAAUCACCCACACAACCUCCGCUGUAAAUCUACCAUGAUGUGUGGGUCAGUGUAAGGACAGACCAUCAAUCAUGUCUGGAGCAGCUGAAUGCAGGAACAGUGAAGUAAAGCGGUAUCACAUGCAGUUUAUUUACUUUUUCAUUUAUAUAUAGUACAUUUAAUACAAUUCUCCAGUCAAAAUGCAGCUUCUCAACAUGUUUGUCUAUAAACUGCAGUGAAGCUCUGUCUGUGUUCACAAACUUGAACCAGGAUUUCUUAACAUUGUGUUGAUUGGUUAACAGGGAAAAAAACUGGCAAAAACAACACAGUUUUUUGAUGCCUUGUAGGGUUCCUUUAAACACUUUCUCCUCCUAAAGAGCUUGUCUGAUCAUUUUAAAGCUGGGGUUGUCAGCCAGAAGGGACUUCUGUGACAGCUGGUCAAAGUUUAGCAUCCACCCCCUCCUUCCUAUUUUCUUAUGUAACACUUGACUGGUUGAUUUCUCCAACAUGGUAAGUUUUCUCCACUCUCUGUACCCCAACCAGAGGACCAUUUAAAAAAGAUAAGUCCAUUAGCUUGUGCUCAGAACUCAAGGGGUGUGGCUACGGCAGCUGGUUAUGUAACACAAACAGGAUCCAAACAUCUUAAUAUUGCAAACUCAAAGACACCCAAAACAUUUUUUUGUUUUCAAAUAUUGUUUUUUAAAACAAACAAAGCUUUACAAACAAAAGUAAAAAUGAUCGGUAAAGAUCGACAGCUGCAGCGCAGUCUUUGUGCCGUAAUGUUUUAGCGCUCUCCAAGGUGCUGAUUCUGCCUAUUAAGUAACGCUUGUUUGUUCUCUAACAAGUAUAUAUGGGUGUUUUGAUCUCACAGAUUGAAGCAACUAACUUGUUAUUCAUACAUGUUGAGUGUGUUUUAAUCAGAGAAAACAAAGAGAAAUACUGUGCACAAAAAGAAGAGUAGAAGGGGAAAGCAGAGAAAUAAAGAAGGAAAGAAAAAAAUAAACAGAAAGAAAGAAAGAAGCAAAAAAGAAGCCAAAUCCUCCAUCAACAAAGGAAAAAAAACACAAAAAACACCAACAAACAGACAAACAAAUGUAGACAAACAUUGCAGGAAAAAAGACACAAAAAACAUAUACAAAAUCCAGAAUCGAACAGGCAAGUGAAUGACUAACUCUUAAGUCCUAAAUACAAGAAGUUUAGAGGGUAAAAUAUUGCUAAAAGCAGACUUAAAACACAGUGGUAAGGUUUGAGCAUAUGGUACAGCUUAUUAGCUACAAAAGACUGUUAUGUAAUAGUUAGACAGCAUCAUCAGUCGACCUGCCAGCCCUCAAUGUGAACUGGGUCACUGGCAACAGGUGAGAGUUGACUCAGGGCUAAUUGUUUAAAUACCUUCAUUAUUCUGAGUUCUUAUUAUACCGGCCUGUAGACAUUGAGGUCAGCGACAGACUUUUAAGGCACAGGAAUGAUUACUGCAGAUUUGAGUCAUGCUGGAACUUAAAAUUCCCAAAGUGACUAGUAAAAAUAUCUGUGAAAACGACAGCAAGGAUGCAGACAUAUUCCCCAGGUGUGGUCUGAAAUCAUACCCGCUGCCUGCCUCAUGGUGAGUUAGUGUAGAGGAGUUCUGACGGUGAGGGAUUGGAUAAUGAAAAUAGGAUCAUAAUGAGAUGGAGGAGCCUUCCUGACAUCAGGUGAUGGGCUGUCAAAACUAGGACUCACUUUAACAGCAGUUAGGUAGGCCGGUGUCGUCACAGUGAGUUGUGUGUUUGGGAUUGAAGCCGGUUAAUGUCUGCAGGCCCCCACCACACUCCUGUACUGUCAGGUCGUCAGCCCUGCUCUGUGCUAUUUUGUUAAUGUAAUUAUUUCCUGUUCCUUUAGCUAACAAAUGCAUCAGUCAUACGCUUCAGAGCACAAACAGUGAAUAGAGAAUAAAGCUUGUAAUGCAUAAGCGUAAGUCGUAAUCUGAUGACGUUAAAGGAAUAUUGUCACAAAAAUUAAAGUCAUAGUGAUUAGGAGAAUAAAAUCAUCAUGUUGUGAUGCGACAUGCCAGCCUCCGGACUGAAGAGCUGCCGUAUUUAAAACAUAAAAGACUUUUUUUUCAGUCAUUAGAAAUGAAUCCAUUAUGAAAUUCCCUUUAAUAUAAACUAAUGUAACCAUACUUCUGUGUAGUACAUUAUAUUUCUUUGGAAGGGCCUCUAAAUUCGUCACCUUUUAAUAUUAGUAUCACCUUAAACAGGUAAAUGUGCCUUUAAUUAUAGACAGUGCUUCCAGAUUGUCGAUUUUUGGGGCAUUCUGCCUUUUCUCAGUUUUCAUUUCCAACACUGUUAAAAAAAACAUACUUUUAUCCUGUACGUUACCUGUAAAACCAAACCUACAUGUGAUGACCAACCUGCAGUCUGUGGGUGGGAUUAAACGGGUUUGCCCAUAUAAUCCUACCGGCAACAAUAGCUGCUAGAUUUUUCUUUGUUUUGGGCAGCUAAUGUAAGUGUCAAAAUAAGAAUAGCUUGUCUCCAAUAAAUUGUAUCAAUAUCAUGUACAGUUGUGGCCAAAAUUAUUAGCGCCCCCCCCCCCCCCCAUGAAAUUUUAAGUUUUUUUUCCAAAAUUUCCUAAGUGCUGUUCAACAGAUUAAUGAUUUUUUUACACAGCUUUUCCAAACAUCCUAGUUUUAUUUUGGAUCCUCACAUUACUUUACUUUGCACACAGAAACAAAAUUAUUUCACUAAGAUCAAAAACUACCAGGGUUAAAAAUCUUAGCCCCCUUAAGGAUUGAUGUUUUCAUUGAGCCAAAACAAAAACCACUGUUGUGCAAUCAUGUGCUUUCACUUUUGAGUGCUCACAGCUUGUAAUCGAUCAAUCAGUUAAAUUAAAACAAAGGGUUGUCCUACACUUUACACACUGUAUAAAAACCUUGUUACGCAUUUGAGCUGUCACUUGAGAAGGCAUCUGUGGUGGCCCUGAAGUGCAAAACACAACAACAUUUCCAAAACACAAAAGCAUUUCGCAAAACACAACAUUUCCCAAAACACAACAUUUCUCAAAACACAAAAACAUUUCGAAAACACAUUUUACUGCUUAGUUAUAUAUAUAUAGCUCAAUGUUUAAGUGUAUGCCUUAGAUGUGGGAAACAGGGGUUCGCCUCCUGGUCUGGGAUUUGCUUUAUCCUUGAGCUGAAGCUGCAUAUCUGCUUUAGUUCUUGAAAAUAAUGACCUGGGAUAAUGAUCUGUUGUGGAGCCUUGAAGCUGAAAUAAAGAUAUAUAAGAAAAUGUAGAGGUUGCUGAUCAGUAAUGUAUUUCUGGUCCAGGGUUAAAACAUUUGCCACUGCAGGCCUCCGCUAACUCUUCAUAUUAGUCAUACCUCUUCAACACAAUGGAUAGGAGUUACUCAGGGCACAAACACUUGCUUCAACACCAUAAAUCCAUGGUAACACAGGCAGUAGCAAAUGGCAGAAAUGACCUGAAGCACAUUUCAGAGGUCCUCUGUAAGGUUGACCCUGACAACAAUGUAUGUGUGAACCGUUAGCCACACAGAAACUGAAUGACUGUGGGUGAGAGAAGAUGUUUAUUGUCAAUAAUAAUGGCACAAGUUGUUUCCUGCCAGACUAUUAUGACCUCAAAUAGAUUUGGAAACAUAAAGCAAUCAAGCUAUGUGCCACCAAACACAGCUUAGGAAAUGAGCCGACAGGAAAGGAGAGAAGUAGAAAUGAUGAGCUGCUGCCAAUAAGUAAACCAGGGGGAAAUGAGUGGGGGACAGUAAAGAAGAUGAGUCAUAUCAUUGCAGCAAACUUAACCUCUUUUAACACACCACUGACUGCAAGUGGAGUCAACUGAGGUAUUUCAGCUUAUUUUUUGACUGGAAUAGAUUCAAACCAGAUACUUCAACUUCUAUGCAUGGCUUUCUGUUCUUUGUUUAGUCCUUGUGCUCUGCAGCAGAAAAAAAAGAGCUUUUUGUUGGAGCUGAAACAUUUUUACCCCUUCAGAAGUAACAGUGAAGUGUCAUCAUCUCUCACAGCCUCCAAUAACCUUUGCGUGAAAAACAGGACUCUAAGUCAUUGCACAUUGCGAUUAGUUAUAGCGCAAUCAUAUUAAGACUUUAGACUUGUUUGAGGUUUUCUAUUCAGAGACUGUUCAAGUUAGACAUAUACAAGACUCAUUUGUAAUCCACUUGUUUCUUUUUCUUAGGCGUUUAUCUUGUUUUGUACUUCAAGAUUUAACCUAAAAUUCAAAAAAGAACAAUAAGGAAGAUUUUAAUACAUAAAGAGAGUGUAUAUAUGUCUUCAUUUAACCUUGGGCCUACUUGUCUAUGUGUAUGUAUACACUUCUAUACACGUGCACCCUAUACAUAUACACAUGCAAACCUAAUGACCAGAAAAAUGAUUUCUGCUGUACACAUUUACACAUGACCUAAAAGUGCAGGCUGUGGUUGCAAUCUUCAGUAUCUUUUAUGGAUGUAAACAGUCAGCAUCUGUGUAAACAGUUGAGUUGUAGUGCAAGAAAACAUAAUACAGUGCAAAAUACAGAACCAGGUGAUUCUGUAUUAACAGCAGCGGCAGCAGUUUUUUUUAUUGUGCAAAUACUGAUAAGAUGAUAUUCAGUCAUUUGAUUUCUGUCUGUUUUGUUAUGGUGAACCGAACAAUCAUUACAGUUAUUGAUUGACUCCAUCUAGUGUCUUUGUUAUGUUUGCCUGUUGUGCUUUAAUGUAUCGACAAUGCCUGUUUGAUUUAAACUGCUCUCUGGGAGUCGAGCUGAUGGAGGUUCCUGAAAUCAGUGUGACCAAAGAGUUGACAACUUCAGAGUGACUUAACUGUGAUGCUGAAAAUCUCACUGUUAUCUCUCUCUCUCUCUCUCUCUCUCUCUAUCCCCCACCCCUGUCUUUUUGCUUUUGCAUGCAGUUGUGAAUGUGUCUGUGUAUGUGCGUCCCACAGGUCUGAAAAGUCAACAUCAUACCUCAAGCUUCCAAAGCCUGUGAGCACGGGAAAGAAGACGCUGUCAGGAUGUUUAGCACCAAAAGGUCAGCACCAUGUCACUUUGAUCUACCUUUAUCUGCAAAAGAAAUGGCAGAAAUCUUAAGGCAGCUGGAAACGUCUAAUGUUGUUAUUGGCUGGCAUUUCUGGCCAGUCAUGCUCCACUAAUGACUGAAGACAGGAAUACGAAGUGAUGUGAGGAAAGGGGACUGUUUAUUUUAGACCACAACACAACCUUACCUUUAUUCAUUUUGAGUUUGAAAUCAUUAAAAUGAUGUUUGCCGCUUCAAUGAUUACAACCUCAAGAAUACUUGAAACUGAGCAAAGACUCGCCUUUAAGAAAAUGUUGGAUAUAGGAUAUUCAUCUCCUCUUUGGCUCUGUGUACAGUCUGCAUUAAUCAAUAAUUACUUUGGUUACCCAAGGAUGUUAACUGCAUGCAUUAGCAGCAUUAGUUUCUUCAGUUCAACUCGAACAGUGUAUUGUGAAUCAAUAAAGUUAAAUGUGCAGGCUUAUCUCAAAACCCUGCCUUCUGCUGCAUAACCUCUGAGGGUCUUGGGCUUAUGUGUGUAUAUUUCUCACACCAGGAAAUAGCAACUUUAUUUUGUCACCUAUUUGACCAUGAAUUUGGUUUUUCAAAUUUAAGUUUAAUACACAAAACAUUUUUUUUUUCAUAAUGCUAACCAGUAGAGCUGUCACUUUUUGUUUGAAAUUUGAAUCUUCAGUUGAACUCCAGGGGAAAAGCUUUUAUCUGAACUGUAAUGAUCUGUUUGAACUUAUUACAAUUCAGUGUACCAGCAUAUCAAGCUGCUUGAGCUUGGGUAUGACCCAGCAGAGGGUGCUCUCAUCGUAACCUGACCACUGAAUGGCACUCUUAACCUCAGUGAUCUUAUACAUUAUUAUUCUACAAAAACAGAGAACAUGGUCAAUGACUGUGUACAAAGCACCUGUCUUGCUUGUUUGUGGGCUCACCUGAUGGCUUGCCACUCAGGCAGUAGUGUUGAAGGAGACGCUACAGCUAAUGUUAAACCCCAUUUGAGGGCAUUUUUUUACAGCAGGCCCCUUGCCAGAGGCCACCACAGAUAAGACCGCAAGAUACAAAUGUAAACUAAACAUUUGCACGUCGUUGGUUAGGGUUAAAACAGAUAGCCCACUAACUGGUGCCAAAUAAAUAUUUCUCCUUACAACAAUCAAACGUUUCAUUCAACUAUCGAGAUUUUCGUUUAUGGGUUACAAACUGGCAGGAAUGCUGAGUUUUUUGCAGGGGACACUUCUACCUUCACAUGUGGCUAUAAGUACUAAUGGAAACAUGGCUUAAUGUUCUGAUUUAGUGAUCAUCGUUAACGCUGCAUUAUUCUUUCACCUAUGUUUCUAACAACUGUUCCUCAAAACUGUGUCUGCUGUGUCUGUGUAAAGGUGAGAAAGAUAAAAUCACACAGUUCAGAAUUUCUGAGUCAUUACUGCAGAUUCUUCAUCUUGACUUUCAUCUUAAAAGAAAAUGACAAUAAGUGUUUUUUUAUUUUUUCUGUACACAGCUGCUGUAUUACAGUUCUGCAGUUCUGCUUUACAAUAUCUUAAUUUCAAACUAAAAUACUCACCUUUGCUGUAUAUACGAGGACUCACCAGCUAUGUCACCCUUGGCUGAACUCUUAUGUUGUAAGACUUCAUGUUAAUGCCAACAAAAUCCACAGUGUAAGAACAUGAUAGGCAGAUUAGACUAACAGUGGCCUCUAAAGUCUUGAUUCCUGUUAAUACCGAGGAUUCGCCACUCAGUGACAUAUUUGUUGCUCCUUUUCUCUGCAUUUGUUUUCGGAGAUGGAGGGAAAAAAGAGAAGAACCUGGAAAAGUGGUACACAACAUGGUCAAGAUCUAUUGUGGUUAUGGACUUCUUCUUACUCUGUUUCUUGCUCUGUUUUACAUAAAAUCUUUAUGCUUUACAGUAUAUUGAAGUAUUGAAAAGUGUGACUCUUAAGCAGUCUUGUGAUACUUUGUACUAGUGGUAAUCUUGUAAUUAAUUUUUAACUGUUUUAAAGGUACAGCUUAAAGUAUUUAGCUGCAUUUGGCAGAGACAGAAUAAAGUAUUCACAAGAACUAUAUAAUAAAAUCAGUCUAUUAUCACCUGAAUCUAAAAACUGUUUUAUUUUUGUUUGAAUGCGCCCUUUAAGGAGCCAGUCCACUUUUCCAGCCUUGUUUCUACAGUAGCAUGGAGCCGACACACUGAUGAGGGUCACACACCUUUGAGUAUUUAGUAAGUGGCUGCCAAAGUGCAUUGGUGCAUCAUCACAGCAGCUUCUUGUUCUCAUAGGCCACUGUUGUUUCUGGAGUUUCACCAAUGGGAGGGUUGAGUAAGGGAGUGUUUGGUUGUAGAAUUUGACAGUUAGAUAUUACUACUUAGUAGUCCAUUUUACAUGCCAUGCCUUUAACUAUUUGUUAUCUAUUUUGAAGUCAUUUAGUCAACAUUAUUGUCUCCUUCGAUGAAGUAAAGCAUGGUUUUUAUUUAAUCCCUGUUGAAAAUGAGUCCAGUUAUGACCUUUUUCCUUCCGAGUCCUUUUAUAAUCAGCAUUUACAUAUAUUUCAGCCUGACUGUGUCUAUUGUGUGCAUCUUGCAACAGCAGACUCCUGUUUGGGGGGCUGCCCUGUGCAGAUUCAGCACCCUGUGAGCCAAAGUGAUGUAUGUUCCUCUGGGUACUGACUGAGCUCAUUGUGAGCUGCUGUUGAAUGACAGGCUCAGCUUAGUAAGCUUAACCAGUGCACUUCAGUCCUAAUGGGACAGAAUAAUGGUGCAAGUAAAUCACAGGAAACUACUGUAACCUAAAGGUAAGUACCGUGUCCCCUCUCUUUAUCAUCCAUAUAAGUGGCUAAAAAAUAAAACAAACAGGAUCUAACAAGUGUUGCCCUCAAUAUUACGCAUUGUAACUGUCAUAUAGGCUCUUAAACAGUCAGGCUUUGUUCAAAUCAGUGUUUCCAGUUGCAAUCAGGCAGCAUUGUCUGUCUGGGCCUUGUAAAUACAUAUUUUCAGAGUUUUUUCACUUGCUGUCUUGAGAAAAGCUGGGAAAUACUGUCAUGCUAGCAACAGCUCAGGCAAAAACCUUAAGGGGCUGUUGUCAAAGUGUCAGAGCUAAACCAGCAAAAGUUUUCAGUGCAUGCUCUAGUAAAAUUAACAAAAAUAAGCUGGAAGAAUAAAACUGUUGAUAGAUGUGAAGACUGUAAUUUGAUAGACGGCUAGAUCCUGCAUAGGCAUGGUGUGGACUUUCACUGCUAUGCAGAUGACACUCAGCUCUAUGCCCAGAUAAAACCUGGCACAACUGAUUUGUUUCACAUUAUGUCCUGUCUGACUGGAAUCAAGAACUGAGAUGUCUGAAGAUAUUAACUUAUUGUCAUUACUCCCCCUGCCCCCAGUUCUAGCUACAUUAAUAAUCUGUCCUCCAACUUUAUCUAAUAAUGCUCCCAAAGAAGCCCACGUAGUAGAAGUCAUUUUUGUUUCAAAACUUUCCUUUGACACCGAGGUGACCAGGAUUAUGCUGUCCUGCUUUGCUCAGCUAAGGCAGUUGACCAAAGUCAGGUCUCUUCUCUCUCUUCCAGUCAUCCAUGUGUUUAUUUGUUACAGACUGUAAUCUACUUUAUUCUCUUCGGUCUCUCACUGGCUCCCUGAGUUUUAGAAUAGAUUUUCAGAUUUUUUUCUGCUUGUUUUCAAAGCCUGAAAUGGCCCCACCCUAUAUCUGUGAGCUGUCAAUGCCCUGUGAGCCUGGCUGCAGCCUGGGGUCCUCUAGCAGGGCCUGUCUCAUGGUUCUUAAUCCCUGACUGGUCUCAAGAGGUGACUUAGCAUUUGUGGUUAGUCCUCCACAGCUGUGAACUCUCUGCCAGAGGAUAUCAGACAGAUAAACUCAGUGUCCUCUUUAAAAUCUCUUCUUAAAACUCAUCUUUGUCCUUUGGCUUUCUGUUGAUCGUUGGCUGUGUUUUAUGUGUAUCUGCAGCCUUAAACUAGUAUUGGGUCUUAUUUAUUUGUAAGAGAUAAGAUGUAAUAAGUCUUGAAUUAUUUAACCGUAUUUGUUUGGGUUCGGCUUUCUAUAAUAAUAGCCAUUAACAUUUUUUUUUUCAAAAGCUUAUUAACUAUGUUUAAAUGUUCAUCAGUUUGUGACAUGUUUUUGAAAAGUGCUAUAUAAAUAACAUCGUUAUUGUUUCGUCUGGAUGGAUGGAUAGAUAGAUGGAUGGAGAGAUGGACAUUUGCCCCUUCUUUAAUACAAGAGUUAGUGCUACCAGGGGCACACGUAACUGUACCCUAAUAUGAGUUAACAGACAGCAGCUACAGUCAACAUCCCUUCAAUAAGUCCGGUUUCAGCUAAGUCUCUAAAAAGAGCAGCAGUUAAGAGAAAAUCUUUGCAGGACAAGCUGAGAGUUAAAGAGCUUGGACCUGAUUAUUAGCACAGUCAAAAUUAAACUAAACUCCAACGACAGAAGGAGAAAUGUAAAUGUGUGUUUUUUAGAUGCUGGCUAACUCCUAAGUCUUGGUUAAUGACAUGCAGUGAUGCUUAUUUUUUGGCGUCCUGUGCCUUAUAUAGCAAACAUCAGGGUCAAAACGUGAAUGAAUUCAGACAGUUUUAACUGAAUUAAAACUAAGUAAAAACAAAAGAAUAAAUAUGGGCCACUGUGAAAAGGGCUAUUUUUAAUUUAGCUUAGCGAGUGCACAUGAAUUAAUUUUAUUUUCCUGAAUUUAGUUCACCCUUUUAAUAUCUGUUGAUAAAUAGAAUAUCCAUACUUUGGAUUUUGUUCAAGCCUCCCCAGGAUAUAAAAAUCUCUGGCCAACACCUUUAAUAGCAUGAAAAUUAAUAUCUAGGAGUCAGAGUUGCACAGUAAAACAUCGAUCAGAGGUUUUUCCUCUGGUAGCUGUAAGUUUUAUUCUGAGCUCCCCUGGAUGACUCAUCACAAAUGAUUCAAACUAUAAUAUAAAACCGUCAUCAUCCAUGCUGUAGGCCUUACCUAUGCUGUGCUGUAUGUCCUUGGCAUUCUCUUAUACCUUCAUGACAUGGUGCCCUCAUUAGUACAGACCAAUAUAUCAUAAUAUAAUUACCACAAAACGUAAUCUUAUAAAGUAAUAGCACAUUAGUACUGACAGUCCUCUGAAAAUAUCCAGUUAAACAUUGAUCCUCUUCCUAUCCUGACCUUCAUCUAGAGUAAGUGGAUAUCUAUCUGACUGUGCCUCUGAGCCUGCUGAUUGACAUCAAGGGGCCUUGCACUUGAUAAUUUAUGUAUGUGGAGGGAAGAGAAUGGUGUCCAGGGACCAGCAUGCAUCCCCAGGAUGUGUUAACCCCCUGCAGAGGCCUGCAAGAUCAAAUCAUGAUGAACAGGCUGCUAUCAUCAUGCUCCAUACACUCUCCUUGGAACCACCUUGAAGAUGGUUGUAACAUCAGAAAUGCGCUUGGAGCAAUUUGUGCAUUAAUUCACCUUUAUUAGGCUGCAUACAGUGAUGUAUGUAAAUGCUUGUGAAGUAUUUGUUUCCACAUAUUCAAUAAGAUAAUGUAAAACUAGAUGUCACCUUGAUGACACCAAAAACCUGAAUCAAUUGAGGUACUGAUUUAGAGCAGUCCACUUCAUCUUUGGUGGCAUUUUUAAGUCAAAUGUGCGCUAUUACAACAUUAACAGUAGCCCAUCACAGAUACCCAGAAAACACUGAAAGUGUUGAAAUAGACUGGUUGUUGGUGUUGGUGCUGGUUAAUGUUAGGAGCACACAUAUAGACUGCUAAACCAACAGCAUUACCGUCUACUUUAGAUAUCUACGCUUGCACUGCACCAUACUGAUAUCAAAACUACAUGCAAAAGAAGACAGUGAGGGGAAGUUCCCAUCAUGGGCUUGUUACACGGAUAAAAAUAUUUUUUACUACCCACAGAAUGAUUGAUUAUGUGUGAGUAAGUUGAUAGGGUAUGAAAAUCAAAGGUUUAGUGACCUGAUGAUGGAUAGAGGAGGCCCAGGGAAAGACAGGAGCUCAUUGUGUCAAUUCCCCAGGCAGCCAAAGCCUAAAGCAGCAUAAAUAAGAGCUGACUCAAGACUAAACCAGACCGACCGGAGGCCAGCAAAUCCUGGACAAAGGCAGUCAGGAGGGGUGAUGGAGCAAGAGAACUGCAAGACUCUGCUGAAAACAGAACAGCCAUCUAUCUAUCUAUCUAUCUAUCUAUCUAUCUAUCUAUUUAGACAUCUAUCUAUCUAUCUAUCUAUCUAUCUAUCUAUCUAUCUAUCUAUCUAAUCUAUCUAUCUAUCUAGACAUCUAUCUAUCUAUCUAUCUAUCUAGACAUCUAUCUAGACAUCUAGACAUCUAUCUAAUCUAUCUAUCUAUCUAUCUAUCUAUCUAUCUAUCUAUCUAUCUAUCUAUCUAGACAUCUAUCUAGACAUCUAUCUAAUCUAUCUAUCUAGACAUCUAUCUAUCUAGCUAUCUAGACAUCUAUCUAUCUAGACAUCUGGACAUCUAUCUAGACAUCUAGACAUCUAUCUAUCUAGCUAUCUAGACAUCUAGCUAUCUAGACAUCUGGACAUCUAUUUAGACAUCUAGACAUCUGGACAUCUAUCUAUCUAUCUUGACAUCUAUAUAGACACCUGGACAUCUAUCUAUCUAUCUAUCUAUCUAUCUAUCUAUGUAGACAUAUGGCUCCGAUCAGGACAUUUCACUAGAAAUAGUUGUAAUCAUUGUGUAAAUACUUAAUGUUAAUAGUAAAUAUGUGUUCCUGAUUCAUCCUUUACAUUUAUUUGUCAACUCUCGCUGAAUAAGUCAUACACUGUAUCAUGAAAUAUUUGUCAGUAAAACUUGGCCUGUGAUGGAAUCAGAGCUUUAGCUCUUCAGGUUACCAGCCGAGGCUUUAUGGAACAGAUUUGUAGACAAGGUGUAGUCUUUCUUUUAUUAGUCCAGGUUGAGGUGAGUUUACUGCUCACAUGUUUAACCACAUGUCAUUGAAGGCAGAAGUCAACGCUGACCUCUUGUGUUAAGUUACAUCUACAUUCAAGAGAGACCAGGCAGUCAGGCUGAUUAAUUUGGAGCAUGUUUAAUACCAAUACCUGUGCUCACACAGUUGAUUAAAAGUAACACUUAUUUUCUGCUGUCACUUACCUCAGAAUAAACAAAAAGCCAGUUCACCGGUUGCAAAUGCAUAACUAAUUUCAUACUAACAUCCACAUGCAUUCUUGUUUUUCUUUUUUCUGUCGCAUUAAUUUAUGGAUUUGUGCUGUAUCUAACAUCAGGAACCUUUCCCUUCUGCUCUCCUGAACACACAUUGAAGCCUUUCCCCCUCCUCCUCUGUACUCCCUUCUUCAUGUUUGCCUCUAUAUCUCUCUGUUUUAUUCUUUAGUUCCCUCUGUCUCCCAGCCUUACUGAUGAAUGGGUGGUCUGAGCAAAAAUAAGUGUAGUGUUUGGUGGCUCAGGGAUUUCCUCACUAGAGUUGUAUGAAUGCUUUAUUUAAGUUCUGAAACACAUUUUUUCUGGUUUCAGCAGCUCUCAAUAUCAGUCAGAGGGUAGAUAUUGCUUAAUGAGGUGAAAUUCACUGUAAAACAUACAUAGCUCCAUAACAACACAGUUUACAUCUCUAGGGACAAAAGCAGAGUAUAGAUUACAUAGUGUACAUGUUAUUUUGCCUGCGUCUCUGUAACUGUAACAUUUGUUUUGCACAGUAUCUCUUUCUGUCAUCUUUUCUUCUCUCCUCUCUUCAUCUCUGAGGGUAGGGAGUUCAGUCAUUUGCUAACAGAUGGGGCAAGGAGUUGCCAGAGAGAAGAAAAGAGAGCCCAGCCUGGUGCUGUGAUGUUUGUUUAACACUGUUGUCUACUGUGGGGAGAAUUUAGAAAUAAUUGAAUUAAGUUUGUGUGACUUUUCAGCUUUUCACAUUUUUUUUAAACUCUUGUCGAAUUCACCAUUUCAUAAAUGAUGUAAAAACAGAUUAUGAAACAAAUCAUUGUCAAGAAGCAAAAAAAUAAAACACUGAACAGUCAGCGAGGACACGACAGCUAAGGAUAAGAUUUAGGGGACUAAGAUCAGUCUCAAAAAUCCUUCAUAUGAAAGUGUGUUGAAGUCAUGGUAGGUCAGAGCAGAAUGUAACAUUAAUGGAGAUGCAAAAAUGAAAAAUUAAUUUGGUGUGUGUUAUUUAUGAAGGUGAAAAAUUAACCUACUUUCCAUGAGUGUAAUUUUUUAAUCACGUCAAGUCAAACACCAUCCGUAAAGUAGGCUUUGAGUAGGCUUUAUUUCAGCCCAUUUUGUUUGUCACAUUGUUAGGGUUUUAAUUUUAAUGAAAAGCUUGUUGAAAAUGAUGUAGGGGAUUCUAUAUAGUCAGACAGUUGUCAUUGAAGGUUAUGCUGUUUGAUUUGUUUUGUAAUGUGGUUUCAGAGCAGUGAUUGCCGGUUAACGUUGUGUGUAUAAACUGGGUACACAGUGUGUAGGUGAUGUCCAGGAGCAGAUUAUUAACAGAGUCUAUCCUGCAGUACACCUAUGGCAUAAUGUUGUAUGAGUCACACUGUGAAAAGCCUUGAGUUUAUUUUUAGAAAGGACUGUUGCAGAGGUGGUCUGCACAUACAUUUGACAUUAAGAGCACAAGUAACAACAUCUCCAACUCACCUAUCUGCCAAAGACCCUAUCAAAAAGCGGAUUAUGCCUCUGAAACCAGGAAUGACCAAGAGCCAGGGGGUAUGAACUAGUUAUGACCAGAUUCAGAGGGUUUGGUGUUGUGAGCUCCUUAAGUGAACAAAAUAGAGAAUUUAGUUUAACAAGUCAAAUGGGACAAAAACAGAGUCUAUUUUGGGGGACUUCACUGAGGGGAAAAGGUUUUACUGUCUUCUUGUAUGAUGACCUCUGUCUUCAGCAACAUGCCUUUAUUAAGCAGCUGUGCGGCUCUUUCUAGCACCAUCCGUUUCCUCAUCCUGAUAGCUACUCGUACAGUACAGAGCUUGAAUCCUGCAUGCACCACAGAUGGGAUAAGUGACUAUAUAUCAGCAGACUGCUGCACAUGUCAUCAGCUGACAAACAACCACCUUUAAAGACUUUGACUGCUUGUUAUGUAAAAACAAUCUCAGCUCACCUGAUCUCACGUGCGACUGGUAGCCUUCUUUUGAGCUUAUUUUGUUUUUCCUUCACUGGAGCUCUGCUUGGAAAAAGGCAGAUCUGUACUGGAUGCACACUUUCCUCUGCAGGUACAAGAACACGCUGAAAGCCGGAACACUGACCUGUCUCACCAGAUCUCUAACAACUAAUUAAUCCCCAACAAUAAUAAUCAUAAUGUGGGUAACCCUUUCUUUUACGGUACACUUACUACCAGGUAACUAACAGGUUCUGGAAAUUAUCUGGUAAUUACAUGAUAACUACUUAGUCAAUACUGUCUAGUUCAGGUAGGUAACCUUCCAUCAUCAUACAAAUUUGAAGCUGAAUUGCUCUGGUAUUUCCAGGAUUUUCUCCGCUUCCUGGAACCACCACUUGAGCAGUAGCAUUGUACGCAUUCGGCGGGUGAGUCGCUGUGAUGAUGCUCGGCUCAAACAACGAAUCGCUAAGCACUCUUCGCAUGCCUAUAGGCUGUCUUAAGUGUCAGUCAUAGAAAAUAAGAACCCAAAUAGCUUUUGAAAAUGAAGCUGCGCAGAAAAAAGAAAAAAAGAAAAACUUGACAGUAUUGACUUAGUAGUUAUCAUGUAAUUACCAGAUAAUUUCAUGUUGUUACUAGGUAAUUACCUGUUAAUUACCUGGUAAUAAGUGUACCGUAAAAGAAAGGGUUACCAUAAUGUGCCUCGAAAGGAGAAGCAUUCAAAGAGUUAUCACUCCAACUUGACUAAACUUCCUGACACAGAUGUGCUGUUUAGGAGUUGUAGAGAAACCAGAGCACAUUCUUAUGAUAAGGUAGUGGGUAGUACUACAGAGCUAAUUUAUUUAUGCUGUGUUCAUCUGUGUGAUCCACUUUACUCUGCCCUGAAAUCUUUUUUUGUCUGUGCCCUCUUCAACCCUGAGGAAGUUCAUUUAAAGCAGUCUGGUAUGUUGAUUGGACCAAAUUCCUCAGAUUGGCAGAAGAAAAGAGAAGACAAGAAAAAAAGAAAAGAGGAAAGCUGUUAAUCCAAGAAAGACAGAGUGUCUUAAUCCUGGUUAGAAAGAGCACUUUUUGCAGGAGUUACUUUGGGAGGUACAUAGAAAAGAUUGUUUUAGGGGUGUUGUUGGCCUGGCAGUCUUGUGCGUCCGAUUUAUGCAGAGAGCAGCUCAAAUGAAGCUUUCCAUACAGACGCUGAUAAUAGAAAGUGGUGCCCAGUAAACAUCAACAAGAGAAAUAACAUAUUUUACAUAUAUUAAUGAAGCAUAUUGGUUAUGACUAAAUCUACACCUAUUUUCAACAAUGAGUGAUAUAAUUCCUGGUUUAAACACUAAUAUUCGUGUGUCUAUACCGAAGAUAAAACCAAAGCCAGCACACAGUUCAUCACAGACAGUGGAAGAAAGAGAGAACUGCUUUUGAGCAUUGUCCAAUUCCUCGAUAUAGUUCAGCACAUAACCCUUUUGUAAACCACCCAAAUCUGCCUUUACUUUUAUACUUUUUACAGAUGUAACAUGAAUCAUAAUCCAAAAGUAACUAGUAUGCCAAAGCAUUAUUUUUGGCAGAUUUGGGGCUUUUGAAUAGGACAGACUAUUUACUUGUAUGUAGGCCAACUAGCUUCUGGCUGUCACUCUGUAGCCACGGCAGUGAGUCUCAUUAUCUCCUGAAAAUAACUUUUCACAUACUGUUGAGUGAUAACAGAUUUUUACAUUUGGGAUUUUCAAACAUCAUUUAUGUAAUAUGCGAAGUUUUAUGAAACCUGUAAAAAAUCUGCAGAGGGACAAUCAGCUUCCUGCCUCCAAAAGUUGCAUAUAGUCACACAGAUGCACAUAUUGAAUUUGUCUUUUUUUAACUUCAGCUGAAGCAUCUCUAAAUGAUUUCUGACAAACUUUCACAGUGGUACAAUGGUGCCCAAAAAUAAACUGCCCUUUCCUGCCAGCCCCUUUUAAAUUCUGCUGAAUUCAGAUCACGUCUUCUCCCUUUUCGGAGCUCUGUUGCCUGAGGUUUUGGCCUGUGACUCAUCAUAAACUAAGGGAGGUGGAUAUUGUGAUGCAGCCUAUAAAUAGUACAAAAAGUAUUAUAUUGGAGCAAAAAAAAUAAGGUCAGGUUGUAUUAGUACGCGCUCUGCGGACAUUUUGUGAUUGUACAGGGAGUAAGCCAUGUUGCAUAGCAGACUUAUACGAACAGGGCAUUGUGAACAAAAGGAAUCAAAGGGACGGGAUAAUGUGCUUGGUGUGGGAAACAUACAGACAAAAGACAAAAUGACUGCAGGGGCAUGGGUCAGAUUUUUUUUCUUUGUUGUUUCCCAGCUGAUAACAAUGCUGGGUCAUUUUAAGAAUUUUUCAACUGCAACUAGAACUUUCACUUUUUUAUAGAUUCAAAAAUUAGGACGAAAAACGUUUCAAUGUCAAUUAAUGAAAUAAAUUCAUUCACUAAUUACUUUUAGAGCUGAGAAUUGUCAUAAAUUUUGGCAUGGACAUUUUGUUGAUAAAAUAAAAACAAGAAGACUUACAGGUGGGGUAGGCAGGAUCUGAGGAAGUGCCAGUUUUUGGGAGAAAUCUUGAAUGUAAACACUACCCCUCCCUACCAGUUUUCCCCUCAGCUCCUCCUCUCCCCUCCCUCUCUGCUCCAGCAAGCCCCGCCCACAAACAGACCCACCUGCUCACUUGUAUCGCUUCAAUUAAAUUCAGAUAUAAUGCAGAUAAAUACUUCAGAUAAUUACAAAUGGAGCCCAGUCACCAUGGAAGUAAACAGCAUUGGUGCUACUGUAGAUGCCAACAGACUACCAGCAAACACAAUGUUUGCAGGACUUCUACAACUAGGAUAAAGUGACAUAGUCCAGGACCCGAGGUCAACAGUUUAGCUGCACGACAUCACGCAGCAGGUCCCGUUUGACAAGAAACACUUAUGUUACAGACAAUUGACUUACUUUGUUAAAGUGGUUUACCUGUCCAGCAGAAAGGUUACAGGGUCACGAAGAUCCUGAAGCGUGGGAUGACCCGGCUUUGUAGCUCUUGUCUGGUCUACCUCAGGUUUAAGAGCCCGUUGUUCCGCCAGAGUCUCCGGUAUUUAGUUUGUUUUCUUGCUUGUGUUGGCAGUCGUUGCCAAAAGGAGGAUACAGACAAUUUUCCGUACUUACUUGUUGUUUUCUACUGCCCGAUUUGGUAGCACGCUAACUUUGUUUGGGCUAGUGAAUGUUAUCCGUGGAGCAUACUUCCCAACACAAGGGAGCAGCGUCUGCCUCACAACCAACCAGGUUAGGGGAGGCGGAGGACGGCUUUGUUUACAGCCAGAAAGAGCCGCUCAAAAAUUUUAAAAUGUUGACUACACGGACAUAACAGAACACAGUGAUGUCAUGAUAUUCCCAAAUGUCAUCAAUAACUAAUAACUAUUGACUGAUCUUAAAAGCUUUUUUGUAUAUACACCACAAAAAAAGAUGCUUUUUCGACAGAUUCCUGCCUACCCCACCUUUAAGUGAUCAGAUAUCAGGAUCCAGAUAAAAUCACUUCCUGAGCUCUGAGGUUUUACAUCUUGAUCCUUCAAUCAUGUGUUAGCCCUUCUGCCAGACACAUGAAGGCAUGCAAGGAGAGAGUGAGGGAGGAAAUUUGUUUUAGGAGACAUGAGACAGGUUUUUCCCAGAUUCUGUUUGUGGUGUUGGCUGUUUAAAUCCAACAAAUGUUUCAGGACGCUCUUUACUUUCUCUGUUUUAAGAUCCCUCUCGUCCUCUUUGUUUAACUCUGGGGGUGUGAAAUUUCAGCUAAGUCCAUGCGCUCUGGCAUCCAAUCAGUGAGGGAUAUUCUGUAAGGGGUUGGGUCUGUCAGUAAAAAGACUCAACCUAAGGCCACUCUCUUGUAUCCUCUCUCCUCUGAUUUCCCUCCUCUCUCCUCCGAGCCGUAUUAAGAGCUUUGGAACAGCACUUAGCAUGGCUGGUCCGUAAGUACUCUGGGUUCAGCUGAGGAUAGAGGACAGAGGAGACUGCGGUUAAGAGCUUUGGGACGUAGGGUGUGUGCGGUGGCUCUUGCUGCGCUGACUCCAGCCUCAAGUUCAUUCCUUGUGAGAUGAUGCUGAGGUCCUGAUAAACUCAUCCUCUUGAGGCUGCAGUCAUCCCUGCUGCUUGUGUGUCUUUUCCUGCCUCACUUUCCCCUUGCAGUCAAAUUUUCAUGAAUAUACUUGAAACAGCAGCCAGCCCUCUCAGCUGUGACCUUUAGCAGCUAACCGUCAACGUGAUGACUGUCAACGAUCAACAGCUGUCAAGUCCUCAUAAUUACUGCUGCAUUUUCUGAACUGCAGAAAAAACAUGGCUUUUAUAAUAGUUUACUCUAAGUAGGAGUUAAUAGCAUUUGUUCGUUUUUCCAACAGCACAUAUUAACAAUGAGUGAUAGAUUUCAAUUUAAACAUAUAUUUUUUAUGUCGUUUAAUGUAACUUUCACAAACACAUGAUGAAAUUAGUAAAAAAUCAAUGAUUACUGUUUUGCCCACAGGGGGGCACCAAAAUCAUCACAGACUGAAAUUUCCUCACAGGAGCUUUAAUCCUGCCAAUCAAGGAAAUAUUUAGGCUCCUGAAUAUAUUUUUUCGAAGGUUCCUCACUCUCUUGACCUGUAGGUGGAAAACUUAUGCUUGGUUCACAGUUAUAAAGUGCUGGUUAGCUGAUAUGACUGUUUGCUCUUACAGCCCAAGUUAAAGUUGAGCCUGUCAUCAUUAUCUCUAGUGCUUUACAAAUAAAAGGGGAUGUGCUUCAAAGUCGGCAACAACUUUUUGAAUAUGUUGUAAAUUUCAAUGAGAAAAAAGCAAUUUAAAGUAGUCUAAGCCGAAGAAAAACACAGAUUUCCCCAAUAUUUGUGGGAAUCUUACUUGUCUGCUUGUUUAGCUCCAUAGCAUCAGAUCACUAAGCGCUGCACUGAUAAUGUACCAGGGUGACUUUUCUUCAAAGUCAGCUAUGGAAAUAAAACAUAUUAUUUUUCUUUUGCAUUAGAUAAUAAAAGGUCUCUGGAUUUUGAGUUUUAGUUGAUUCUAUACUCUAUACAAAUACUUUAGCCAGAUCUAGUUUUCUGUAACAGAAAAAAAAAUUAUGUGACAGGCAGCAGGUGGUGAGCCUCCUCUCUUACUUCUACACGCAUUCGUAUUUAAUAUUGACUUUUCUCCACAGAUGAAAAAUUGUAUUUCUGAUAUUUCAAGCCAAUCAUGAAAGAAGUUUUGGUGCCAUCAUCACUCAGGCUAUAAGAUUAUGUGACUUAAUAGAAACAUGUUGGUCUUUAGUUUGGCUACAUCUUUAGAAAAAACCUUAAUAUGUUUCAAUUUUUUCUAGCAAUAAUAAAUUGCAGGCUGGUUCACGAUACAAAGGGCUAGGGCUGGCCGAUAAAGCGACAAUUGACCAAUACCAAAAUUUACGACAAUAACUGAUGGGUUGAGCAGUUUGUGGAGUAGUGAUUGUCCAUUUAUCGAUAUCAAGGUGAACUGCUUAAUAUAUGGUGAUAUUGAUUUGAGGCCAUAUUUCCCAUCCCUACAAGGGCCAUCCUGUUCAAUUCAAGACCAUCUUACUCCACCAAGAGGAACUUUUGUUCCAGAUCAGUGUGUUGCUGUAGACCUUUAUUAAUGUGUAAGGCUUUGAACCUAACCUCUUGUGGUUAAUCUCUUCUUUCUUUUGAAGUGGGGAAACAUAGUCAAGCGUCGUCAGCACUGACAGAUUAAAUAAGUAAGAGAUGUAUAGAGGGAGGCAAGGAGCUGAUAUAUUUGUGCAAAAACAUUGCAUUUAACAUUGCAAUUAACUUUUUAUGGGGAUGCAGUGAAGUAACAGUUUGACCUUUUCGGGGAGUCACAUUGAAGAAUUAAUUUAGGCCAGCAGCAUCUCAAUAUGUUUCCUUCCAUCCAGGAUGCAACAAAGGGAACACUUUAUCUGGUCUUAUUAUCCUUGACAUGUUUGACAUUUUAGACUUUCAAAGUCUAAUGUAGUCAUCCCAGUUACAUAAUGUUUACUCCCAGGCUGACAGCCGAAGGACGCAUGACCACAAUUAUCAUGAAAGGUCAUUUAGUGUUGCAGAAUAUAGAGCAUACACUCACUGCAUGCAUAAUCCAGGAGCAUGAGCUCAGGGGUAGAAUACUCAGUGAGUACUCACAGACAAAGUUGCUUACUUUUUACACGGUGCAUCUCAUUUUAGCCUGCAUUAGAACUUUGUUUUAUUGUCGUGAAACUGGAAUCUUAUUGAAUUUUGCCAAAAUUGUCCUUAAGUAAGAUAGAGCAAAGAUUAUUUGUGCUUGAGGUAAUGCUAUUGUUUUCAUUACAAAUGAUAACGGCUGAAAAGGUCAAUUAGAGCAACACCAGCAAACUUCCUCUCUUGUUAUGCAAAGCCCCCAAGUGUCAACACAGUGUCAUAGUAUAAAUAAACAUGGCCAUAGUCGAUGUUUUAUUAUGCUUACAACAGGCCAAACAUACCUAUGACUGAGGCUGCAUAUUAUUGGUGAAAAACGACAUUGCAACACUGAUUUGCAAAAUUAAAAACAGAUUGAAUAUCCCAGAUAAAUGCAGUGUUGUUUUUUCUUUUUUCUGUAUAACAAAUAAACUCUUGUUAUCCAGUACUGAAGGAGAAUUUGAUGAGAUAGCAGGUGAGGUACAACCACGCCAAUGGUAGUGGGCUGAAAAGCCACUUAAGAGUUUACACGCUGCAAAAACAGUCCCUUUAAUCAGGACAUAAGUGAUUGAGACUAUAGGUGCUUUUACUACAAAACAGUGAAUGAAAAACUGCUGCAAACACUCCAGUCUUUGACUUAUCAGUGCUGCUGAACAUAUAAAAAUCUGCCCAGCUGCACCAAUCUGGCUUAAACUCACAUCAGCACUCUUUUAUCUAAUCUUUUAAGUCAAGUCAGAGAAAUGCCAUAAUCCCCCUUUUCCUCCUCGUUUCCUCGGUUUAGUUUUCUCUUUUUCAAUCAAACUCACUCUGCCUUCAUGUUUUUUUUCUCUUGAAAGGCAAAAGUCAAAUGAGGUCGUAAAUUUGCGACAGAGCUCAGCUGAAACUUCAAAACUGCUAAUGUAAUGUGUCUGUUUCAAGUAGAUAAAUAAAUAAUCAGGAAGCGAUGUUUCUGAGGAUUCAUCUUCGGAGUUUACAUCGACAGGUGUAAAGGCUUGUGUGUAUGUGAGGACAGGAAGUGUGUGAAUACUGAGUGUUUAACAAUGAGGUGUGAGGAAAAGGGAAUCAACAGUAAGCUAAAAACAUCUGAACAGAAAAACCAACACAUGCUAACAAAAGGUUUUCUACUCAUUAGAGAAACAGUCCUCUAAAAAUAUACAUCUUAAUCUUGUUACUAUUUAAAAAGGAUAAACCCUAUACAUGUCAGUACUAUUACUGGGGAUAUAUGCAGCAGACCUUUAUCAGAUCAGGGUGUUAAGGAGUUGUUAAUUUCUUAUUUUGUGACUCUUAAUUAAAAGUGCUUUUGGAUGCCAAGAUGACUGCAUCCACUCUUGGAUCUACUUUGUGUGUGCAUGGGGGCGGGGGGGCUGGGAAAGUGCUCACCUCAAAUGCACUGCACCACUUAAACAUUCAAUCAAUCAAUCCAUCAAUCAGUCAAUCAAUUUUUAUUUAUAUAGCACCAAAUAACAAUUGUUUUCUCUAGACACUUUCUAAGUGAGCAUGUGUAGACCACACUCUCUUUUUUGAUGUGUUCCAAAAAACGAACCUUAAGCUGGGAAAGGAUUGAGUCCCAUCUAGAAGUAAAAAAACCAUCUUAUCCAACUUAAGUGAAGCAGCCAUUAAUGAUGGAAGAAUAUGAGUUUCAUUUACAGGAUCAGGAAAUCUGUAAUAAUGGACUGAUGUUGAAUUAAUUUAAGGUGUUUAAAGUCAGCAGGCCUGGUGGUAGUUAACUCUAGCUUUAUGUUAUUAAUGCUGGUGAGGCUGGUGUUUAUGUCCGCAGCAUCAGUCCGGAGGAACUUCAGAGACAAAGAAGCUCGAGACCUGAGGCGAACAGUCAUAGAUGAUCCAGCUGGGGUCAGGCAGGUCCACAGCAGCUAGAGUCUGUAGCAUCAGUCCAGAGGAACCUAAGAGACGAGGGGGCUCAGGGACACUCAGAGAGAUCUGUGGUUAAUAAUAAAAAUGGGGCAUUAAGAACUAAAGGAGAAAGAGACAGACAGGAGGUUGGUGUACCAGUUCCCCCGGCAGUCUAAACAUAUAGCUGUCUAACUACUCUUGAAAGUUGAGGGGGUGUCCGCCUCCUGAACCUCCAACAGUUCCAGAGGUGAGGGGUCGGUAGCUGAAAGCUCUACCUCCAAUACUACUUUAAUAGACAUUUGGUACAACAAGCAGACCUGCAGACUGUGAGCAUAGUUGCACUGUCAGAAGUUCAAUUUAGUGUGAUUAUUUUUUAUCAGAGUAACAUGUUUACAUGUUCUUCAAAAGUCCAGUUUUAGUUAGGAUUUUUUUUCUUUUUUUGGCAUGUGCACGUGAGUGUUAUUGUGGUAUCAGAAUAGAACUGACCAUGUUAGGCUAAACUGAAAGAAGCAAAAGUGAUGACCAGAGAGUUUGAAAUAUAGUUGUGUGAUCAUUUCAGCGUUUAAACUUGCAAGACAUAUAGUUCAAAAUAUUCAGGCCAAAACAUCAGCAUUUGUAUUGCAAAGGAGCCUGUAAUCCACAGGUGCAAAUUGUCUCAACCUUGGUACAUUGAUGUUCUCCUUUUGGUUACCAGAGAUUUUGAUUCAUGGCUUGUCAUCACUGACUUUUCAGCAGCUUUACUGACAUUAAACUUGUUUUUGUACUUGGACUGUGUGAAGUAUUAACCAGGUUUGCCAUCAUGAUGUAAGCUCCCUCUAAAUAUAAAUCUCACCGGAUUAGUGUCUGGUCUAAUAAUGAAUUUUGAUGCAGCAUAAAACUAUUUAUGUAAUGAUUCCUCCUCCCACCCCCCCUGCCAACCCAUUCCCCUCUGUACGCCUUGAGCUCUCUGAUAAAGCCCACUGCAGUCUCGCCAUAGGCUUUUCUAAAUGCAGUAUAAAGAGUGAUGGAGAGAGGAGAGUGAGGCAGGAGAUUAAGCUCGCUUCAUUCCUAUUGGUCAACAGAGGAUUUAUUUUCAUGUUUACUGGAUGUUCUCUUCAGUUAGUGAAAUUUGUCCUUAUUUUCUGAUAUCAUUACAAAAUAAACCUGUCGUGAAAAAAAAAAAAAAACGGAAAACAAAUUAUUAGUAGUAACACAAAUUUCCAGGGUGCGGUCAGUAAAUCUUGAAUUUGUUUAAAAAAAAAAAAAAAAAGAAAUAUAGUUGUCUAAGCACAUAUGCCCCUCACAGAAGCUCAAGUGGAUCACCCGGGUCUGAAAUCCACGGAUCUGCCUUUAUUUGGGGGGGAUUUAGACUGCCUUGCUCCUCUGCAGACCCUCCCUAUUUCAUCAAAUUUCAACCCACUGUAAAAAAAAAAACACAGAAAACAACCUCUGUGCUGGAUGAAAUUGGACUUGAAGCACCUGUAAUCCACUCAUAUUACCAAGUAAAUCACAACACUCCACUCAUGAACAUAAAUAGAAAAGCUCACCUCUUAUUAUCUUACCUGACUUACAUAAUGCACAAAAAUCCAUUGUUGUGUUUACAGCCACAAGAUGAAUAUUGUGCUGAUGUCCCAAUAUUUAUGGUGAUCUGUUUUUUGAUUUGUUUGUUUUGUUUUUUGCUCAUUUUACUUUUUGUUUCUGUGGAUCAUAUUAUGUAUCCAUCCUUUACUUGAAAAAUUAUUGAAAACAUUGUAAUUGACACCUUUAAUUUGACACCUAUAUUUCAAAACCACAUCUACUUUAAACCUUUCCCUGUCUUUAUAUGGUUUGUUUGUUUGUUUGUUUGUGUUUUUUGCGUUUCUCUUUGCAGGAACUGCCUCUUUUUGUCAUAUGUAGCAUUGGCAUGACUUUGCUAAUGUUGGUUUAUAUUACUAGAACAGUGAAAAACUCGUGAUCGAUAACUCAGAACUGAGCUUUACUAUAAAAUUAUUAAGAUGAAACAAUGAAAAAAAUCACCACCUUUUCACUUCUGAAUUAUUUGCAUCUGUUGUGAAUGACGCCAUUAACAAUGGUCUUUGACGACCACCGUUCCUUUGUAAGGAGAGAUUGCUUAGGAAUUGUUUUGUUCCACAAUCUCGCCGUUAGAUAUGGCUUGAUAUCCUCUUAUACACUGAACCUUUAAAUAGAGCUCUUAUUAUGUAGCUACUUCCUACAACUGCUGCUACUAUCAAUACCAACAGGGUGAGUAGGACCUCAGUGCGAAGCGGAGAGGUCUAGUCUUACCCUGAAGGUACAUUACCUUGAGAACGCAGCGUGUCUGACUCAGAAUCAAGUAUCGAUACAAAAUAUAAAAUUGAGAAUCAGGGCAGUAUGAGUAUUGCUAAUCAAUGAGGCUGUAACCAGAAUGGUAAUGUAAAAGCAAUGGGACUCACUGGAAGACAGUUCAGCAGCCGCUGUCGCAGCCUUGGAUGUGUAAUUGUUGGCAAAGCAAUUUGGGUCAGCUCUGGCUUGGAGGAGAAGUGCUGUCACACAGGAACAUGGAUGUCAGUUGGCUGUGUCUAUCUAAGAGGCAGCAUGCAUGCUGCGGUGGUGCAUUCAAAAUACCAGGGAGUAACUGUGUAGACUUUCCCCUGUCUACACUACUUCUGCAGUUAAUGUCUAUCAAGGAUAUCUUAACGAUACUCUAUGACCUUGAUAUAUUUACCUACCUGGCAUGUUUUUUCCUGCUUCUCACUCUACCUUUAGGAGUGUUUGUUGGAUAGACACAUGGCUUUUGUUUUUGAAAAGGGCUGGCAGAGCUGAUCUGAUUACCAUGCUUUGGUACAUUUAUGCACUGCCAGUUUUUACUGACUGCAUACCCGCUGACUUUUCAUGACAACAAACAUGGGACUAAAGCACUGGGAGGACUGACACCAACACACACAAAAAACUUAUUGACACAAUCUUCAUGCCCAGUCAGAGCAGAGACAGGGUGACUCAUCACCAGAUGGCUGAGUGUAGCACCUCUCUGCCACCAGGAGCCCUUGUGCUUUUACCACGUGGAAAGGAUUCUAAGUGAUGCUGUCAGGGUGCCAAGCAAGGACUAGACAAAUCACCGCACAUAACUCUAGUCUGUCCAAUAUUCUUUGCAACUUUUUCAUUUGCAGCCUGUCCUAUCUCUCUCUGCUAAGCCUGCCUACUCAUCUUGUGUACCUCCUGAUAUACACACUUCCUCUUCCUCCUCCCACCUCUCAGGUUUUGGCUCAGGUGACAAAAACAGGCCAAAGUCAGCUUGGCCAGCUCAAGCCUCCCUCUCCCCCUCCCUCUGCUGCUGUUUGUCUGUGUAUCCUUGCUCAUCCAAGUUAUAUUGGGUAAAUACAUUAGCACAGUGCCCUACUCUUCUAAUGAGGACUUGGUCACAUGAUGGACCUGUUCCUAUGCUUAACUUAAGCAGUUUGAGGGAUCACUCCCAUAAUCUUCUCUUUGCUCUGGAGUCAAUGGAACCUGUUCAGAUACCUGCUGGGUAUGUAUAAAUUACUCUUUUCCCUGGUUUCUUUCCUUUAGCCCGGUUUCUUUACCUUCUUGACAUCUUGAAGGAGCUCUGCUUUUUGAAAUUGGGGUUUAUUUUGAAGGAAGAAGUGGAUAGUGAGAGUAAGCUACAUGCUUAAUCCUGCUCUGCAAAUGGAGAACACUGUCAGAGGAUAAUAACUGAGGAGCCUAUUUGCUGCGUCAGGAUUCAGCAGGAAAAUCAAAGGAAAACUAAUGGCAAGUGGUGCAUCUCCCAAGGCUUAAGUUUUUUAAUGGCUGAGGUCCUAUCUGUUAUGUGUGUGCUUAGUUUUCAAGCAAUUUCUGUCUUAAAACAAAACACUUUGAAUCAAUAAGUGAAGGGAUUGUGGAAAAUAGCUCCGGCUUUCCCUCUCAGUGUAGCUGGAUGGUGCAAUUUCAAAGACUUUGCGUGAUUGGGAGAAGAAAAUGGACCUGUCAGAGAUGGCUUUAAAUAAUGAUGAAGGCACCAUUAGUAGAGUCUGGAUAGGAAAUCUAAAAGGUUACAUCUGACAUUUGAAUUCAGUCGAUAGUUGUCAUAGGCUGUAAGGACAGCUAUUUGCAGUCACACAUGCUUUGAAUCACGGCCAACACCAGCUCUUCACACUCUUUGCUUUAAUCACAUUAAAUAUAAGCAAUAUAAAGUUCUAGUGCUGCUUCUGCAGCAGAACAUACAUUUUCAUUUAUUUUUGAAAACUAUGCUGGUCAAACAUCUGAGAGAAAAACAGUAUCUCUACUCAUCUGUCAGGACUAUGUAAUACUAAUAAUAUUAAUAAUGUCAUGUAGGGGAGACUGGGGAUGGUUGUAACACUUUCUAUUUUUUUCACAACUCACUGAAUAUUUCACCAAUGAAAUGAUCAUGGCACUUCUUCAUUGUCCUUGAUUGGUGAAAAUGGUUAUGUUACAACUAUCCCUGGUCUCUCCUAUUGUAAUAAAUGUUUGCACGAAUAUUAGAAAGUUAGGGCCUGCUGACAAUGUCAUUUAGCUUUCCAAAGGGUUAUGAUGGUAAAAACAUGUAUAAACUUUCUAGCACUUGGAAAAAAUGCACAAGCUUAUUUAUUAAGAGAAAUGCAUCUUUCAUAUUUGCAGUAAGAGAUGUGCUGCCCAUAAAAAAAAAAUUUGGCUUUAUGAUUGUGCUACAUGAGGUGUUUUUACCACAAAAAGUACUGGAAGGAGAAAAUGCUAAAAAGUUAGUUUAGCAAAUGCUUGAUGAUUUUAGCCUGAAAAUAACUUUGGCUAUCAUGACAGAAUCUGAAUAUUAUACUUUGAAAAAAAGAGUAGCAAAUCCAAGUGUCCUGUCUCAGCCGAUCAGAUACAGUGCUGACCAAGCGGUGUGGUGUUCACACCUCUUGCACACUCAAUAAAGAGUAUGUACAGAUUUUUGCCGGUGCAUAACUUUAUGGCCCAGCAGAGGUGUCAGUUCAUUUGGGCUGAGUUGAAGACAGUGUUGAUUUCAUCUUUUGUUAUCCUUGUUUUUUAGCUAUGGCAUUGACUCCCCUAUGGUAUUGACUCAUGCUAAAGUCAUAUUAUAAUGAGAAUAAAGUCAUCAUGUGAGAAGUCAGCUGUCUGUGCCAAAAUGAGGAUUGUGGAGCUUCUUGUUUAACUGUCUCGAAUGUUUUGUCUCCACAUUGUUAUGUGUAUCAGGACUCUGAAAAGACUGAGCAGAGAGCUGAAACGUGUGGUACAGCAUCAUCAGGCUAAUCUUUGGUCAACUCUGAGUGUUGUAGUUAGUUAAGGACAGUGAGUCUUGUUUUUGUCAGAGGACAUAAAUAAAUGAUGAGUGAUUGUCCUGACGCUCCUCAUAGUUUGACUCUGAUCAUUCUGAGGAGACACUAGCAGGAUCUCUGAAGGCAGCGCUGAGAUCAUUCAGCUUCAUGUUUCUAUAAACUAAUGUCACUCACCCCAAAGCUGCCAAAUUUACCCUAAACUAACAUCGAGAACACUCCACAAAAAUAGAUGUUGGGUGCAGCUGACAUGUUAUUCUUUGUGUAAUGAACCAAUAAGGGAGGAGUUUCAUAGCUUGGCUCAAACUGAUUAAGAAGCUGCCUGAAGCUUUGUUAUUAAAAAUGCCGUUGGUGUAUCAGUCUUCACAAAGAAAACAUGUAAGCGCUUUUGUGAUCUUCUGAGCCUGUUGAGAAGUCGAGGAUGUUGAGUUGAAGGGUAAUCAGUGUUUGUCAGAACAGCACAUGCUGGUCCUGUGUAGGCCUACUUGACACACCUGCAGUUGUUUCAGCAUGAUGCCUUUUCAUGUGUAGACUGAGGUUUGUCAGUAGCUUAAGUAUUUUACCCCAAACACUCCCAUAUCUUUGCUUCUAAUUAGCCGACAAGGGAUACAGUAUAUCACUCCUUUAUUCUGAGAGGUGCGCUGCAUCAUGUGGUUUGGCUCCUGCUGCCUUUAUUUGCGCGGUGUUUGUAAUGCAGGGCUUGGCACUUAUUUGUGUGGUCUGAAACUGCCAUCACAGCAUUUACUGCCAAAUCAAUUCUCCGAUGUGUGCAUCAAUGGCAAUGUAUUGCAGUAUCUUUUUAUUUGAGCAGCCCUACUACAUGAGUAGUGUAGGCGAUUACAGACUGAAGUGAUGGUGUUAUGUUUGAUUUCUUGCAGCUUGCUGUUCCUGGUGUUAAAAGGAGGGUACAGCAGAUUGAAGUCUCUCUUUACAGUGAAAUAGAUCAACCUCAUUAACAUACAGACCCAUGUUUUGUCUCAUUGCUGCACUGCACUAAUUACAGUGAUUCUAAUUACUGCUAGUUGUUGUCAUUCAUAGCAUGUGGAGGCUUUGGUCAUGCAUUAUAUCAGGGUGUGCGCUGAAACACAGAACAACUCAUGUAUUUUAUGCAAUGCGAGACAGAGCAUGAAAAAAAAGAUAGAUAGGAUCUAUAUCUGCUUGUCUACUCUCAUAUUAUGGAUUAAAAUAACAAGCUACUUACUUAUCAUAUUAAGUACUUUACAUUCUCCUAUUCGUCCUAUCUCCUUAUUGACAUGAGAUCAUCCAAUAUUUUAAAAUGAAAAGUUGUCUUCCUCAUUGGAUCAUGAUGGAUAUUUCACAUCUCAGAUUAUUUUAUACAACCAGUUCAAAUGUAUGGCAAAAGAAAUGAAAAUAUGUCACAAUACACAGCAGAGAAAUAUAAAUCUAUCGUGUAUGAGGAGAGAGAGGAGCACUUCUCUUCACCAGAUCUUUUUUACGUAUUUCAUUGAGGUGAUAGCUUAUGGAAUCAGGGAUGGUGCAGGACAGAUCUGCGUUACCUCUUCUUGUCUCUUUCAUGACUCUGAUUUUAAUUCACUGCAUAACUCUUGCACAUCAUCUAGGAUUAACACGUUGAAUACGAUCCUCCUCAGUGAACAAAAAUAAUAAAAAUAUAUGUAUAUUCAUGAGGUUCAGCCCAGAAAUUAAAAAAAAUAAUCAAUGAAGCAGGGGGUCUGUCACUCCACAUGGUCAUUACAGUGGAUUCACGAUGGAUGGAGAGUCUCUCAUUUGGCCCAGGCAGCAAAAAUACCGCCAGUAGUGCUACAGAAGUGCAUCAGAUUGACAAUCUUGAGCCAACUGCCAGCUGACAAUGUGGGAAAGAGAAAUAGGCAAUAAAAAAGCGUUUGGGAAAAGGAGCUGCACUAAAUCCCUCUGCUCCCACAGCUUUGUGUAAAAGAGAUCAAAGUGCAGCAACAUAAAGGGUAGAUUUAAGGCUGAGAGCAUACAAAUGUGUCAUAUGAUACAUAACAUAGUCAUCAUAAUCGAUUGUAUGUACUCUCUCUUUCGCUCUCUCUCUUUAUAUGUAUAUAUAUAUAUAUCACAAAUAUAUAUAUAGAUAUCUAUCUAUAGAUGUCUAUCUAUAUGUUUAUAUAUAUAUAGAUAUAUAGAUAUAUAGCUACAUAUUGAAAUAUAUAUAUAUAUAUAUAUAUAUAUAUAUAUAUAUAUAUACAUAUAUACAUAUAUUGAUAGAUAGAUAGAUACAUAGAUGUAGAUAUAUAUAUGUAUAUGUGUGUGUAUGACACACACAUAUCACACAGUGGCAUGACGUUGCACCAAGACUUCUGCUGACCAAUCAUGGUGCCUCUUGAUGCUGGCUCACAGCAAAUGAGCGCAGGAGAGCAGGACAGAGGCUAGCAACAAGAAGGGGAGGGGGGAAGGGUGGGCCGUGAAAGACUGCAAUAACAGUAAAGUGGACACAGAGAAACGCUGAAGGUUAUUUGUGAUUGAGCUUCAGAGUAAGUAAGAAAAAAAAAGUGCUUGUUUAUUUUUUGUUUGUGGCUGUAUCCUUUCCUUUUGAGACCCCCACACCUUCAAUCAGUCUUUGCCUACUUUUCCCUUCCUGACUGGCGUAAUCUGAGAAUAUUAAUCAUCCUCGGUCAGUCAGUCAGUCAGUCAGUCAGUCAGUCAGCGUGUAUCAGAGGUAAGACUGUGGCAGAGUGGGGUUUGUGUACAGAGUGAAGAAAUUAAGAAAAGAACAGCAGCCUCUCCACCAGCUGGACUGUAAAAUAACUAUACUGGUAUUACUUUUACAUUUAUUAUUAUUGUCUCAUAAAAUAUAUUUUACAUAGAAAUCCUGCAUCAAAAAUACUUUAAAAGUUGUCAUUUACAGGCAUCAUCAGCAUUAUGUACUUAUGAUAAUUCACUGUCAGUUAAGCAAUUAAGACACUGUAAACAAACAAAUCUUUUUUUUAAGCCCUGCAUGUUGUUGAACCGUUCAUCUAUUGAUAGCAUAUUGAUUUAGUUUUGGAAAUUUGCCUUUCGUCCGUGGAUCUUACAGGUCUCACCUUAUCUGUGCAGAAUUUUGGAUACCUGGAUACUGCAGGUCAGGCUGGCAGUGUAACUCACUAACAGCUUCUCUCCAUUAUUAUGUCAUAACUAUACAUUUACAAUUAACAGUGUUGUAUUCGUACAUAAAUAAACCUUUACUGAAAAGUUUUCAUAAUUUAAAACAAAGUGAAGCAGCCGACUCGGGCUGUUUUAUUUGCCAAAUACAUACAUUUUACUAAAAACAGCUCAGUCUCCUCACAAAGAUAUAGAAGAUAUUAAAGUCAAGAGCAAGGGAGGGUCAGAUUGUUGUGAGAUGUUUUCUUUAUUUCUCUCUCUCUUUCUUUUGUCUUUUUUCUUUUAUUUUAAACAGGAUGAGCAAAUAAAGCUUCUGAGUCCAAAGAUGGCUUAUUUUUCAACACAGAAGAGCAAUACUUAGUCCAUUUAUUAGUGCAUUUUAUAGACAUACAGUAUGACUGCUGGCUAAUUUAACCUCACUCUUGGUUAAACCUCUUGUGACUUAAGUAAUUGUGUGUGCUAUGUUUAGUUAUAUAAGUAUUAAUAGAAUAUGCAGUUCAAAACAGGAUCUUAGCAUCACUGUGGGAAUAUUAGAUUAGAUUAGAUAGAAUUUUAUUGAUCCUUUUGGGAAGGUUCCCUCAAGGAUAUUAAAAAAUAUGCAUAUACAGUAGAAGUCCAUUCCCUGGUUUAUGGGAGACUCUAAAUAAACUCACCUGCUAUAACUCUACAAUAUAUCCUCAAAAAUAGGUAAAGCAGUCGAUGAAAUACAUUACAGCAAACAGAGACAGAAAAUCAUAUUUACUGAAUGGUAGUAUUGCUGCACACAAGACCGAGACCGCACUGAUAUUAUCACACAGGAUGUUGGUAUUGUCCUAGUUGUUUGCUUUGUUUGUCUUUUUAAAAUACCAGACUUAUUUGGUAGAAAGAGACUAAAACCAUGUCACAUAUUAUUUGAUUUCCUCUUCUUCUCUGUCCUCAGUUAGUUGGUUUCUUUUUUUCGGUCAGUGGUGACUCUCUUUUUUUUUUUUGGUGUUUUCCCUUUUUUUGAAAUUCCCCCAGUCCACCUAAAUAACCUGCUAAGGCUCCAUCACCUCUUCCAAUCCUGCCCUCUGGGAGGUGCUGUAGGUCCAUGCACAACAAUAACACUUUAACAAACUUGUUCCCGACAGCAGUCAGGGGACUUAAAUAGCCCCCUAAAAAAGAUUUGAACAACCAACCCGAAUGUUCUGUACUGCAUCUUAGAUUGAAUCUGGGAGGAUGAAAUACUGUUUCCUUUUUGUUUGUGUUGUUUUAAUAGUUUAUGGUGCCUUUGUGUUUUUUUUUUCUCUCCUGAUGUAUGUGCACCACAACUGAGACAGACAGACAGAGAUGGAUGGAUUGAUAAAUAAAGAGAGAGGGAGAGAGAAAGACAGAAAAAGAAGGCGGAUUUAUGCAGGUCCCUGUGCAAAAACAGUAUUAUACUGUAAUAUAUUUUAAACUGUUAAAUCAUAAACCAAAAAGAUCUAGGCUCUUUUGAAUUUGAUUUGAUAAUCAUGGCUCCAGACAUCUUUGAAAAUAUGUGAAAACUUUUCUAAAGUUUAGAUAACUUACUUAUUGCAGUCUUGUUAAGAACAUGUAACCACAAUGUCCAGGAGGACCCAGCAUAAGGUCUCACAGAAGGUUUCGACUGAAAAGGCUGGCUGUUUGCCGAGUGCUGUAUCUAAGUAACUUAAUGAAAAGUGGACUGGAGGAAACGGUGUGGGAGAAAAAGGUGCGCAAACAACAGGGAUGACUGCAGCCUUGAGUGGACUGUCAAUAAAAGCCCAUUUAAAAAAUCACAAAUAAUGGAUCCACACACACACACACACACACACACACACACACACACACACACACACACACACACACACACACACACACACAAUAUCCCAAUACUAAGCCACAUAGUAAUUAUGUACAGGAGAGAAAAACAUAUACUUUAAAGCUCAAACAUGUACGACAUCUAUGAAAAUGCAGUAAUUUCAACAGUUGUUGUUAAAGCCCUGUAAGGGACUGUGAUGAUUCUGGUGCCCUCUGCAAUCAAACAUUUCAGCAUGCCUUGAAUGAGCAUCUGUGGCUCAGUGGAAGUCAGUCUAAUUGAAAGGUUGGGGGUUUGAACCUAGUUCUCGCUGUUAAAUAACUAAGUAUCUGUAGUGUAAGUGUAAGAUACUCAAUCGAAAACCAUUCAAAAACAGGAAGAAAAAAAAGCUGUGCAAAUUGAAACACAUGGUAAUGCUCAAUUAUAACAUUGCUGGGCACUUUAGUAAAGAACAAUGUCAUGAAUACUGUGAGUUUGCUGUGUUUUUAAGCCCUUAGGAACCUUUUGAUCCUCAGAUUCAGGCAGAGACUUUGUUUUCUAAAGUCUGUGCUGCCCCAAAAGACUUUAAUCUGUCAUCAUUUGUCACAUCUGUGGGGUCUCAUUAAAAAUUUAAACAGUUCAUAUCCAAAAAGUUCCUAAAAUCUUGCAGAGUCAAACCUGACUUAACAGAAAAAAACAGGAGAAAACUGCUGGCAGCUGCUUGGUGUCCUGGUACAGCCAUUGCAGCAACAGUUUCCUGUUAACCCCUUCCCUUGUUGUUUUGGUGUGGUAUGUUUUAUUCAACAUGUUUAUGUAGACACUAGUGUUGUUGUUAUUUAUCAGUAAGAAGAUUUUAUACUGCUGACAUCCAUCUAAGUUUAUGCUUUGGGUUCACUACUGUUCUCAUAUCUGCAUUUAUCAUAUUUCUUCCUUGCUACCUGAUUGGCUUUUGUUUUGUUCCUUGUAAUGAUAGACAAGGUGAACACCGUCCCCGGGGUUCCUCCCCACAUCAAGGUCUGAUCCUAAAGAUUGAACGUGAUCAAAAUUAAUGAUAUCAAGCUAGGGCAGCUUCAAUCAUCUGAUGUCCACAUCAGAGAGAUGAAUUUUGACUUCCACAGGUGGAGAUCUCGACAUGUCAGUCAUUCUCCAGCACCAUUUAGUACUGAUCUAAAAAGGCAGGCAACAUCCUUAAACUACUGAUCUGGCAUACCCAACUAACUUAGCUUGUAAAUAUUUGAAGUAAUAAAUGCAGCCUCAUGAGAGCGUUUAGGUUCCUGUUCUGUGAGUAUGUGAACUAAAGAAAUGAAAGGGAAAACAUCACUCUCACUUCUCAUCGAUGCUGCUCACAGCUCAGACUGCUCUCGUCCUCCUCUUCUCCAGACUGUUUUGGCCUUGUCUUACUGAGCGCACAAAGUUAUGGUCAGCAUUUUUAUGGAGAUUAUACGUUUUCAUUAGUCAGACACGAUGGUAUGUAUCUGGCUGUGGACCAUCAGGAGAUGUGCAGUUGGGUGAAACAGGCAGGAAGAUUCUGUUUACUUCAGCAGUUUGUGGGAAUGAUUGAAAGUGUGUGUAAGAGAGUCGAGUGCUGGGAAUCAUGAAAUGCUGAUUCAGGACUAUUUUAGACAAUUGAGAGAUAGUAUUUCAUUGAGUCAUUUUUCUCCACCAUUCUAUUCGGAGCUGGCUUGCUUUUAUCUAGUAUUAUUGACAUUAUUGUUAUUAUUGUUACUGUUAUUAUUCUUACUUAAUUUGGAUUUACAACAAUUUCAUCAUAAUUGUCAUUUUGUUGUGGUCAUUCUUACGCUUCCCGUGUUCAACCCCCUCAGCAUCUUUACCCUUCUCAGAAGAAGAAGGGUCUCUGCUCUGAAAUAGACAGGGUAUGUAAAUGUUAAACAAUAAAUGACCAGUAAUGCAAGCACAAGGUAACCAGCAGGGGAAAGAAAAAAAGAUGGAAUCAGAGCCAGGCCAAAGAGGGAGUCAUGUUAUUCUCGCCAGUGUCCGCUUGCUCCGCAAUAAACUGGACGAGCUUCUGGCCAACGUUAACCACCUACACAAAUACAAGACUACUUCGAUUUGAGCUUUCACUGAAACAUAAUUGAACAAGAAUGAUGGCGAUAACAUGCUGCAUAUUGACGACUUUGGCACCCCUCUCAGGCAGUGCACUAACCAGCAAACAACAUGGCGGCGGUGUCUGUCUUUAUGUAAACACUUGCUGGUGCUUGACUGUGGCAGUGAGAGAGAAACUGUACAAUACGGAUAUUGAGCUGUUGGCUGUCUCCCUCUGCCCCUUCUAUUUAACCGGAGAAUUCCCACAGCGUUUCGUUAUUCUCGUGUACAUCCACCCUUAAGCUAAUGCUGCCACUGCCACUGAACACAUUUUGUCCACACUUAAUAACCUAGAACACAUUUCUACAUUUUUUUCUGGGUGAUUUCAAUCUUUGCUCCCCUGGGAAGGCCCUUAAAGGCCUUCACCAGCAUGUUAUAUGCACCACUCGCCUUGGUAAGACACUAGAUAAAUGCUUCGGUUCUGUCCCAGAGGGAUACAGAUCCGUCCCACUACCCCCUCUGGGCGCCUCACUAUCCUACUCAUUCCAGCAUACAUUCCUAUCGUAAGGAGGUGGUUCGCAAGGAAGAGACAGUGGACUGUAGAUGGCACUUUUGCCCUCCAAGCAUGUUUUGAGAACACAAUCUGGAGUAAUCUCCCAACCCCCUCCAGUAGCAUAAAUGAUCAGGUUGACACAGUCUCCUCACAUGUCACAUUCUGUGUGGAUAGCAUCAUCCUCUCCACAACCGUCACUAUCUUUCCAAACAAUAAACCCCAGGUUGCCAAGGAGCUUAAGGAAAUCCUCAACAUGAAAAAGAGGGUUUUUUGACUGGCUCUGAUUUGGGAAAAAAAGAGGCCAAUACAGAAGUCAAGCAUGUCAUCAGAUCUGCCAAGAUGCAGUGUAAGAACAAGGUAGAGCAAAAAUUCAUACAGGGAAAUCUCAACUCAGCUAAGCAGGGCCUCAAAAACAUGGACUCCAAAACACCAUUCAGGUGGACGGUAGCAGCCCCACUUCUUUACCGAAUGACCUCAACUCCUUCUCCACCAGAUUUGAGACGGAUAACGCCAUGCAAAUUGACAAAGUUGAAAAAAAAAACACCCCAGCCCAAUGACUCACCUUCAACAUAGAGGAUGUGGUGAAAGCCCUCAGGACAACCAAAGAGAUUAGCUCUUCAGGCCCAGACAACAUCAGUAGUCAUGCUCUGACGUACUGUGACAAGCAGCUGGGAGGUAUUCUUAAGACCCUGUUCCAGAGGUCCAUUGAUACGAGGACAUCAGAAACGCUUCGUAAUCAUGCCCAUCCUAAAGAAGAGUACCACCAAAGCACUCAAUGACCUCAGACCUGUGGCCCUCACCUCCUUUAAGAUAAAGUCAUUGGGGAGGAUUAUAAAACAUCACAUUUUGGGUGCAACUAACUGACUGAUUGAUCCUCCCUAGAUCACAUACAACACAAUGAUGCCAAUGAUGCCAAAAUAUACAUCCUAGACACCCUCCACGAACCCUUGGACCGCCCUAAUACCUCAGCCAGACUCCUCUUUGCUGACUUCUCCUCAGUAUUCAACACUCUCCAGCCACAUCCUGGACAACAAACUCUCCUCCACCUUUCGCCUGGAUGACCAGCUCAUCCAGUGGCUCCUAGAUCUCCUCUCUGCUGUUCAUCCUCUACACUGAUGACUGCAGAUCCAAACAGCCCCAUUCCCAUCGGGUGAAAUAUGCGGAUGACAAAGUCCUCCUGUCUCUGCUGUCAGACUCUUCACAGCCUCAUGAACCAGCCCUCCAGGAGUUCAUGGACUGAUGUGGCAAGUCAUUCCUGGAGCUGAACGUCAGCAAAACCAAAGAGAUGGUGGUGACCUUUUCCAACAAGCAGAGGGAGCUUGCUGCAGCAGUCACCACUGAAACUCUCAGUGAGCCCUUGGAACGUGUUGAGGAAAACAAAUACCUGGGCACCCUUUGACAGUCUGCUGAAGUUUUCCUCCAACACUGAGGAGAUCCUCAAGAAAAGCCAGCAGAGACAGUACCUGCUAUAGAACAUUCUCAGGACGUUCUCUUACUCCUUUUAUAGGAAGUAUUGCCACCUUCACAAACUAGUUUCAUUCAGUCAGCCAUCAGGACAGAAACGUCUGCAGAAAACUGUGGCUGUCUGCUCGAUAUUAAUCAGGACACCUCUCAGAUCUCCAUUGACUGUCUUUGAACAUCUCACACACAGACUAGUAGGCCACACUUUGUUCCAUAAGUUUGAGUAGCUCCCAUCAGACCACCAGCUCCACUACCUCACCUGCAGAACUCAGAGAAGAGGGACCACCUUUGUGUCCAAAGCUGUGCUGCUCCUCAACCCAAAACUGUCAUAAUGUACUUUUAACUGCCUAUUUUCACGUCAGAAUGCCACUUGCACCUGUAUAUUCCUACCUCAGGCUUACCUGCAUUUGCUAAAUCACUACGCACCUUACCUAAUGACAAUUUGCAUCCAUAAUGCAGAUUCCCGGUUCUCAGAUUUCUGAGUAUUUCAGCAAUAAGUAUUUUUAUUUCUCCCUUUAUUUACAAUUAUUUUUUUAUUAUUUGUAGUAUUGUUUAUUUUCCUUGAUUGUUUAAAGUUGUUACAGUGUUUGCAUAAUUUACUUCCUGCUCUAUGUGCCUCCAAUUGCCCCUUGAGGACAAAUAAAGUUUAUUAAAUUAAGUUGAAUUGAAUUGACAUAGAGAUACUUUAGUUAACAAACUGUAAGUAUUUCCAAAUCCAACUACUGCUUUCUUGUUGCUCAUGUAAUUCAGCCUAUCGGCACCAACAACUAUAUUCACCCAAUAAAACAUGAUCCUUGAGAUGCUGAGCGGCUUUUACCUCUGUGCAAAGGGACAUGCAAAGUUUUUCUGCAAUCUUAGAAACUUAGAAGUAAUGUCUACAAUACUCCUCUAUGAUAAUUUUCUGUAAUGCUUUUCUAUAAUACUUCUCUGUCUUGUUUUUCCCUUGCAGACUGAAGAAGAAGUCUCAGUCGGUGGAUAUUUCUAGCCAAGGUUGCCCCCCAACCCUGGUGCCAGCUUCACCCCCCAACAAGGCUGUUGCACCUGUUGCCAAGACAACCAACAGUCUUGCUGUGCAGGAAAAAAACACUACCAACUCCCAUCGGAGCCCCCGCUGUGGCGAGCUGAAGAGAGGCUAUACUAUAGGUAAACAACAGGGGAUGAGGUUAUGGUAUGACCAUUUUAACAGCUGCUCAUUAAUCCAGACUGACAGUUCCUGCUACUUUAAAGUCAUUGUGUUCUGUGUGUCACAGGUAUAUUUUUCAAGCCACAUGCAGAAGUGCUGAUAAAUGCCUGCAUGGUGCUCUGACCUAAUGUCUAAAUCACAGAGAUAAACAGUGAUCACCUGUUGAAGACAUGCUAUUAAAGUAGUGCAACUUGCUGGUUAUCUCUCCGAUGAUUGGCAUGUUGUUUCCCUGCCUCUGUAGUCUAUAUGUCCAGGUGUCCUCAGACAGGACACGAGUCCCGUAUAACUACAAAGGCAGAGCUCUGAGGGGUGUGAAUGUGUGUACGAAAUACUGAAUGAGACAAGUUUGGCAAAUCUAGUUCAGACCAAAUGGGAAAAAAAAUAUUUGUGUCACAUAACUUGGUGAGAUUAUGUGCUUGGAUGAAAAUCUCCCCCUCCAGAUUUGAAGAUCAAACGCAAACUACAGAGGGGAUCUCUCUGAUACAAAUGAACUGCCGGGGUAUAUCUGAGUCUCACUUUUACUCAGAGUUAUGAAAAGGCUGCGCUCUGGAUUAUAAAACCAGAUUCAAUCACAAUUAAGGUUAAUCAAGGUUAGUAUUCAGGUUAAGCUUUGUCAGCGAUGUCAACGAUGAGAUAAAAACAACGUCAUAGAUCUUUUUUUUUGGAUUGAGGUCAGGUUGAUAAUUCCUUAUGCAGGAAAGUCAGGGUAAUCUUUAUGUUGAUUGGCUUUUGCAACCUUGAAAUGAUUAAGCUAUCAUACAUGAUACUUUUUUAUGGUGGUAGACAAAGGCAAAGACCUUCAACAGUCAGAAUGUCUUUAGUAGAAGAAAUGUGUUGCAAAUAAAUAAAUGACACAACUUCAAAAUGACAUGCAGAAGUCCAAAACAAGCAUUGUUGUGGAUGCUCUGCAAAGGAAAAAUGUUCUGCAAAAAGCUGGAUCAACUGCAUUGAUGGCAAAUGUGCUGCAAAUAAACCAGCAAGAACACACAAAAACAGAAAACAGCUACAGAUGAAAAUAAAAGCAGCAAACUCCAGGCCUGCAGGGGGCGCUGAUGGGCACAGCUUUGUUAUUGAUAUUAUGCUGUUACAGUCUGUGUUAUCAGACAACAUAUCUGAUGACAAUGCCCCCAUUUUUAAUGGAACAAAGAACAACUGAAUUAACAUGUAAACAAAAAGGAAAUAAUUAAUAUUGGACAGAAAAUCCUGCUAAAUUAGGAGUUGCUGAGUGUAGCUUUAGUCACAUGGUUUAGAGUAGUAUAGUUAGAAGUUUUUUCAGCUCCAGUCCUGAGCUUGUUAGAGAACUUUUCAGGCCGUGUAUUAGACAUCAGCUGAGAGACUGCUGUAGUAAAACUGCUAAGAGUGAUGUUUAAAUUAAUGUAGUAUCUCCAUGUUGGGAGGGGCGUUAAUAUGAGCUUAGAUAAUAAAUAAAAAAUGCAUAAACAUAUUCAAUCAUUUAUACAGACUCUGAAGGCGGCACAUUGGCUAUAAGCAGGAAUGCUGUCUGGUUUCAUUCCCUUCCUAUCACCUGAGAAGUGAGUGCUUAUUAAGCAGCAACCCUGGGAUAAUUGGAGCAAAAGUUUGACAUUCACUCAGUGAAAAAGUUCCACUGAGCUGCUAAGAGCAGCCUUUUCCAGCUACAGAUCUCCGUUAGAGAGCGAUACAAUUUACUGACUGACCAAUAGCAAAAGCUCCAGAUAUCCUGCAGUCGCCACACUGAACCCCUACUCAGGUCUCCCCACUCAGGUGAAGAUAAUUUACUUAAGACAUUUACACCUUUUCUUCACCAUUAUCAGUGUCAAAAUCCAGCUCUGAAUCUCAAUUUCAGCGCUACACCCUGAUAUUAAACAAUGUGACUUUCCUAUUUAAACAAGCUCAAAGUGUCGUCUUCUUCUCUGUCAGCUUCAUGAUAAUGAAGAUGUUUCACUCAGUACCUCUACAGACUUAGAACACUCCCAUUAAAAGUCUGACUUAUUUGCUCUUAAUUUCUUUAUUUGCAGCUGCUUUUUGGCUUUGUGCUUCAUUUUUUUUUGCUUUGUAACUUAAGAAUAUGCAGUACAGUUGCUAUUUUUUGCAUUUGUUUUGUCUUUUUGUGGUACAUUUUUUCAUCUCCAUCAUUGCGUUUGUUCUGGACCUUUGCAUGUGUCGUUGAAGUUGCAUCCUCUCUGUAUUUGUAGCAGGUUUCUCCUGAUGAAGAUAGUUCCCGCUGUUGCAGAUCACUUGCCCUUGUCUGCCACCGCUACUUUGCAUUCAGCUGAUGUUGGAAAUUUGACUGCAGCAGUUAUAGGUCACCACAUUGACUUGCAGCGUUUUCAUUACCUUUGGUUUAAACACACCUCGGCUACACUUCUGAGUGUAUAUAUCAAAACAUUUCACCUGAUAUUUUAAGUCCAACUAUCUUUUUCUUUGUCAGUUAUGUGAUUAAGAGUUUCUGACACAGAGCAUUGUCAUUAUUCUCUGUGUUUAUGUCAGACAUUAUGCUCACCGCUUACAAUGAAUGCUUAUAAACACUGUUAUGAAGCAUUGUUAUAAAGCAUUUCAGGUGCAUUUAUAAGGCUUUGUAAAUGUGCUUGUGAUGCAUUAUGGGAGAUGGGUUCAUAUAAAGUGUUGCUCUUUAGUCCUGAUCCCUGAUCCUGAAUCCCCAAAUCUCUUGAAUUUGACAUAUAGUGUGUUCCUGGUCUAUUUCAGGGCACCCCUAAAUGACAGUCCAAUUGCUGCAGCGCCCAGUGAGUGGGUGAUAUUGUCUCCCAGUUUAAGGACUUCAUGAGGCUGCCCUCAUGUGUCCUCGCUCAUUUAAUAUCCCUCCUCAGCACCUGAUCCUCUCUUGAGCAUUCAGCAUCAGACUUUCAGGAGCACCUCAUCAUAGUCCCAAAAUCACUCAUGGUUAGACCAUAGACUGGAGACCGAGGAAAUGUCCUAACAUUCGUGUGGGUUGCAUGAAAAGUGUGCUCACGUUGACUUGCACCAAACCUUAGAGUUCACCUUAGACGUACCCAGAGGGCUACAAACUGUUUGAAGUGAAGAACUAUAAAUAGGGGAGGCAGCAUAGUUGUCACAGGAGAUGAUCCAACAACAACCAGUAAGGAGAUAGAUAGAGAACUUUAUUAAUCUCCGAGGGGAAAUUCGGUAAGUAGUGUGUAGGAGUGUAGCCUGUGUACAUGGGGUACCUGAUCUUAACCAGUGGCCCUCUUAAUUAAUUCUCUCUUUAAAGGGACUUAAAAUACACACCUGAGAGGGAAUAAGGUGCAUUUCCAGUGGAAAGAGAAGAAUGUAAAAAGAUUGAAGGAGAGAGCUCUGUGCUGAAGAUAUAUAUUUUUCUCUUCUCAGCAGGUUGUCAUUAGUCAUUGGGGCCACCCAGCUUCUUGAAGCAGCCUCGGACAGCACAGGCAUCUGCAGAGGAUAGAUGACCUAAAGGGGUAGUGGAAAUUGGCGGUAAAAAAUAGCAUGGUCUGACACCACAGGUCAUUGAUCACGGACAGCUAUCCGGUGCAACUGUCCUUAGAGAGAAGCUCAGGCAAUGAAAGCUGGUUGAAUUGUUGCAGCAGCAUGUCAGUGUCAGACCAAAUGGCUCAACAUCUCUGCCAUCACCUACUUGUUGUCUGUCCUCUGCAGGCCCUUUACAUGGCAGAAGCAUGCAUUACCAAGGCCUCAGAUGCGUUCUCUUGGAUUUGAUUACUGCUGCAACCAUAAGAAGGAGGAUUAAAAAUAAAUAGAUGUCUUUGUUAUGUUUUUCAUUUAAAGCCCAAGUCUUUAAAAAAGCGAGCAUUACAGAGAAAUUCUUCCUGACGUUUUACAUCCAACCUUGGCGAAUGGGUCUGGAACGGAUCUAUUUAUUCUAUUUUUCUGGGGGUGUUGGCAAUGGUCGUAUAGCACGUACAUCUGUUACUGAUGAACACUGUACCUGCAGUUUUUUGAUCUUGUUUUAAUGAAAAUCCAGAAUAUUUAAAACGGUGGCUGUAGCGGGUUUUACAGAUCUCCCAGCAGCAGAGGCUGCUAUCUUAGUUCUUUAAAAAUAUGCUGAAGCAGCACACCUGUGCCGCUAUCCUUAAUGAAGGGCUAUGAUAAGGUUGGUACAUCUGCUGCUGAUGGUAAAACGUUAAGAAUGACAGCUGUUCCACACUUGCAUGCAAGUGAAAAUUAAUAUGAGUUGACUGAUGGGUCUGCCAGGCCAGAGAAAUCCAAUAUUCCUUGUAAAGCCGCUCCAAUUUCUCUUUCUUCGUUUGAUUACAUAUAACCAUGGCUGUCUUUGUUUUGUUGACAGGCAGUGGUGUCUGGUACACAAUAUUCUGACACUUAAUGUGGGACACUUAAACUACAUAUAUCUUGUCUUCUAUAACACUAAGGGGACAUAUUCGGAUUUGAAUUUAAGCAGUAGUAUACCAUAUAAUUAAGAUCACAUGACUUUGCUGAUGUCAUGUCAUUUGACCUGGAGGUAAAGUCUGCUCUUUAAAAUCCACCAAUAUGUCAGUGACUUAGGAUAUGAACAAAACCACUGUUGGGAGUAAAAUGUAUUAUGAAUAAAAAUAUGUUCAUAAUUCAUCUCAAAAUUUACGUUGCUGAUGUAUUUGUGUAUCAGAAAACACAAUAAUACAGUUCAAAUUGUUUUAGUUUUUUAGGAUGUCCCACUGCAGAAAAGUCCAAAGUCUAAUGUGGCACAGCCAUAUUAAAAGAAAUCAAAACCUAAAUGUUUCAUAUCUCACUCCAAUAUUCGGUAACUGUUUGAGUUCAUCAGGCUGCUGAUUUUCUUUAUUUGUUGACAUUUAGAACUACAACAUUGUUCUGAUUAAGCUUUCAAAGAGCUAAAUUAUCUCACUGUCCAAUUAACUAACCACACUGAAACAGGCCAAACUGAUUUCAAAUGUAAACAAACAUAGACUAUUUAUUCGUAUAUUCAAUGUCUUCCUUUUUUACUUGUUAAAUGGUUGAAAAUGCAAUAUAGAUUACAGUGGCAAAAUGGUAUGAUGCGACAUGGAGAUGGCCAUUUAGCCCUGCAGCUUGCACAGAGUGAUAAACAGCAUUUCUUCAAAACCCAGGUGCUUUUCCCAGAGAUGAUUAGUGUAUUUUCAGAGACUGGAUCAAACCCUCAAAGGGAAAUUAAUCCGUGAUGAUUUAUGUAUUCAUAAAAAAGUGACGAUUUUAAAAUCCAAACAUAUUUUGUGUUAUGUGUCACCUGGUUAUGAUUGGCAAUCACUUUGUCAGAAGAGUGGGUACUGGAUAUUACGGUUUGAUAUUAUGCACAGUGUGUACAUAUAGGGAAAAAACGUAAUAAAACAACGUAAUUUCAUACCAGGCCUGUAUGCGUGUAUUAACCUUGUAAAAUCCUGUAGUCUGCAGGUCCUUGUAGUUCUCCCUUCCUCCACUAUAGGGCUAACUAAAAUCUGUCACUUGUUGACGUGUGUAGAGUAGUUCCUGUUUUGGAAUGUGCUGUGUGCAAUGUGAGACUCUUCACACCAUGAGAAGUGUCGUGUACGUGUUGUCAACUUUGCGUUUAUGCACAGUUAAUGACUGCAGUCUUGUAAAGUAGUCGUGCAGAUUUGUUUCAACCACUCUGAAGGGGUUGUCAGCUGUGAGUUAGGGCGUCAUGGACUACUUUCUGUCUGUUACGGGCAGCGGUGCGAGAGCUGUUAGGGAGACAAUCGUUCAGAGAUUUUGGCCUGGACCUGGAGAGGAGAAAAUCCAAAGUCCACAACCCCAUGUCGGAUUUUUAGGGGUAAAUGACAUCGUACACAUCCCAAAAGGUUGGUUGAGUUCUUAACUAAAUCAGCUGACAGUUUUAGGUACAGCUGCACGCGCAGCUUUAAGAGCAGUUUGGGGUUGAGUGCAAAAGCCCCUUAAAAAGAUUGUGAGUUUGAAAGUUUCCCUCUGUCUUGGAUAAACCUUUCCUGAUAAAGCAAAAAACGACAUUAAGUAUCAACAUUUAUUUUCACCCUGGAAUUCGGCUAAGAUGUUAAAGGUGCAGGUUGUGUAAUUAUUGUUUAUUUUUUAGUUUUGACUGACUUCCGCAGCCGCCUGCCAGUGAUGCAAUGACGCUAUGUGAAGAACCUAAAGCGACGUAAAGGGCACAAAGUUUAAUCUGUCUUUGGAUGUUACCUUUUUCACUGGUUUCUUUCAAACGUCUAGAAAACGUGAAACUUUGAUUUUUACAGGGUCAGCUGUGUGAAAAAGACAAACCUAAACUGCUUUAAGACAACCAAAGCAGACAAACGUUAUUUCCACAUAGAAGCUGUUCAAACACAGCAUUUACAUAGGAAAUUUAGUGACCCUGACCCAAGUUACUAAAUAGGAGCCUUUACACCUUUCAUCAGUGAUCUUACAUUAGAUCUAAUUUGAACCAUGCAGGCUUCAAGAGAUCAUUUUUGAUGGAUAGAUGAAGCACUCUUCAGACAACAAUAAUGCAACACAAAGUGCUGUACAUAAAAACAUAAAAUGAAAUGAAAAACAAAGAGAGAAGGGACCCCACCACCCAAUUUAUAUAAAGUGAAGUAAAUAUGUUGUGAAUCAGAACCUGAAAGAAAACAGGAGCUGACAAAAUUGAGGAGUCUGAGGAAACAUUAUCACAAGAGCUGGAUGAGGAAACACAAGGUAUAAUGAAAUGUUAAAACUCAAGAUAGGAGAGUAAAAAACAGCAAAAAAUAGAUAUUAUGAAUAGAUCCUAAAUAAUAAAAGAUAACUCUACUACAAGAAGAUUUAAACACAGUAAAAGCAAAAUACAGUUAUUAGGAGAGUAUUAUGAAACAAGUUAAAUAAACAAGAUUUUAUCAAAAACAGACUGAAAAAGUAGAUCCUGAGUUUGCUUUUUAAAAUAUGGAUACUUUCUGACACCCCCAGGUCUUUAAGUAGGUUGUUACACAGUCGUGGGCCAUAACAGUAAAAAGUUGUCUCACUGUGGGUCUUUGGUCUGACUUUAGCUCUGUUAAAAGACUACUUCCUGAAGACCUGAGGGAUCUCAUUGGCUCAUAUCUGAUAAAUAAGUUGAAGCUAAACCAUAAUGAGCUGUAAAGACCAGUAAAAGGAUCCUCAGAGACACUGGAAGCAAGUGCAGAGACUUUAAAAUGGGUGUUUGAGGGCUCUUCUUUGUGGUCAUUGUCAGCUUCCCUGCAGCUGAGUUUUGUAGCAGCUGAAGCCAGAAGAUGAUCUUUUUUUAGGAAAACCAGAGAGAGAAGUGUAAAUAGUGAACUCUGCAGGUGAUAAAAGUAUGAACUAGAAUGUCUGCAUUGGCUUGAGAGAGAAACUGUCAUACGCUAGCAAUGUUUUUCACUUUAUAGAAAAGCGUUUUUGGAUAGCUCCCUAAUGUGCAGCUUAAAGCCAAGAUAUGAAUUGAGUUUUGCAUCCAGUGUCUCUCUCUCUCUCUGUGCUGCAGGACCAAUGACUAAAACCUCAGUUUAGACCUGAUUGAGCUGUAAAUGGCUCUCUGCCACCCAUUACUUGAUAUAUAAAAUAUGAUAAAAUUGACCCUGGGUCAUCAAUACAAAUAGCUAUGAAAGUUGAUGCCAUUCCUCCUGAUGACAUUGGCUUGAGGACCUAAAAUUGAGCCCUGUGGAACACCGGGUGCACAGAUCCAACUUUUUAAGUCCUAUUACCAACACCUGGGCUUUAGUAUCUGCCAAUAUCAAUACUGAUACUAUCCAGUGUAAAGAUUAAAUUGUAAACUUCUAUUCCCUAAUGUAAGGAUGACACUGAUUUGGCAACUUCAUCCUUUUUUAACCUUGUAAAUUAAAAUGACCUCCUAUUGUUUACCCUCUAUGUGUCUGAUCUGUUACGAUUUUCACCCUCACCAGGUUUCAUAAAGGCACCCAAAUGACUCAACUCAACUUUUGUAAUCUUUAAACAGACAUCUUAAGGUGAUCUGAGCCUAAACAGGGCCUGUUAAUGACCAAAGGUUCUGCAUGCAACUAAAUAGGCAGAGAUCAUGCAAAAUGACAUGGUCAGCAACCAGCUGCACACAACUUCUAAAACAGCUGUAUGAGAAGGUUAUUUAGCAGGAGACAUGGCUCCUAAAUCCAUGCAUUGACUGAAGGAUUUACUGAAAGACCUCUCUCUGUCACCUGUGAAGCCUGAGUCAGGGACUGCAGGUAAUGAGAGGCAGCAGCAGUGAGUGAUGAGAGAUUGACUAAAUUACAAUAACAGACGGUGAUCUUAUACAGAAAAUGUAAAACUGGUCAGGGAUUAGUUGGGAUUGAUUCGCUCAAAUUACACCGAGCAGCCCACCCAGGUUUUGACUUUGUGUGGGAACACACAGCACUUUAUGUCACAAUUAAAGAAAAAUUCCCUGCAGUAUUCAUUUAGUUAAAUGUUUUAUGGCAACUUAAAAGGAUCCUCUUUAAAUUCAUUACAGUGUUUCUCUCAAACUUGGCAUCAGUUUUGUGUCUGUUUAUUAAAUCCAGAGCUUGACAAAGACUCUGUUCAUCCAUUAAUAAUAAAUUAUAUUCCUUAAAAUAACUUCAAGAUAGAUGUCAGUUUGAAAAAUGUGUGUUGAAACCUUUAACAUCUGCUACAUGAAAUCUUUCUUUGAUGUUGUAAUAUUCGUGUUAUUUGACUUCUCUGCAGAAACCCUGUACUGUGGCAUGUUUUCAUUUUUAUACCUAAACUCAGAUUCUCUCUGAAUUUGUUCCAGUGAUGCAUUAAUCUGACUCUCCUUUUAUCAAAUUUUAUGAUCAAAAACUUUUAACUUGAACACAAUAACAUCUGAACUCGCUCUGUCCUCUCCGUUCUCUGACCUUCUGUCUUGUUCAGCUGCCCAGUGAUUAGCAAAAGGUGUUUUUUUUCCUGCUAGUUUGUCUGUUCAGAGUUGAGAUAGAUGUUUAUAAUAUAUUCAAAUGACUUUUUUUUUCCUUCAUUACUUCAUUUAAAGAAUAUGUGGGUGUUCGUUGAAAUGUAAAUAAAAAUCGAAGACAGACUUAGAGGCUGAGCUCCGGCUGUAGCUAGACCGUGGGGCUGAACAUGACUCAAGUGCAGUCCACUGGACACAUUUUUUUACAUGGUUGCACAAAUAGGUAUGACUUGUUAUGGCUGUUUACAUCCCGGGUUUAUAAAAGGCAGUCUUUGUCUAUCCUGACGUACAGCAUCUCAUUUUAGUGCGUAACUGAGUCACACAGCUUCUUACAGUUGACCCACUUUAAACAUAAUUCAGCCCAUCAAUAAUCCAAGUAAAACAUGCUCAGAAGAGAAAGAAGGGAGUUGAAAAGUUUAUACUGGUGACUGUUGUGUUACUGGGUUGAAUGUUUACUCUGUGCUUUCCAGCAAAGUUGACAGUAUUCUUAUCUAAAUUUGUUUUAGCCACAGGUCUGUUUCAUCAUACCUUUCCCAUGAGGGUUGUGCAUACACAGAUGUGCCAAUCAUGCUUUCUUGAUGCAUGAUCCACAGCAUAUGAGAUGGUGUUUGAGAACAGGAAAACUCAGAGCUGAGAAUUCGAUGUUUAUUAUCGACGUAGCUUUUUGCUUGAAAUUAGAAUUCCAGUAUGUAACUGGAUGCAGAUAGAUCACACAAAACAAACUGGCUGUUAUCUGUGGACUUUAAAAAGCUUCCUGCUAUAGAAGCAUGGCUUAUUUGUAGACAACAGAUGAUCCUGGUUUCCUGUGGAGUGGGAUAAAACCAGAGCCUUUGUUACAGAAGAUGCCCAGGGGCCAAGCUCUGCUGUGUGUCUGGAGUGUGAAUAAAAUGCCCAUCUCUUGUGCCACCAUCCAUGGUGAGGUUUAAUUUUAGACCAAUCGCUGGCUCACCACGUGCUAACACCCCUGGAGCAGCUUUUCCGUAUGUUUUUUAUUUCCAUUUCAUUCAGUCUUUGUCUUGGUAGCUCUCUGAAAUGAACCAUGAGAGGAGAGAGGAAGACUGUGGAAGUCUAAUCUCAUGUUAACCCUGAUUCUGCUCAGCCUGCACCGAUUCAGUCGAAACUUGUGUGCAUGAGCAGAAAGCUAUACUAAAAGCAAAGCACUGCACAAAUCUUCACAGCUCAUCAGCUAUCGACACCUCCUCUGUUAGUUUUCUGCUGCGCUCUACUUGCAAUGAAAUAGAGACACAGCAGACUAUGUGUCAUAACAUAAUAGGAAGACAUGGAAGAACAGUUAUUUGACACGUUGACUUGAAAUACAACAAAUUAUCAAUCUUUAAUGUAAUAGUUCCAGUAUGCCCCCUCGCCCUACCUUAAAAUUAUGCUUUUAAGGUUUUAAUCGUGUCCCCUCUUUUCAUAACUCCCCAUCCAAGAGUUAAUAGCAUUUAAUACAUGGAAUCCACCAGUAUUGAAAAACUCACUGUCUACCAUUGAAUCUUUGCACGUGCUUAUAAUCGAAUAUGUAUAUAUAUUUUCCAGCUGACACAAGUCAUCAUUGAAGCUCAGACAUGCACACCCUCUAUUUCUCUUUUUCCCUCCCCCUCUCAUUUACUGCUAGCUCCCCAGAAAAAGCAGCACUGUUUAGUCAUACAGACAGCUGACAUGUUGUCACCGCGCUUUGUGUGUGUUGAGUAAGAUGCAAAUAAAAGCUUUUAUGAGACAGUUGAGGUUUAUUCAGAGGGAAUAUUUGUAUAAUAGAAACUUCAGGGAGUGCAAAUCUGAACCAUUAUUUGCUCCAUUCAAUCUUACAGAUCCGAUCAAAGAAGCCUUGAACUCAAGCCAUUUGUUGCAUAACUCGUCCCAAAAUUAAUGUGACAUGGAUGUCUUUCAAAUUACCCAGCUACAAAGUCUCUUCGUCCCCAUACGUUCCUUUUAUUCUUACCAGGGAUGAAGAUUCAAGUUCAAGCCUUUCUUUUCUUUUUGUGUACAGCAUUCACAUUGCAUUAUAAUUGUAUGAAAAGUGCUUUAUAAAUAAAGUCUGAUUGAUUGAUUGGACUUGAGUUGAACUUAAGCUACACACUAAUAUGGCAUCAGACUCGACUCAGACUCCACCCCGAGAGACUUGAGACCGGACCCAGGCUCGAGCUUUGGGACCAGUGGGCAGUCUUUUUAUCUUGUAUUUUGUCUCGAUAACAUCACAGGCUCUGAUAACAUUCCCUCUUAUCAGGUUAAAUCUUCUGCUUCUGGCAGAAGACAAACCUCAUUGACACAGUGUAUCCAACACAUAGAUCAUAAAAGGGCCAUUUAAGCAUAACCACGGACAAAUUUUGGUCAUUUUUCAUCUGUACGAGGCCGCCCUCCCCGAUCAAUAAGUGGACGCCCAGUGUUGCCCUGCUGGUUGCUGUAGCUCUCAAUUUUGUGUUGUUAUCACAGGUGAUGGUCCUCGCACAGAUCGGUCGCUGAUAAGGACACAUUCAGAAUAGUUGUUAUUAUGUGGGGUCCUGUUAAUGACCUUCAGUUGCUCCAGUCAGACUGAAGAUUAGAAAAAACAAAACAAAACUGGGGGGAGUGAUGGCUGUAAAAGUAGAGAGAUGCAGGUGUCCAGGCUGGAUUUAUGGUUUAUCUGUUGUCACUAUAUGUUGCCUCUGUGUUGUGUUAGUUGUUAGGUCACUUAAAUCAAUGUUGAAUAUUUAAUACAAUGUAUUAAGAGGUAACUAAAUACUGAUUUUAUAUGAUGUGAAAUAAAUGAGGUAAUAUUUUUUCUAUCAACUUAUUAUAUGAUUUUAUUUUAUGUUGUUCCUAUUUCUUAACAUUAUAGUAGACUUAACUGGGACUUGGGGACUUGCUGCUGUACUCAGAGACUUGAGAUUUGACUUGCCAAAAGUGACUUGUGUCAGAUUUUUAGCUUUACCUUUAAAAACAUUAAUUUCUACCAAACUGUUUCCCUUUUGCCCUUAAAUUAAAAGCCUAUUGUUACCAGCUAUUAUUCCCUCUUUCUUGCUUAGAUACCCGUUUUUUUUUUUCACCUCUCUCUUUUGUUAAACGUCUAUUUAUUAAAAGUAUAACACUCCUUUAAAAAAACCCUAAAAAAUCCAGAGCAUUCACUGCCCAGCUUCUCGGAGGCUGCCACUUAUCAAUGCAAGGUGCCUCUGUGAUGCUAUUCCUCAGUCAACACGCAAAAAUGAUCCCUCCCUCCCCACCCAUCACUCUGUAGUUUGGCCCUCCCUUUUCUUCUCUUUCCUACAUCUCCAGCCUUAAGCAACCCCUGCCUCCCUUUUCUUCAAAUUUCUGCUCAUGGCUGGCAACCAGGGCAGUACUAACCUGACGGAGGGUAACUUGGUUUUCGGUCUUUCAGAGGAGGCAACAAGGCAGGAUGGCAAGGUGGACUGGUUUUAAUGGCUAUCGUUGUGCUUUGUAUGAGGAGCAACGAGGAAGAAGUGAGAGAUAGAGUGAGAAGGGGAGAGAGAGAGAGAGAGAGAGAGAGGGAGAGAGGACAGUGUGCUGGAGGAAGACCGAAGGCAGGAAGGAAAAAGCUGAGUGAGAGAGAAGAGAGGGAGGGAGAGAGAAAGAGAGAAAUUGGUCUGAUGCUCACAGCUCAUAUUGCUGGCUGGCUGGCUGGCUCCCUCAUUGUUGACGAAUGAGCUGUCUACCCACAGGGCUGGGAAACGGCAGCUUGUGACAAGCUGGGGAAAGAGGAACAUGAAUGUAAUGCAUACCUUGCCUCGCUUGCUUUCAGAUACCGGCCAGAAAAAAACUCCAGAGAAGAAGGAUGGGAGGCGUAUGUCAUUCCAGAGACCCAAAGGGACCAUUGAAUAUUCAGUGAGUAUCAUGCAAGCAACUCUGUGUUAUCCAGGUUAAUAAUAAUGUCUGUUAUACGCCAUUCUGUACCCAUAUUGCUGCUGCCUCUGCCUCUGCCUGACACUGUUGAUUUCUGUUGCUAUAUCGAGCUCGUGUUAUUUCACAGCUUUAGCGGUUCUGUUUGUGUGUUGUGAAGGUACCAUGUCUGACCAUGUUUGGUUGCUCAUCAGUCAGAGAAAUGCAUUUUCCCACUGUACACAGACCUUGAGGAUCGCUAACAGCAAGCUUAUGGAUACACUCAAGCCUCUGAAAGCCUGCCUUUGCAGCAGUAGCUUUAUUUUGCAUAUAUAUGAAGGAGAAAGGAGAUGUAGCUGCUCUGUGCAUCUCCUCGCUGGAUCACAGCAGGACACACAGACAGGCUGUGCUGGCAGGUUAUGUGUUUGUUUUUCCAGUUGGUCUCUGUGCCACAAUAAGGAGCAUUCCACCACAUAGUUUGCUGUGCUCACAAAUGAAUGACCUUCCAACUGCGUUGUCAUUUCUAUUGAUUUAGCUAUUGUGUAGGAGAAGGGGAGGGGGAAUGAGCCGAUCGAGAGAGAGAGAGAGAGAGAGAGAGAGGGGGAAUGGUGAGAGGGGGGAGGGACAGGGCUCUGGUUCCCCAGUGUGAGCUGAAAAUGGAGCCUGUCUCUGCUUUGCCUGGUUGUGUUCUUCAAAUGACCCUCAAAUCCAGCUGCAGUCAGACUGCUUUAGAUCACCUCCCUCCCUGGCAACAGGAAGAAACAGGGAUGCUGCUACUCAGCUCCUUCUGUCUCCCCGUCUGCUUGGAGGAUAGAGAAGGAAAGAGUAAAUAAGGGAAAGGCAAAGGGAGAUGAUGUAAGAGUAGGGAGAUCUGAAUAUCGGUUUUUUUUCACCUUCCUUUCUGGUCAGAUUUUCAAGAUCCUCUUUUUGUGUUGUUUUGGUUUGACUGCUCUGCUGUCAGUUUUGUCUGUCCGUUGCUUAGAGCUCCAGAAGCUGCUGUAGGUUUCACUGUGAUUGGCUCUCCGUAACACAGAAUAAAGCUCCAUCCUCUCCGUCAUCUGGGUCUUGCUGAUCGACAAGGCCCUUGUUUGUUUAUCUCUGUGCUGCUUGAUCGACCAAGAACCAACAGCAGGGUGUAAUACUUGAUGAAAAGCAAACGUCUGAGACUUGACUGUUUUUUUUUUGUUUGUUUGUUUUGUUUUUUUUUCUCAUUCACAGUUGAUGAAUUAAGGCAUGUGUAUGAUUGUUUUGUAACCUAGAAGUGUUUUGGUCCAGGCAGAGUUUUAAGGGUGGAGUUUUUCUAAUCAUUCUCACCUACACUAUAGGAGGCACAUUUCUGCUUCCUUGUCAGGGAUUUAGAGCGAAUCUUUAAUUCUUUUUCAGCACUCAGGGUUAAGCCGGGUUGGGCAGCAUGACCUAAUGCUUUGGGAGCACAUUGAUGGAGCCUUAAAAAUGCAUCUAUAAGGCUUUCUAACAAGGCUUUAUGCAUUACUCACAUGAAUCUGUGCUUUGCUAGUAUACAUGUUGUAAUCAAUAGUUGGGAGUGCAUCCAAAACUGGCAAAAAUGACCAAAGCCCAUCCAUUUCACUGCACCCUCCACUUUUAACAGAGUUUAACAGAGUUUGCGAUCAUGCAGCGGAGUGAGGAGACAGAUGUUUAAUAACCAGGAACUGUGUGCUAGUGACACUGCUAUGCGGUUUCUAGGUUGUCAGCAGUCUACAUGUUCAUCAUCAUUUAAAGCUCCUGUGUGGAAGUUUUGGUUGUUUCUGAAUUUUAGGGGCUCCUUGUGGACACAGAAGCCUUUGCUUUUCUUGUCAUCUACAUAUUUAAUUUUUGCUCUUUGACGCAAAAAAAUCUCAUCCUGCUGACCUUUGACAUUCAAAGAAUUAUUGUUGCAAAUUUACUGUGCAGACAAUGAAAUUAUUUCUGUUUACCAUAAAAAGGCUUCAAUCUGAAUUCAGUCUAUUUUAUUUGAAAAACUCCUCACAGGAGCUUUAAUGUUUGUAAAAGCUAAUGAAGGUAAACUUUCUACGUUAGUCUGCAUAAGAAGCACAAAGGUAAAAGCUGCUCAACAGUGUUUACUGCAGAUGUAUUUUGAGAUGCAUGUUCUGCCCAUGUGUGAACUGGUGUGAUCAGAGCCAUCUGCUGUCCUUAUAUCAGCCGGGCCACAGGUGUGAAUAAAAAGAUUGGUAGCUUAACCAGAGAGGAUAAUCCUUGUAGAGCUCAGCCGUACCAAAUCCUCCUCAGAGCAAAGAAACUUAUCUCUAAUGUUACUGACAUGAUCCCUCAUACAUUUCUACAGUGUCCAUGGUGUAACCUGUUGAAAAUUAACCCAAUUAUAAUCCCAAAUGAGGAAUUAAUCUCAUAAUAAAAGUUCUAGAGAAUCUGGAGAAAUCUCUGUAUAAAAUGGGACAUGGCCAUGGUCUUCAGGCCCUUUGGCAGCACUGUCUGAAAAGCAGACAUGACUCUGUAGUGGAAAUCACUGCAUGGGCUUCAACUCAAAUCCAAAUCCGUUCCCUUGGAAUGCCGUUUGUUGUUGUAUCCCUUAGUGCAGGUUAAUGCUGCGCCAUGCGAAGUGGAAAUCAUGUUGAACAGGAUCCAGAAAAACUCUCCUGAGGUCCAACAAAUCAAAACUUGACAAUUAUUUGGAAGUCAUAGGCGUCAGAUCCUCUGCUUUGAAGAGGGGACCGAUCACACAGUUCAAAACCAGAAUCCAUGAUGGUAUGGGGGUUAAUAAGUGCCUAUUGUAUGGCAAGUUCAUGGCUGAAUGGUUAAUAUUAUAUAUUAUUAAUUUAAGAUAUUUAUAAAUAUGAAUGCUGGCUGUUGUGUGCAGGUUUUUGGGGCGGCAUAUGUCCUUCAUACCCGCCCCCAUCCUGAGGCUCAGUCAAUGAACUGGCAGAUAACUUCUAUUCUAAAAUCUCAAGUGCAUUGGAUUCUGUUUCUUCUAAAGGUGAGGGGGGGGUUUACUGGUAAGAAAAUAUCAACAUGUAGAAAAAACAACAACAAAAAAAAAAACAGCACCAAAAGCUGAACCCAGGUGGUGAAAAACCAUCUAGGACAUCUAUAAAAAGGAACUAUGCAUUUAUAGUUUCCAGCUGAGGGAUGCAAGACAAUAUUUUCUCUCUAGCAUGAUUAUAAAACUAUAAUAAUGCAAGUCUCCUAUAUAUGCUAACUAACCCCUCUGUGCUGGUGGACCUGAACUUUACUCCACUGAGAUCAUGUGAUGAAUCUGUCUCAUGCUGCACAAAAAUAAAGAAAAAAAUCCUGAAAAUGAGAGAAGCAGUUUAUUUUCUCAACCAUUAACCCCUCGAGGAUUAUAAACAUCACGUCAACUCCCCUUCCAAUCAUGGCAUCAGAUCUGAUCCAGAUUGUGAACUUCUUCUUUUUCUCCAGUCAGGUUUUUCAACCUGACAGCAGCGCUGAAGCUGCUCUGGUUAAGGUGAUUAAUGACAUCUACUUAAACACUGACACUGGUCGAAUUUCAGUCUUCCUGCUACUGGAUCUCAGUUCUGCGUUUGCCACAGCUGACCACAAUAAAGGGCUUGACUGACUGGAGAACUGGGUUGGACUUUCUUGCAUGCUACCUAAUUUCAAACUGCAGGAGGGCUGUGAGCCUGAAUCACCAAUCGAAAUGAGUUUGAUUGAGAGUAUCUAUCAUUCUGUAUGCCAGCUCUUCAGAGGCUGUACCUACAUUUAUUCAGGUGAACCAAAAGCUGGAUGGAGGGAGAUUUACCGUUUUUCAUUCCCUGACAAGCAGCAUUCAGCCCCAGCAUGAUAGCUGUGAAUCCAGCUUGUCUGGGGUUCAGGGAUCCCCCUUAAGGGCAUAGGGUCUCUCUUGAUGUAUAGACUUGGCAGAUAGGGAAUGCGCUGACCCACAGUCAAUGCACUAUUUGCAUGAAUGGCUGUCCACCACCUCUGGACCUCAGGGCAGGACCAUAACAAAUGGGUUGGGUGCCUGAGGUCUCCCCACAUCUCAACCAUGCCAAGUUUUCCUUUAACUCCUUAACUCUAUUUUUGAAGGGGUCUAGUAUAUCCCAUUCAGAACUUUGAGUUGAGUGAAUCAGGUUCUAAUCUACCCAAAGGACUUUCAGGAGGGGGCUUCAGAUUAGCACUCCUUUCCCCAUCACUGGAUGACCUGUAAAGGUCUGUCGCUGCGACUGUUGAGACCCCCAGUCUUUUCAUCUAGCCUGUCCAGCAAAGCUAAGAGAUUUGAAGUUUCCCUGUCCGUAGCAAAGAUUCUUAGUAUUUACCUGAAGAUAUAAGGAUGUGAGAAAGUCAACAGAAACUCUCAAUUCUUCUAGUCUCCCCCAUUUGCAGCUGCCUUUAAUUAAAGUAAUUGAAGUACGUGAUUUAAACCCAUGAUUUCUACAGGGGGUAGUGGAAAAGACAUCAUGUGAGGUGCUAUCUGUAGAUUUGGAUUCUUUAUCAAAACAUAAAUCUUCAAAAGUCAGUUUCUAAAUUAGACCUUGGCCCCUGUCUUGGCUAAAUGCUAUCAUCUCCCUCAGCUUCAGUAAAUGAUACUCCUGCAAGUGUUUAUUGUUUUAUUGUGUGUCAGUUACAAAGGCUCUAGGACCAGAUUGUAUUUUAUGUAGGCUGGUGCCCUGCUGGCUUAUUUGUCUCCUGAGUCAGUGAACUAAUAGUCUGUUCCUGUCCUGCCUGGUGGCGGAUCCAAACCAAACAGUGAUAUGCUGUAUGUGCAGAGAACAGACUGUAUGAUGGCAGUUUAGAAGUGGAUCAGCAGCUCCUGAGGUAGGUCCAACUUCCUGAGUUCUUGCAGGAAGUACAACCUCUGCUCCAUCCAUCGUUGUGGAUGGUCCACUUCGGGUCUCUGGAGAUAGUGGAUCCCAGGAACUGGAACAAGUCCACAGUAGAGACUGUGAGGGGGACGAGUGCAGGAGGGCUUUUCCUGUGUUUGUAAACUGUGUCUACAACAGGAGCUCAGAAUCAAUUUCCUGCAGACGUCCCUACUGUAGUAUAAAAAAAAGCACUAAGACAGACUUGUGGGGAAAAUGCCAUCGGUCUGACUCAGAGCUAUUGUGAGAGAUGAUGAAACUCCCGGCUAAAAUGUGGCACAAGUGUGCUACUAACAGAUGAUAGAGGUUGGGACCCUUUCUGUUACAAGGAGAGGGGCAGACCAUUGGGCUUUUAAUAUUUACUCCCAUUACUUGUGAACCUACAAUUUCAAAGUUGCCCUUCUGUUCCUUAUGGUAAUGCUGUAAUUAUAUUUUUGUCCCAGUACUUGCUUAUGUUUGUUGUUAUUGAAGUGAUUUAAUUUAUGCUCUAAUUUUUGGGAAUCCUUUGUGUAAAAUGAGGAGUUUUCUUUUAGCUCAGUGUGUUUAUGAGCCAAGUGAGCUCUACAGUGUGUCAGGACCUGAGGUUUGAUCUGUACCAAAAAUAAAAUGUCCGGCUGUACUAAUUGACAACAGACCAGUGGUUCUUACUAUACACAUCAUGAAAAACUCAGGAGCGGCUGAUUCUACACUGUCUGAGGCCUGAGGUCAAAGGCAAACUGGAUUCCCUGCAGUUUGAACGGACUGAUUAACAGAGCUGGCUCUGUGGUUGGAUUCACGUUGGACUCACUGGAGGAUGUGGUGGAGAGAUGUACACUAAGGAAGGUGGAGUCUAUUCUAAAGAACAUGGAUCACCAACUUCAUGACACCUUAGUGGACCAAAGGGGACAAGUAGGAAAGAAAGGUUCAGAAGAUCUUUUGCACCCACAACCACCAGACUUGAUAAUGUUUUGACAAACAGAUAACACGUAUUGUCUCCAGUUUAAUUGACCAGUUCAUGGACACACACACAGAUCCAGACACACUCUUUAAUGUGCACAUACAAACUACAUGAGAGGACACUCAGGGAGAGCAGCGGCUCAGUAAAAGUCUCUCAUCUGGGAGGUUAAGGGUUCAAUUCCAGGUCCCACUGUCCACAUGCCAUGCUGAGAGAGUCCUUGAGCAAGACACUCAACCCCAAACUGCCCCUUGUGGCUGUGCCAGUGGGUAUGAAUAGUGUGUGUGUGUGUUUUUUUCCGCUUUAUGCUUUUAUUUUCAUAGGUUUAGACAGUGGAUGGAGUAGGAAGCAGGCAGGGAGAGCCGGCAGUGUCAUGUGAACAGGGAUUCUGCAGGUUGAUACUGAUACCGUAACAGAUGGUGAGGGCAGCAGUGGCAAUUACAGGGGGGCAACCUGCGAAUGUGCCCGCUCAAAUAGACCGUAAAAUUAGGACCGUUGUGAGAAUGACACGUGUGAGGUGUUAAAUCAGUGCAGCUGGAGUUGCCUGCCUGGACUAGCUCACAGGCGUUGCACCAUUGUGGGAAAAUGAGUCCCAAUAAAGGGUGACAUUUUCAAUAUCUGUCAUUGCUUUUCCUGUCAGGUUUGUCUUUGUUCUGUCCUCAUUUUUGGGUCCAUCUAGCCAUGGCACCAGUGAUUUUAAUUUGGCUUUAGAUUUCUGUCUGUGAAAAGGAAGUAUCUCCUGCUGCUAUUGUAAAGUAUUGUUGAAAUAUAGUAGGGUCUAUACCAGCUCUUUUCAAAAGCAUUCUUUUAUCAGUAAGAACAGUGGAUAGAUUUUUUUCAGUGGCUUCUCGGAAAAUACCUGUAAGGGCCAGAGGUAGUGCCAUUUUAGACAAAUACUGCCCAAUAUUAAGUUAACAUACAGUUCAAGUCUGUUUGAGUUGAAGCAGAAGGUUAUCAACGACUAAAUCGAGCUAAAGAGGAGGAAAGAAGGGCACAAGGAGGAAAUGUAAGUUUAGUGUAAGAUGAGACAAGAUGAUAGACUUUAUUGCAUCAUAGUAUCUGACAUUUAACUGAACUUUGAAUUUAGUCUGUUAAGUUAGUUUAUUUUACAGGACCCAAAUACAACACAACCUACAAUCUACUACCACAACUGAAAAUCUUUGGUUCUUGCACCUUGUCAUAUAUGUGUAUUUGUUGAUUUUAUACAUUUUAAUUCUCAGAAAUACAGCUGGUCCUAAAUUGGCAAGAUGGAGUGAUGGUAUCAUUCACUGUUCUCAGUUUUAAGCUUCAGUGUCUCUUUUCAGGUGAUCCGUCCUGAACUGCUUUGUGAAAAAUCCUAUGCUGCAACAUGACUUUAUGUUUUUUUUUUUUGUCAUUUAGGUGGAAUCGCGGGACACAUUAAACAGCAUCGCGCUCAAGUUUGACACCACACCCAACGAACUGGUUCAGCUAAACAAGCUUUUCUCCAGAGCAGUGGUGCCAGGACAGGUAUGAACUUUCUGCACUAAUAACACAGCUGUGUCACUUUGUUUCUGUUCUGCAGCAGCCUCGGUGAUGAUUUUCUCAGAUCAGAACACGCAGUCAAAAUAAACCUUUUGAGUGAAGAGAUUUUCUGGUAAUUCUUAGCUUCUUCCUUCCUCUCUUUAGACUCAUUUGAACCAUUGAACCAAAAGCUCUUUUAAAGCACUCCUUUUUGUUGAUAUCUGCCCUUGUGGCUGAAGCAGGAGUUCAAUCACAAGACAGCUGCGGUCUUUAAGUAUGAAGAUUUCAAUAGAUUCAUUUUCCAUUUUCAAACUUGUUCUUCAAGUCGUGGGUGCAAUCCACGAAUAUUUACCGAUGUAAUGUGGUCUUUAACUCUCUCUGUUGCUGCAGCGAGGGAGGUGGAUUGUUGAAUGUUGAGUUUUAGAGUUAACUUCCAUUUGUUUGGUUUCAGUAAAACUCGAUUUCCUUGUCAAAUGUCUGAAGUACCGACUUUUGAUUGGAAUGACGGUUUCUCCACAGUGAAAAUGUAACCGUCUCCUCAUCCAGAUAUUGUCUGACAGUGUGUAAGGGGUUUAUGUCUGUCACUUCAGUGUUGUAUUUGGCGACGCCAGCAAACAUUUCACCAACUCCAGGCUAUCAGCUGACUUGGGCAUGAGCUGUUCGGCUCUGCACUGAAGGGGCUGCAGUUUCAACCUAGUAACUUAACACAGUUUUCUAUGGCAUGAUAACCCUAGAACAUUUUUUUUUCCCUUCCACUUGACAUAGAUUUUUAGUCGACAUCAAAGUUUUAAUUCUUAAUCAACAGCUAUAUUUUUUUAUCAUUAUACCUGUGGUUUUUAUCCAUGGAUGUGUGUGUGAGAGAAAAAAGAGGCAUGCUCUUCUUCCUUUCUUCCUUUCUUGCUGCUGUUAAAUAUGUUUGCGCUUGUUCAAAUGCACUGGUGGAUUGUCUUCGCAGGUUCUGUAUGUUCCUGAUCCUGAGUACAUCUCCAGCGCUGGAAGCUCUCCUUCACUCAGUCCCAUCAGCCCCUUGUCUCCCACCUCCUCAGAUGCUGAUUUGGAGAAGGUGACGGUAUGUUAAACACACAAAGUGCACUGAUACAUAAUCUAACACUCAAAAUCUGCAUUUACAGGUAUUAUAUUUAAUUUUGUAAUUUAAUAACUUCAUAAAGAUAAUAUUUUGAUACCAUGCAUUUAAGACACAUUCAGACACAAUGUAUAUUCACUUUUAAUACAAAUUGGAGAACAGAGGAGGUGCAAGGACCUAACUGUACUUCCUAGCAUAAUUUCUAUAAGUAUUUUACAUGUUAGCCUGGACGUUUCAGGUUCUAAACAUGCUCAAAAACCCAUGAAACUUUGCCUCUAUGUCACAUUUUGUAAAAAUUUUGAUCAGAAAGAAUAUUUUUCUACACACAUAGAGCUUCCCAGAAUCUAAAAGAAAGUCUUACAUAUUGUGGUGAAAUAUUAACAGGAAGUUGAGAUACCUUAAAAAAGAUGGCAAAGGGUGUAUAUCUGAUCCACUUGAUUCUUACCUUAGAAAAGACCUGAAUAAGAAAAACAUGCAUGCUCCAAUCUGACUCGGAGUCUCCAUUCACUGUGGCGGUGAAGACUUGAGCACAUUAACAUGAUAGUAUAUCAUCGUAGUUAUAGCGCCUCCUGGUGGCAGUAGAAAAAAAUCAUGUGAUCAGUCUAUUUUCUUAAUCUCUGUGGAUUUUAUCUGCGUCCUUUUUUGGGCACAAUAUCCUUGAUAUGUUGAUAUUGAUGAGUGCAAAAAGCUCAGUUUUCAUCAGAGGGCGUGGUAAGUACAACAUGACUGAGUUUAAUAUUAAAAUGAUGUCUCGACAUUCAAUUUCUAACUGCUGUGGUUGAGCCUGACAUCAUCAUAUCUGCGCAAUAUUCCCGGUCCUCAAUGAAAGCUCCUAGCCUGAACAGAUCCAUAUUUGUAAAUGUUUUAUAACAAACACUACGCCACCUUUUGGCAACAGGAAGAUGCUGCCUUUACAUCACUUUUUUUGAAUUCAAAAAAGAAGUAUACUACCCUGAGGGUUGUGAACCAAUUAGUUCCUAACUAAGUGAUACAUGGAUUAUUUGUGUAAAUAUUAGUUUCAGGUGAUAAGGGUAACCCCAUUGGUGUUGGUCUUUUUCCCUUUUUUUUUCAAUUUCACAUAAAGCAACAUUAUUCUGAAGUUCUUGAACUAUUGCUCAUGCCGUCACUCAGAGAGUGGUGUUACGUUGCUUACCUCUUGCAAGUAAGCCUGAUUUGUAGGGAUAACUCAACCUUUUCAGUGUUUUGUUUUCCCUGUCAUUGUCUCAGCUUUUGAAAGUGUGUGUUUUAAUAUUUAGUUGGUCAUCAAGAUCUAUUUUAUUAACAUUUUACUAACUGUUUGGAUAAGGGUGGUAUAAAAGAGAUUGAAAUGUAAGGUUUUAUUGCAUUGUCGUCAGUCUGUAAUUAUGUGUGUAAGUGUUUUGUUGAAGUUGUCAUAUAUUCAUUUUAUUUGGGUGAAUACAAACCCAGUCAAGUCAUGAAGGUAAGGAUAAUCAAACCUAAAAUAGUAUUGUGGUUUGUACCUGGUUCAUAUGAGGCCAGAUUUGUUGUAUUCAUCCUGCUUGUCCAUCUCAGCCUCUCUAUUGUACAUUAAAAACACAGAGGUAGAGUUUAGAGGGAGAUUUGGGUCAGAGGAGACUUCAGGUCUGUAAGCCCUACACCUCCUGUUUUUGCAGCUGUAGCACCUGUCAUCAUGUAGGUAUUUUUUUCUCCUGUGUAUGAAGUAUUUCUGCCAGUCAAUCACAGAACCCAGCGUUCCCUUUGGAAAUAUCAUUGUUCGUAUGAAAACUUGCGUCUUGAUGCCUCCAAUUUUGAGAGAACAUGUAAAUUGCCAUAUCCAUUUCCAUCACUGUCACCACUGCUGCUGCACUUGAUUUGAGACACUCUUUUGUUUGCUCUCAUCCCUUUUUAUUAAUUUGCCAAUGGUUGUCAAAAGAAAGACUCCUUUUUAAUUUUGAAGUUAUCUAUUUGGGUCAGACCAGAGAGAACAGAAGCUUAUGAACUGCAACUCUCAGCACGGAUCAGAGAGAGGCUGUGACAGCAUAGGAUUUAAGCUUUUAGGGUGAUUCUGUUUUUGAUACUAGCAACUAAUGUACAGAGUCGCCUGCUCUCUUAACAACCAAUCAGACAGCAAUAACUUCGAGGAGAGGAAGUGUGCAUGGAAUGGGAAGAAGGCACAUAACCUCAACUAAUUUAUAUUUUUUUUCUUCACAGUCUAUUUCAUCUUCUCAGCACAGACGCUCAAAAGGCCAAUAUUUUUUCUUUCUUUCUUAUUUGACUUUCAUUAAAACUAAAUUCUCGUGUUUUUAUCAGCCUAAACUGUAAAGCAUUGACACAGUUAUGUGCGCUGCUACAGUAAUGUGUAUUUCAAGGUACAGUCAGUAGAAUGAGGAUAUUACAUAUAUUAUAUAUAUUAUAUAUAUACACGCAGUAAGAUUGUAGAUUGUAACGCUUCUUCACAAACCUCUGCUGUCACUGAGGUAACGAUGACCGUCAAGGACCAGAAGACCUUUCCUAAAGACAGUAUCAUCCACGACAGAUUUAAGUAAAUCAUCUGUUUUAAGUGAUAAGGUGGUAAUGUUUUUAGUUAUUUUAUCUAAACUGUAGUUUAUGGCUCAGUUCUUAGAUAUUAAUCAUGAGAUUUUUUUAUUGUUUUAGUGACUUUUGCUGACUUCGUGAAGGAAUGCUAACAAAGCUAGUGUUUCUUACAUACAGCUGAGUAUUUAGGCCACCUCAAAAGAUUACAUUUUCAAAGUCAUUUUCUUAAGGGAAUAAAGGCAUAAUAAGGUUACACUACAAGUAUAUAGUCUAGAGGUGGAGAGGUGGGAGAAAAAGAUCAAUACAGCAUCGUAUCGCAAUAUUUUGUCUGGUGAUAUAUCGUAUCGUCUAAAGUAUUAAUUUUUUUAAUAAAUUGCUAAUAUGUAGUCAAAUCUAUGAUGAUGGAAAAAUAAAAUCAAUUGUUUGUCCAGUGAGGUUGGCAGAGGAAACAUCAUAGAGCAGGAGAAAGUUAGUACAACAUAUAUAUAUAUAUACAAUAUAUAUACAAAUUUGCAAGAUGUUCCACAUGAAAAUAAAAUACAGCGUAAAUAAGACAAACAUAAAGGAAAGCCAAAUGCUAAAUUAGCUAAACAAUUUUAAAAAAUUGUAAAAAUGGCAAUAUGUUGUAUCGCAGUAAUAAAAUUGCAAUAAUAUCAUAUCGUGGCCCAAGUACCAUGAUAAUAUAGUAUCGUUGGGCCACUAGUGAUUCCCACCCCUAAUAUACUCAUAUGGAAAUCAAAUCCUAAUGUUCUGAGAUUAGAGGCAUAUUGUCCCAAAAAGUUAUAGUAAAGUCAUAGAAUUAAAAUAAUAAAGUGUUCAUUCUGAGAAUUAAGUAGUGAUAAAGUUGUAGUUUCAGUUUAUGAUGAGCAGCUGGCUGUUGGUACCAAAAUGAGGAUGGUGUAGUGCCUGGUUACUUAAAGUGUCUCUCAUGUUUUGUCUCCACAUUGUUAGUGUCAAGUGUCAGGACUCUGAAAGAACUGAGCAGAAAGCUGAGACGUGUGGUAGCCCCCUUUCAAACAGCAUUAUGAGGCUAAUUGUUGGUUAACUCUGAGUGUUGUAGUUAGUUAAAGGACAAAACACAUUUGGUUCCUGCUAGUUUGUCUGAGCUUCUGUAGAAAAACAUGGUAGCCUCCAUAGUGAAAACCCGCAGCUUCAAAGAUACAAAAGAGUUUUUGUAAGUCUGUCAUAUUACAUUCAAUAUAAACUAAUAUGAACAUCUGCCCAAUAAAUCCCAUUUCUUUGGAAAAGUACUACUAAAUUAUAUAAUAAGUACCUUUAAACACUCUCUCUCAGUUCUCCAUACCAUUGCCCUCUGUACCUUCCUUGAGGUGUUAUUUAAGCAACAAGCUAUUCAUGCCUGUUGGUCAGCGAUUGUUUGACCAAACUAAAGGCCAGAUGAAGCUGCUCUAAAGAAUCGUCAUGCUCUCAUUCUGCCUUCAAGCCCUAUGGUAUUGGCAGCAAAAACAAACACAUCUUGCAGGCGCAGAUCUUGGCUUUGCUGUCUGGAUUACUGUGGAUGUGUCCGUGUAUAUGCCAUCAUGGGGGGCUGGCAGGCUGACUUCCUGGCAGUCUUGCGCUCAUACUUUUCGGCAGUGUCUGCCUCACUUGCACACUCACUCUGGUCAUCUGUGUGGGCAGUUUGUCCUUGAAAAAGCAAAAGCAUUUUACCUGAUCCUGAACAUUUAUGUCUUUUAGACUGUUUUUCUUUUUAAUUUAACAUAUUUAGCACAUGGACAAGUCAAUAAGUCCAUGUGGCAUGUGACUAAAUCUGUGGUGAUAGCAGCACAGACUCUGCUGGAGUUUCAGGCUGUGCCAUUGGAUGAAUCCCAACCAAUGUGUGCUUCCUGUUGGAGGAAAAGACCAGGGCCACCAGGUGGAGCUUUGGAUGAUUUUUGAUAUCAACAUUUGUGGCUGUCAAGGUCAAAGCUGUGUGUGUGCAUAUCAAAUACCAUGCCAUGACCUUAAAAGAAGCCAUGCUAUUAAUAAAACUUUAUCUUUUUCCCUCUGACAUACAAACACUGGUCAGACACAUUCAGUGAUACCUCUGUGAUAGACCCAUCAGCCAGCUCAAUUUCAGUGCCACUGGCAUCACCAAAGUGAACUGGUCUAGGCUAGGCUAGGCUAGCUUAUAUGGUACUUGUAUAUGGUAUAUGUAGAGGUACUUGUGGGAUUGUUUGAGUCUGUAAAGAGGUCAAAGAGCUUGUGUACAUUUUGCCAAAGCGAAAAAUUAGAGGAUUCCAGGAUUGCGAUUUAUGCUGCAAAGUUAUUUCUUGCAAGAGGGAAAUGUAACCUCUACAGUCAAACCAUUUGACAUUAAAUAAAACCAAAAUUCAGUAACUCUAACUGUCUUUAGGUUAAAAAAAAGUCCAUCAGCCCUUGUUUGCUGCUGCAGAAUAAUCAUCCUUCUCUUUCUCCCAAAGUGUGCAGUAAGUCCUGUUACUUACUUGCAGUAAGUCCUGUUUAACAAAAAAGAACUCCAAUGUUGUAAUUUGAGCUAAAUUUGGAGGGAUAUUAGCUACUUAGCGGUCUCACACAGAUAACAUUAAGGGUACAAUAAGAUGUGUUCAAGAUUUGGCCAAUAAGAUGACUAUUAGGUUAAUAAAUGCUAUUAACAAAACGAUAAAAGUAUUGUAAUGCGUCUUUUCACCAAAAAAUAGCCAUUAAUGAUACUGGAAUGAUAAACCAGAAAUAUGUAUAAGAAUGACAAAACCUUGAGAUAGUGUGCAGCCACACCACAUCAUCUGCAGCCUCAUCGGCCCAGUGCUUCUCUCAAGUAGAAUAUCACCAGUAAAGCCACUCAAGCGUUUUUCUGACCAGUUUUGUCAGUAUACCAAAUAAUUUAAAGAGGACUUGUUCAAGUAGUGUUUAACAAAAACCUAGUUAGAAACUCAGUCUUGAAAUACAAUGAACUGAAAUGUUGAUGGUAUUCCAAAACCCGCAGAUGUCGGUGAAGUAUUGUUAAUAAUGAGCCAGACAGCUGAGGGAGGGGGGGUUAAAGAGCAUGCACAUCACCUACUGUGAAUAGCUCUAUGUGGCAGAAGUAAUGAGCAGCACAGGUAGUCAGGGAGUCAGCAAGAGGGUGUUUGCAGCCUUUUCUGUGUGACAGAUACAGGAUGGAUGAUUCACCAUCGUAACAUGACUCUGCGGGUUUGUCUGAAAAGGAUGAAGCAUACCAAGUGUUGAAAUGAGGAAUUCAUAGUUUGUACCAUCUUCAUCAGCUCCCCUGCUUGUGCUGUGGUUUGGUGAAAUGAAACUGUUGUGACAGUACGCCAAAGGUAGUUUUUGCAAUGAAGGAUGAAUAAAUGGACAGAUUUUCAGUGCUUGACAACAUGCCAUCACCGGCAGAUAAGUAAAGAGACCAACUUGUUUUAUUGUUUACUCGCUGCUGUAUGUACCCUGUCAGACAUUGACCUGCCCAAAGGACAGCAAAAUGGACAAAUACAGAUCAGGGCAGUAAUCAACCAAAGAAAUUCUUGGUCGACUAAUCCCUGAAAUUUUCGACUAUUUGGGGGGGUGCUGACUCUGACACUGUCAUUGUAGGGGGAUGACAUGGCUCGUGAGGGUGAGAAUAUACUGAUAUCAGCACAAGAAGGCAAUUAAACACAAAUACUAUAUUAGCAUACCACCAGACAUUGAUUAACGCAGACGCUUUUCUAUCCGACUCCAAUCGGUCUCUAAUGGGUUGGGCGAAUCCAAAACGGUGGAAACAAUGGGCUGUUACCUGUGAAACAGAGUGCUCUGAAAAUACCCCCAUUAGCACUUGGUAUGUUAACCAUAGACUGUAAAUUGACACAAAAAUUGUGUCGACCAAUCAGAAUUUUGGUCGACUCAGCACCUAUCGACCAACAAGUCGAUCAGUCAGCGAGGACUUUAAAGCCCUAGAUGCAACGUUUGACAUUGGGCAGUAGAUCACAAAACUAUGGUAGACGAACCUUGUUGAAGUCAGAAAGCAACAGCUCUGAGGAAUUGAGGAUGAUCACCUUUUCUUUAGAAGAGGGUGGCAAUAGCCUCUGUAGAUCGUGAGAAAGUUGUCAGUCUCACAAACCACUGAGUUCCUGACAGCUGGAGGCAUCAUACAGGGAUAAUCGUGGAACAACAUAGAACAAUAUAUGUCAAAAAACCUUAAAAUUAAAUUUAUAUAUUUUUUCCAAUUGAAACUUUUAUCCGCACAUGCCCAAGAAAUCAGUGUGAGAGACUUGAAAACAAUCCUGUUUAAGCAGGAAGAGGAAAUGUACAAGCUGUUGACAAGUCAUUUACAUGAUUAAGAAAUAACAAAGGUUCAUCAGAUGUCAGCUCAACAGUGUUUGAGGCACAGCCAUUGAUAACUACUGCUCUCUCAUUCGUAUAACUCAUGAAUCAUUUCAGCAUGUCCCUUUCAAAACCAGAGUCGUAAUUUAGCACCUUUACAUAUGUACCUACUCUUUUUAACCCAAGCUUGUUCUGCACUUGUGUAAAUAGUCAGUGUCAGAGGUGUUGUAGGUAAGCAAUAAUGUAAAGUAAACUGGUUGCUAACCCAUCAGGGUGAGACGAUCUGAAAGUGAACUUCAUCAGCCACAGAUGCUCUGAUAAUAGAUUUUAAAUUCCUUAAAGAGUGGAUGUUUUGGCCAGAGCAGUUUGGGCCGCCUCCCUCAGCCGUUUCAGGCAGCCAGCAUCUGUGCUUCUUGUGUAGGAGUGGGUUAGUAGCCAAAGGCUGUUUGUCAACUGUGCCAGGAGACAGACAUGUGGAGGUGUGGGGGUGGGUGUCAGGAGGGCAGCAGACAGUUGUUAUGGGCCAGGACUCCCCUCUAUAAGCUGCUCAUUGCUCUUACUUCCCCCUCGUUUUUAACCCUCUCAAUUGGAGUUCCUCCCACACCCAUCUCAGUGCCGUUCAUUUUUCUGUCCCUCUUUGAAUCAUAGUGUCUUAAUUGUCCAUCGUGGCUUUACAUGGCCUUUCUCUCGGGCUUGCUUCCUCUCUCAUUCAGUGUCGCUGACUACAGGGAUUUGUUGAGUCAUUAAGUUCAACAGUCAGCUCCCUCCUACAUUAUGUCCGCAGACAGGUUUCAGACAGAUCCAACAAGUCCUCCCCCGUGGGUCAGUUAUGGGUGGAAAAAAAAUCCCACUAAUCGAGUAGAAGUAGUAGAGAAGCCCAGUAACUGUGGUGUGGAUGUAAAAGCAGAAACACCUAUUAGGCUUUUAGUUUCAUUUUUAUUUCCCCUGACUCUUUGCUGUUGAUGUAAUUUUGGAAACACUAGUUUACUUUAACCGUGUAUUUGGUGAGUGCUUCCAUGUGCAUCAAGACAGCACCAUUUUGCACAGUUUUUUUGAAUAAUGGGUAUAAACAAUUUGAAAACCAUCAAAUUCUUUUGUCAUCGGCUGUCCCAGCUCUUCUGAAAUAAGGUUUGUGAUACUACAUGUUAGCUUGGUGUUGCCAGCCCCAUCAGCCAGCUCAUAUUCAUUCCCACUGGCAUCAAUCUAGUUUCCUGUUGAAUUCGGUUGUAAUGACCCAUCAGACCAUAUUCCCACACUGGGCGUCUUCUUGUAACGUCACACUCCUAGUGGAAAACUUGUAGAAGUGCAGCUCAAAGACUCUGAAUGUCCUUAAGAAUUUCAUUUUUUUCUUACAAUUUGAUUUAAAAAAAAAGAAACUUUCAUGUACUCUAGAUUACAUACACCCAAAGUGAAACAUUUACAGACUUCGUUUGGUUUAAUAUCGAUGAUUAUGACUUCAAACAUCCACUAUCUCAAAACAGAAGGAUACUGACGGCACAGGAGCGCCGCUUUAGUGUCUUCAUAAACAAGCAGGAUGGCAGCUUCAGCAGCUUGAAGGUCUGUUGAACCUGCUGUCAUGGCCAUUUGAAACAAACUGGAGCAUCUAUUUUCAGAAAAACUGGAAAGAACAGCUGCACAUGAAGAGACAAGAAAGGUGUUUUUCUUUGCUCUGUAUCACGCUGUCUGUUUACAUCUCCAUUGCUUUGCCCUACAUCAUAUGCUCUAAAUAUCUGAAUGGUGUUGGCAUGGAUAUCUGGGGGUGUCCACAAGGAAAUGGCUGUUUGUCAAAAUGUGUUGUUCAGCUGUGAUAGUUAUAAGACUUUUUAAUUUGGUCAUUGGCUUAAUGCUGUUUAGGGAGUCAUCCGUAUAGAUCUGUACUAUGUCUGAAAACAAAAUGAUGAAGUUUAGCCCUGGUUUUACAGAUUUCAGAUUAAAUACAUCUGAAUUCAUCUUUGAUGUUAUUGACAUUCUCACCCUAAAAUGUACCUGUUGUUUUAAUGAUAAUAAUCUAAAUCUUAUCUGGACUAAAGAACACAUGAUUUUCAAGUAUCAUAAAAGUUCUAGAUUGAAAAGUGGAGUAUAUUUUAAGACUCUCACCUGUCAUACCUCCAGGAUUCAGAUGCUUCGCUCAGACCAGGAGGUUUUCACCCUCCAGUGUUCCCGCCCGAGCGUCACUCCAGAGUGGUGUCGUCCACCUCCGAGGAGGAAGAGGCCCUCACAGAGAAGUUCCUCAAGAUCAACUGUAAAUACAUUACUGAGGACAAGGUAAGGUACUUAAUAUUUACUGUUUCCUCAAUUAAGAAUCCAGGUGUUUUUUAGCAGGAGUGACAAUGUCAGGUUGAUGUCAACAUCAGCAAAACAAUUACAGAACGCAUCCCCGGUCAUUUAUAGUAGAUAAGAGGAAAGAAAAAGUAUUAAAAAUGAGAUAACCUCCAAACACAGCAGAGAUCUCUCCCCUUUCCUUUGGUUUGGCUGAUGUAUGAUGCUGCUUCACUGCUAUUCAAUCAUCUGGGGUGAGAUAGAGAGGUCUUCUCAGCAUACAAUUUUCUGCAAUUCAAUGAGUCACACAGACGAUUCUUCUUCUUCUUCUUCUUCUUCUUCUUCUUCUUCUUCUUCUUCUUCUUCUUCUUCUUCUUCUUCUUCUUCUUCUUCUUCUUCUUCUUCUUCUUCUUCUUCUUCUUCUUCUUCUUCUUCUUCUUCUUCUUCUUCUUCUUCUUCUUCUUCUUCUUCUUCUUCUUCUUCUUCUUCUUCUUCUUCUUCUUCUUCUUCUUCUUCUUCUUCUUCUUCUUCUUCUUCUUCUUCUUCUUCUUCUUCUUCUUCUUCUUCUUCUUCUUCUUCUUCUUCUUCUUCUUCUUCUUCUUCUUCUUCUUCUACCAAACAGUCAACCCAUGAAUUAGCAAGUCACUAACAGGAUAUACUGUACAUCUGACUAUGAAAACAGUCUCUUUUACAUCUCUGUAUUGCUCUCUACUUUUAUUUACUUCCUUAUUCUGUUUGGGAUUUUGUUUACUACGCAUCCCAGUAAUACAUGUAUGUGUGCUAGUCGACUUCCAGGUCAAAACCUGGCAUGUGAACUCGAGUGGAGCAUGUGCGGAACACUCCUGCCAAUUUCAGUCUAAUGUAGCGCAUACACAUAGGAGAAAAUUGACCCCUAAGUGCAUUAUCUAAGCAUGUUAGUCUGACUAUGAGACAUUUCAUUUGGUGUUUUUUUUAGUGUUUCAUUUCAUAGUGACAGACCAACAAGGUUACAUGUAUCUACAAAGUCCAUUUCUCCAAGUACCAAGCUAGCAAUCUGGAAAAUCAAAAACACUGUCCAGAGAAAGCUGGACCUGUCUAGUAAGCUGUCUGAGAUUAGUGCUGAGGUCAUGUUUGUGGAGAAAGUGGAACAGGUUCAUUAGCUGACGCGGUCUGGGAUGUUUCUUCAGGUGUUACAGCUGACGCAGCCCGCAGCUAGAUCACAAUGUCUUACACACCGCUGUUUAUCAGCGAUGAUUUCCCCUGCAGAGAGCUGUCCGGACAUGGUAAUCUCCUCUGCUUAAACAUGUACCCUCUCACUGGAGGCAUCUGUACACGAUUCUCAACAACUGCAAUUAGGAAUGUAAUGUACAUUUUCACAUGAGAGUGAGUUAUUUUGACUACAUAUCCUUUGCUACGUGCUCCACCAUGAAAUGUUUUUAUUAUAGUGAAGAGGAGCACGUGGUUUAAGUGUAUCCUAACCAAGCCAGGGGGAGUGUGCUGUGCUGGGAGAAGCCCUACACUGAACAGCAGUGUGCUGGUGCAGACCUGCUCAAGGCUGGUGUCAGCUCUCCCACUGCCAGCAGCUCUGUGGGUUUACAGAUGAGCAGCAGUGAGAAACAGAGAGGGGAUAUUAACAGUAGUGAAGUGUGCGGAGAGGGAGAGAGUCAGACAGGCAGGUCAGCAGCUGACAGAAACGUGCAGUCAGCCAGCAGGGAUAGUGAGAGCUGAACUCUGAGUACUCGGAGUGUAUUUUACACACAAAUACACACACACACACACACACACAGUCAGCCAAGAGAAAACUUACCCAGUAACAGUGUUUAAAGUCACAGUAUGUCAGCAGUCAGCGAGACACCGCAGACUAAUGAUGAUCUUAAACAAACAGAUGUGUUUAUUUAUUUAUUUUAUUUCACCAAAAAAGAUAAUAAAGAACUGUAGGUGUAACUAGGGUGUGUUUUAAAGGGCUCAGUUUGUCUUUGAAAGGGCUGAAAAAGGCACUGACUGUUUAUUUGAGCACUAAAUAAACAUUCAAAACCCAUUUGGGACAUUAAAAAGUGUCACAAAUGGACUGAAAAUCUUUCCCUUGCUAACCACAUGAGAACUCUUAAAAUAAAAAGUAAUGUUUUAAGUCUGUGUGGUGCCAUCAAUGUACCGGACAGCUGCUGAACAGUGUCGGUGAACUGCUUCACUCUCUUCCGCUUGUUUUUGUCUAUUGUUAUAUGUCACGAGGAAACUGCUGUGAUCCUAACCACACAGCAGACCUUAAUGUCUGUUUGAUAUUUAAGCUGUAAAGCUGUUGCUUUAUUUGGUUUCAAUGUUCUUGCUGAUCCAGUUUUAAAGUUUACCCCUUUCUUCCCUCCUUCUCCUCCUUGUUUAUUUAGGGUGCUGUUAGUGGGGUGUUGCUGGUGACCCCCAACAAUAUCAUGUUCGACCCCCACCGAAUGGACCCUCUGGUUCUGACCCAUGGAUGUGAGGAGUACGGCAUUAUGUGUCCUCUGGAAGAGGUACAGUCUGCAGCUGUCUACAAAGAGAUCACUGACCUCAAGAUCAGGGAGGCCCUACCAGAGUAAGAAACUGUUGCCAUAGUAUCUGUUUAAAGCACAUGUAGCUACAAAUAUCAGUCUGUCCCACUGCAUCUACAAAACUUUACAUUGCUCUUACAUACAUUUCUAGUCUUUAAACCGUAUUACACUUACACCACAAUGAGAAUAAAUGAAUGAACAUGCAAGUUGUCCUGAGGAGAAAAAUGAGAUUGUUUUUUGUUAUGUAGUCCUAAUAGUCUUUGUUAAUCCAUGUUUUUAAAGGUAAAUUAAUUGAUAUUGUCAUCAAACCAAUGUAAUAGUCUCCAAAGGCUGCACAUAUAAAACUACCCAGCAUCCUUUCUAACAGUGUGCAUGUGCCAAAAACGAGAAGAUGACAUUUGAGACAAAUUAAGAAUGAUAAAAUCCAAUGUUGUUUUUUUAUGCUCGCAUCUAUACUGCAUUAACGGCGCAAUCUCAUCCACCUCAACUGAAUGCAAAACCUGUUAUAAUGCAUGAUCUCUCCACAUGCUGUGAGAACAGCAGAACAUAUCAGUAGUGAAACCAGCUUCAUAACACGGAUCUUGGUGUUUCUAACGCAGAUUUUUUUGUCUGUUUUUUCAUGUCACUGUAAAAAUGGGGGCAGAUGGUCUGAAGGAAAGAAUGACUUUGCAUGCCUUAACCAUUUUUUUAGUCAUGGUCCAUAUUGAUAUAAAAAAAAAAAAAAAAAAAAAAAGUAAGCACAGACAAGUAAAGAAUAGCAUAAGGAUGUAGUGUUGCUCCCUGACUUCAAGAACUGUGCAGGACUGUAUCUAACUGUCUGACAAAAUGUUCUCACUUAUUAUUCAUUGUUUGUGUGCCCUCUGUUACCGUUCUGUGUUAUGGUGUUUCUCAUUUUCUAUCUUAAAAGAGUUCAGGACAACACUCUUUUUUUUUCCGACAUGAUAAAUCGCAGUCACAAACAUGCAGCCUUGAAAUUUGUAGCUUAGUAGACUAAACAGUGUUUUCAGUCCCCCACACUUGUAGACUUAACUGACAUAUGUAGCAUUAUAUUUGAUAAGGUGUGUGAAAUUAAAAGGCCUGUUCCUUUUUUUUAUUUUGUUUGAACAUUUGAUAGUCUAGAAUAAGCGGCUGAACUUAAAGUAGAAGAGGCUUAUAUUACUUGUGUCACACACUGUUACAAACUUGAAAUCUGCCACUGUAGCUUCACAAAACUUAAGAAAAGGCUUGUCAGUCCACCUUUGAACAGAUUAGUUGUUUGAGAUCCAAACAUGCUGGAGUUUACCGUUCAUUUACCACAAUGCAUUGAAAGUGUCUCCCAUUAGGCUCUGCCUGUCUGAAAGAAAAAGAGUUUCUUUUGAUCCACUGCUGAAGCUUGUCAGGCUUAUUGCAGGAUUGUCUGCAGAAAAGUUCUAGUCUCACAGCCACGUCACACUGGCUGCUUGAGAAGCACAUGAUGGCUGCAAAACAGCCUCAUUGUCUUUGUGGCAAGUAAGUUAACAGACAAGAGCUUUCAGAGUGCUGGUGUGGGCUGCACAGCCACACACCUCUUGUGUGUCUUUGUCACUGAAGACAAUCAGGCUUACUUUAGUUUUGAAUUAUUAUUCAUGCUUGUUUUCUACUUUGUCUUCGCUAUUUUCUGUGAGCCUUGCCCCUGAAACCUGUAUAUCAACUGAAACCACCCCUCAGAGGUAUGGUGAACAGCUUCCCAAGUGAAGAGUGAUAAAUAGUAUUAUUUUUAUGUGAAUCAAUUAAAAUGCAGUUGACUUUUCCUAAGACUGCUGUGAAGAAAAGUUGGAAAAAAAAGCUUUUACUGAAAAGCUACACACGGCCACUCAUCCUAAAAGCCUUCAAAUGGCCUACCCUUUAUAUCAAAAAUACAGACCACUAAAAUCUAUGCACAACUUUUGCUGUAAUUCUCUUACUAUUACUGUAGCUGCUUGUGUCUGAUUGGUUUUUGUCAUUUUACUAGUGACCUGGAGCCUCUUCCAACUGAAAGACAUCCCUCCCAGCAGAAAGACCCAGAGCAGCGCUUGAAGGAGCCAGGGUCACAUGAGAGUGGGAACGCCGCCCCUCGCAGCACAGAGGGCUCCAUCUCUGAAGAUGUUUUCACUGAGCCAGAGCUAUCCCCCAUCCGGGAGGAGGAGCAAGCAUCUAAUGAGGAUCUCCGUGUGGACAAAUCCUCUUGUGCUUCAACGGAGUCUGUGAAAACUGUCACUCAGGUGGAGAUCACAGGUGAUAGCUCCCAGGCCCGGGGCAGUGUCCCCAGCUCGAGCAGCCAGCCGGAGGAGCUUGCAGAAACUAAAAGAGCAGACAAUUCACCGGACACUGCCGCAGAACAAGAUAGCCCAUCCUUAGCAAAUUCCAAGCAGCAAAGUGUGGAGGAGCCACCAAGCACACCAACUACCACCAGCAAGGCCCACGACCGCAGCAACAGCAGUGAUCACAAGGGGUGCCAAAACUUAGCUCUCACAGAUCCCACCGAUGUUUCAGCCAGUGUGCAGGGGCAUAACAGCCAUGGGACAGACAGCUUUAAAACAAACACUAUGCAAAAAGGCAAGGAGGACAAAGAGGAUGAGGAGGAGACUCAAAAGGAAGGUAAAAUAAGAUCCACAGAUGGUAAAAGAGUUUCCUUAUUUUAUGAAGCUGUUGAAAAACCUUUGAUAUUCAAAGCUGCCUCAUAUUCUUCAAAAGACUGUCAAGGCCAUCCUCUAUCCUCUCUGAAAGCUCACAGAUCACUUCUGCUGUUUGCUGAUAAUCUGCCCUUUGUCACGCUACCCAAGUUCUGGUUAUGGCCGCGGUGGGAUGAGGAGAAAUGGCGGCCUGUCUUCUGUUAUCAGUUUUGGGAAAGUAGCCAGGCUUUGAUUGACUGAACACAGAUCUCUGACAUCUGGCUUUGAAGGUCUUCGCCAGUCCUUUGAAAGCCUAUCAAACACCCAUACUCCAAAAUCACUCAGUAACUAGAGAGGGAACAAAAUGGGAUGAAUGAGGAUGAACCCAAAACAACCUUUUGAAGCAGCUUAGUUUUGAUGAAGUCUAAUACUCAAUUCCAUAAUCCCCAUACUGAUAUGUGUGUUUAAUGAAGCAGCUUGCCAUUGAUUUUAAAACAUAUUCAAGUAAAUUAUAGACAGUGCAAAGACAACAUAUUAGAUGUUUGAACAGAAAAUUAGUAUUAUUUUAAAGAAAGAUGUGGUCAAAAUAUCAAAACCAGUUGCUUGACUGUGUGAAGGGGCACUGAUAGCUUCAUGGUCUAGGCAUGCCCUACAUACAUAGGUGGCUUAGUUCCACUCUGUGGCCCCUAUCCUGUGUGUCGUUCCCCGUUCCUUCCCUUGUUUCCUGCUCUAGCCACUGUGCUCUGUCUGUCAAUACAGGUAAAAGAAAAGCCCAGAAAUAAAUCUUGAAAAUAAAAGUUAGUGUAGACAGAAAUCCACCAUUACUUGUCAGACAGAGACCACUUUCAAAGGUUGUUCAACUGAACAAGGCAUCCCAUCACGCCAAGUUACAACAGCAGCUUUAAAGGCAGGCGUUGACACUUUAGAAAUAUGAUGACAGUCAUUUGAAUUUGUCCCUCAGCCAUGUCAUACAGGGGAAAUUAUUAUUAUUAAAUGCCUGUUACCAACAUUGCAAUAGGGUUCAGUGUCCUUCACUUUUCUGGGGCUUAGAUCAGUCCACUGAUAUUAAACCAUGUGCAAAAGAUUUACCACUGAAGUAUUCAACUCCAUUUAUUUCUCUCAUCUGUUGCGUUUGUGCCACAAAACGCUCACUGAAAACCAGGUGACACACUGAAAGCAGGAAUUCAGAAGAAAAUACAGAAUUUAGAUGUUGGAUAAUGUAUGUACAAACUAUUAGCACUGGUGAAAGAGAGGGUUUUGCUAUGUUUGUUAAGUAAACCUAAAAAUGAGCUCCACCAGCUUGGCUAAGCACGAUGACUGAUUUGUUGGACCCGUACAGAGGAAAAACCUGGGUCAAUGGUUCCCAAACUAUUUCUUCCAUGCCCCCUUUGAGGAUGAACAAUUUACGAACAAAAAAAAAAUUCAAAUGACAACAAAAAGGACUAUUUAAAACUUAUGGACAGCAACAAGAUCAUGAACAUAUCCAACAUAUUCAUCUCCUCUUACUUUCAGAUAUUUCAAUUAUAUGAAUAAAAUGCUGUAUUUCAUCUAAUCUCUAUCAAUUAAACCAUUUUUUGUGACAUUUACCUUUGGAUUUCUGCGCAAUGUGUCACACAGCAGGCUUAAAAAAACUUUAUAAAAGACAUACUGUAAAACAAUUUUUAAAGAUUUGCAGGUACAAGAAAAAAAAUAGAUCUAUAUGAGCAAUGUCAAAGUUUGAGAAAACCUAAACAGCAAAUCAAAAAAUAUAUAUAUGUAGAUAUACAUUUUUAUAUGUUUGUUUGUUUGUUUUUUCCCACAAAAUUUGAAUUUAAUUGACACUCGCUUUGUCAGAGGGAUUGUGUGGUUUCUUGCUCUGGGUUAUUCUGUUGGGGACUUUUAUUCACUGUGUGCCCCAGCACAACAAAGGUUGCGUCACAUUUCCUUAAUGUGUUUGUGAUUUAUUGCUGUCUCUCGUCUUUGUUUGUCACAUGAGAUUCAGCGGUUUCUCUGUUCCUGUUAUCUUUAGCUUUUCUCUGUCUGCUCAGAUUUUAAAUUAACACCAUCACUCAUGUUUAUGCCCAGUUUACAUAUGGAUCUGCCAUGGAAAUGAUUCUAACUUCAAGGCAAUAGUUACUUACUUCAUGUCCCUCCUGGGAAGGCACACCACAAACUCUAGGAGCCACUGAGCAAGGCUGCGUGCCACUGGUUUUAGCUUUAGCAUAUUUAGUUUACAGAUAUGAAGAUAUCGCUCCCCUUGGCUCACUCAAAAGCUAAAAGGAAUGAACCCAAAAUUACGUUUGAUUCCUUUAAAACUCUUUCCAACUACCUGCCUGAUAUAACAAAGACCACUUGAUGUUUUUCUCUUUCAGGUUCUGGGAGUUUGAAGCACCGCUCUCAUAAGUUCCUUUGUCUGAGGGUUGGGAAGCCCAUGAAGAAGACGUUCGUUUCUAAUGCCAGCGCCUCCAUGCAGCAGUAUGCUCAGCAGGGCAAGAAACAUGAGUACUGGUUUGCUGUGCCACAAGAGAGGUCAGUACAUCUGCUACACCUCUCACCAUCCCCUUGGAAAGACAUAUUGAAUCGAUAAGUUAAAUUUCUGGUUCCCAAAAUAAUGACAAGAGAAACACCUGGUAUAGACUAGAGGUUGGAAAGUCUCUUAUAAAUUUGUAAACUUCAUACAUGUUCUAUUAGGAUCCAUUAAGAUUAUCUGAGAAGUGUGUGAACAGUUUCCUAAACUUGCGUGAGUGGAUUUUAAAGCUGUAGACUCUUGCUUUGUAAAUGUGAUUUCUUUCUCUGGAAAACAAGGAAUGCAACAUUACCAUUUACUAGCCAAGGGCAUUAGCAAGGGGAGUAGGGAUACUGAGGGCGCACCUCCUGAAAUCAUACACGGUUAUAGCCAGGCAGCGUUUAAAGGGUUAUUUAAACUUGUGCACAUUACCAGACUGAUCAGUCAGCACCCAAUAACAACAGUGAUCAAUUUUCAUGCAUACAAGCUGAUACAGCUGAUAUAUUUAAGGCUUUUUUUCCUUGUAAAAUACUGUUAAAUCAAUUAGGUCCAAAUCAAAAAAUAUCAUUUCCACUUUGUAUUUGAUUCAUUAUGAAUGACACCUCAUUAAAUGAUUUUUUUUAAACAUCUAAACCAUUUUAGAGCUAAAUCUCUUCUUGUUGUUUUCCCUGUUCUUUUACCCAGGUCAGAUCACCUUUACGUGUUCUUUAUGCAGUGGAGCCCAGACAUGUAUGGUGAGGGAGUUAGGGGGAUGGGGCAAGAACCAGGAUUUAUGGUUGUCAAGAAGAAUGAGGCUUCAGAAACAGCUGAAGAUGAGCCCGUCAAUGACCUCAAUGUUAAGGAAUGGGAGGUAAGACCUUCAGAUAUGAAUUGUUCCCUAAGAGCACAGUCAGUCAGUUUUCCCAAGCCUUCUGAAAUAUGGAUUAAUUAUAGCUUCCUGCUAUGUUUAAUCCAUAGUCUGUGUUACAAGUAUUUAAUGCUAUGCAUUGUUUACUUUAUCUCUAUGUUUAUCACCAUGUUAAAUAGUGUGUGGAUAUAUAUUUUCAUUAUGCUAUGCAUAGUGAAUAUCUAUUGUGCUGAUCUUAUUUUUUAAUACAUGUGAUUUGUGAAGUUGUCAAGCAUUAGUUUGUAUUUUGCCUCUGUGUUUUAUAUAGUGCUGCAUAUUUCUUAAUUUUGACUGUUCUGUAAACUUUCUAUCACAUAUAAGUUAUUUAAAUUGUGGCAUUGCUUGGAUGUGCACUUUGCUGAGCUUCCAACCAAAGUGUUUUGCAUGUUUGUGUAAUUGUUUACUCUACUCAAUCAGUGUACUGUAGCUUCGUCCAACUUUGUGUGUCUGUUACAAGUGUUGGCCAGCAUGUGAGAACUUAUUCUGAGGCCAACAUCAAUAUGUCCUGCACAACAUCAGCAACAAAGUUAACAGUGAAGAAUCAAACUAGUUGGGUUGAGUUUCCUGAUCUCGUGUGGCAUUGAUGUCGGGCCAAACAUCUUUUUUUUUUUUUGUUAACUUGACGGCUCCAGGGGUCUCUAUUCCCUAUUUACAGAGUGUGGAAGCUAGGAAAUAUAGAUGAGCAUGGAUGCACAUCUUAUCAGCAUAGCAAAAAGCAGAUUUCCUACAACAUGUGAGUGUAGAAUGCAUUUAUACAUGACUGUGCAUACGUUUUUUCAAGUAAUGUAAUAGACAGCGGGCAUAUUUCGGUAGCGGUCUUGAUUUGCAAAAUUAUUUUGAAAAGGUUGUUUAGUCUUGUUUUAUGGCUGUUUCUAAAACAAGUAGACUGUAAUAACAGGUAAAUGCUAUUACAGGAGAUAAGGGUUUUUUUUUACAAUUAGUUAGGGUGUAUAUCAGUAUUAAAAACAGGUCAGUGUAGGCAGCAAAAGUCGUGCAUACCUAUGAAUAAGGUAACCUAGGACAAGAUGCGUGUUUCUGCACCACAUAGCCUGCUGUGUAUAGGAAUUGAACAAGAAUGAAGUAGUGCAGUGGUCUUUUGAUAAAGAAAAUGCUGGAAGAAAUGGAUACCAAAGGAGCAAUAGCAUCCAUAUAACUGUUUGAUAUUAAUGAAUGAAGCAGAAUUAAAAGCCGGUUGAUUUGUUUGACCCUGAACCAUCCAAAAACAAGGCCUUGUUAAAUUUAUAGAUGCACCAAUCCACUAUUUGUUUUUUUUAACUGUGAAAAUGAUCAGUCCAGUCUCCUCUGAAUGGUCACUGCGUGUAGGCGGAAGGUUGCCGGUCACGAUAUAUAUAUAUAUUUUUUUGUAGGAUGGUAGGGUAAAGUCCCGCCUUCUUCGCCUCUGAUUGGCUAGAAAAGCUGGAAACAUCAUCACACGCUCAAGCCAAACGCGGGCUGUCGGCUCUGUACAUUGAACAGAACAUUACAGAACAUCCAUGUUGAUCUUCAGUCAUCCAGGUCAUGGUUUUCUUGAAGACUCCAAAGAUGUAACUGGACUGUGUAGAAUUGAGAAGAUCGCCUCUUAUUUAAGAAGCUUCUUCAGUUCUAAAAAUUGCUGGUGAGAGGAGCAGAUAUUUAUCUUACUGGAGAAGGGGACAAACAACGACUGGGAGGAGUUGGAAGGUCAUAGAAACCCAUCUCCAGGUGUUUUCCCCCUCGAGGGUCAUUAACCUGAAUGGGUCGUUAACAACCCCUGUCAUGUGACCACAUGACAUAUCUGCUCCUCUCACCAGCAAUUUUUAGAACUGCAGAAGCUUCUUGAAUAAGAGGCAAAACAUCUUCUCAACUCUACACAGUUCAGUUGCCUUUUUUAGAGUCUUCAAGAAAAACAUUACAGAACAUUAUCACACUUCUGAAUCUCCUAAUCCUAAUCCUAACCCUUAUCCUAACCCUAACCCUUACCCUAACCCUAAACCCAACCUGAUAGACGAUGAGGUUUCACAGCCAUAGGGAAUAACCAAUCGGAGCCCAUCACUGCUAGCCAAUCAGAGGCGAAGGAGGGCGGGACCUUCCCCUACCAUCCCACAACAACAAAAAUUGCUAGCCAGUCGACUGUGUCUUUAAAUCUUGUCGGCCCUGCAGGACGACGUCGUUGUCGUUAACCAAUCAGGAGCCACGUCGUUGUCCUUCCUGUUUUGUUACUAGAUUCAAUGAUGUCACACCAAACAAAUGCUGGAGAUACUCCUGUGAAAUGUUUCUAUUUCUGUCCGGGAGGAAACUGUCAGUCCUCUCACUUAGCUCCGUCGGGCCCAUCUCGAGUCUCCGAGGGGACAACUUGGAGAUCAGUGAUGUGACUUUCCAGCUUUAACCUCGCCUAGCAACGGAGAAAAUGUUUUCUAGGAAGGUGAAAGACCAGGAGAAGCCACUGACCCCGAAGUAUUCCAGCGUAUGUGACUCGCUUUUCAUUUGAGUUUCUAUGUUUUGAUCUCAGCGGUGUUUAGAGAAGUAUUUCUUAUCUUUGAGAAACGUUUUGAUAAAAGCGGAGCUAGCCUGGCUCACUAGCAUGCUAGCCCAUUAGUCAGUUCGGUUUAGUUCAGUGACCCAUGUUUGGAAAAGUAGACGCUGUCCGACAUACAGUUAUUUAACAGGGUCUAUUUAAUCCAACAGUGCUCUUAUCUGCUGUCUCGUUUGUCGUCUUCUUUUGGCACCUUGUGGAGCUUGUGAGUCUGCAAACUACUAAUGAAAACAUGCAGGUCUUAUCAUGCAGCAGUCUCUGUAAUCACACAUUACCAGACUCUGCUCAGAAGAGUAUUAUGCCUUUAUGACUGAACAUUAAAUACGCCGAUCUAAAUCGUUUCCAUAAGUAAUCAUCUCAGAUACAAGGCAUCAGGGACACUUGCAAAGACCCCUCAGUGGGCUUGUAUAAAACCAGCUUCUCUUCCGUUCAGAAAUUGAUAGCCGUCCUCCAGGAUAGUGGGGCACAGGUAUGCUUCCAAUGAAGUCUGUCGUGAACCAUCCCUGUGGUUUUAUUCGCAGCUGUUACGGGAAGCUCAGUCUGACUCUGUGAAUGCAGGCUUUUGUUUAUCCUAUUCAGCGCUUUAAAUGUCUGUCUGUAAUGAUAAACUUAAACAUUUAAUCUCUGUUAAAGAGAGACAGCAGCUUCUUGUGGAGUUUGCAGAAUGCGGUCGAGCUUGUUGGAAUAAUGUGAACUUUUGGUGUUGAAGUUUUUUACAUACUUUGCGAGUAUUGCUGACUCUAUUGACAAUUCAGGGGUUUUUUGGCACGUGUUGACGUGUUUUCCAGCACUUAACUUGGCAUUUCCAAUUACUCAUUUGUAUAAGCUGGUUCCCCUCCCUGGGUCAAAGUCGGUGGCUCUGUACUUGUCUUUGUACCAUUCUGCACAUGCUUUUUGUUCGGGUUUACUGAGGCAUCUCAUGGUGUAGAUAUUAAACAUAUUACACAAACAUGCCAAAUAUCUGAGUACUAUCAACAGCUCAUUCCUCCUACCUCUUAUUUGGCCCUCUUAUUUGCACAUCAGGUAUGGCAGGCCACUUAAGAAACAGCAGCAAGAAAAAGAAGAACAAUAUAAACCCAAACGCUUAUAAGUGUGUUAUUAUCACAGCCUUUGGAUGUAUCAAUAUCCAUCAGGCAGUGGUUUAGUCAAAUAUCUGGUCUUCAUCAGGCGAUAGUUUUGAAAAGUAUCACCCAAUGAAGACCAGGAUGCCAUCUUAUCUUCUUUUUCCGAAGGUCUUGUUACAGCUUUGUCAGCAAAUUUCUCAGCUGUACCACCAAUAAGAACAAUGUGAAAUCUGCCAGGAUAACACUACUUAGAGCAGAUUGUAUACUCAAAUUUAUUUUUUCCUUCCCACUGCCAGCAGUAGACCUGGCAGAGUUUUAUGUUCCUCCUGUUCCUGUCUUUGUACUACCAGGUAGUGUCACUGACGGAGUACCACCGUCGGAUUGAUGCACUUAACAGUGAGGAUCUGCGCUCACUCUGCAAACGACUCCAGGUGCCUUGACCAGCCCUGUCUGCCCCCUCUCUCUGCUCAGUCCAGCUGCUGUCCACACCAAAUGGUCUCCUAUAGAACCUGUAUUGCAGGACUUAGCUUAUGCUAAUGUUGCACACAUCCCAAAGCAAAUGUUCUUGUGAAUUUAUAUCAAAUACAGACAUCUUGAGCAGGUAUUUUUGGCUCACAAACCUUCUUCAAAAGGUGACAGAAACUCAAUCUGAAAUGAUCAGUUCAUCAGAGUACAGUUGGCUUUUGUGGAUAGACAGUUUGAAAUGACUUUGUCUGUCUUAACUUGAUUGGUUCUUACUGGCUGUUUGUGCUGGCUGUAUAAUCUAAGAGUAGAGCACAAAGAUGUGAGUGCACCUGUAAGAAAUCCCGCACUUUUUUAAAAACUAACAAUAAAUAAGCUGAAUGUUAAUAUGCAAGGAUGAUGAUUGAGCAAGAGAUGAUCAGAGCAAUAGAGGACAACGAAACUGUGCUGGAAGUAAGACUGCUAUACUGAAUGAUAUCUGCAACGUGAGCAGGCCCUUUUGGAGUAAGAACUGAAACAUGAGAGCAUCCAGGCAACCAGUGGUGGUACACUCCAUAGCCUCUGAUAUAAAUAACAAAUAAGCAGCUUGUUGUUCCGAAAAAGAGGAAACUGUAGAGUAAAAUUAAUUCAGGAACCACAACAUUUAGUUGAUUCCCUCUCAUAGACAGCAUCUCUGCCAAAUCAAUCCUUGACAUCUUGCAUUAUAAACAGGCAGAGAGAUAUUCUGCUAUGAUCAUCAAAUUGUGUGAUUAUCAAAGUGUAGAUAGCAAACAGUCUGUUCAUUAUUUUGUCCACUUUACAAUUUUUAAAACAUUUAUUGCUGUUAGUUAAACAUUUGCUACUAUUAAGAGCUAACUUAAUGUAGAUUUCAGUUUAUUUUUUCUCAUUUUAAUAUAUUUGUUGUAAAAACAAUCAACGGCCAAAGCUGUUUGGAAUUUCAAGGAUUAUUUGAAAUAAUCUUAAUAUGUUAAUUCACCUUGUAUAUUUGUCCUUAAUUUACAGAUGUAACUGCUUUAGAUGGCCUCACUGGUAAUCUCAUAAAAGUGACCAAAAUUUUAUACAAAAAGCAAAAGUGACGAUUAAUUGCAGCAUCAGUAAUUGAACCCACUGAGUAUUGGUGCUUUGAUGGAGUUAAACUACUCCUUGUCAUUGUAUAUAUUAACUUUUAUUGUUUCUUCUAGAUCACCACCAAGGAAGAGGUAAACUCCAAGCAUGGCACAGCCGUCAAGACUGAGAUGGAGCAGGAAACAUUCAAACCCAACCUCAGAGAACCAAGUGAUCUCCUGGAGGCUGAUCAGAUAGAGAAGGUACAGACAGAAACAGCUUUAGAAACCUGUUGUACAUGCAAUUGAGCAACAUUACAAUUAAGAGUUUGUUAAGCUAUGUGUGCCUCAAUAGUCAUUUGAAAGUCAAGUAGAAGUCAUGUUUCUCAUAUUAGUUUAAUACUAAACUCAACAAAUCAACUGAAAAGACCAAAACCAGUAAUAAAAUGUUCCUCAAAGUCUGUAUACACUGAUAUCUUUGUUCCAUAAUACUUCUAUUUUUACAGUGAACCCAAACAUAGACGUGUGUGAUCUGCUCACUUACUAUAAUGACAGCCUACAAAGACUUACUUUAGUAAUCUUAUUUCUCUGAAUUGGCAACAACAAGGGCUACAUUGUACUACAGUCACCAAAGUCACUACACAGAAGGAAAGUUCUGGGUAGAGCUGCACAGUUCUGGCCAAAACUAUAAUCUCAAUGAUGUGAAUCAGUGCUGAGGUGAUGAUUUGUAAUCUAGACUAUUUAUAAAAUUUAGGGACUAAUUUAAUAUUCGUAAUAACACUCUAAAGUGAUUUAGCUGAUUCUAGACAGUUACUAAAUUACUGAAGAAGUACUUGGUCUCUUGUGUGAAUAAAUCCACUCUGUGCCACCACCAUCCCCUCCCCGAGUCUGUAAACAACUUGAUUUUGUUAACAGUCCCUUGUUUAAGCGGACCGGAAUUUGACCUUAGUCAUUCUUUUUAACAGUUUGCUUAGACACUCACUAUAGAUUUCUCGUAACAUACCAUAGUGAUACAUAUAAAGUAUAUCCAGCUGAGCUUGUCGUCAAUAAUGACACCUGAGACACUAAUCACAGAAGUUCAAGUACAUCAUUGGUGAUGACACUGACCUGGAUUAGAUCUGAAAGAGUUCCUUUUUGAGGCUUAAACAUUAUAAAAACUCUUUUUUUUUUAAUGUUGAGAGAUGACCUGACCUUAAUCUGUUACAAUAAUAUAAGUAUUAUCAGCAAAUGAAAUUAAAAGAGCAUCUUUAGAUAUCAAAUGCAAGUCACACCACACACCACAUUGUAUUUGGCUAUACUAGAAAUUUGCGCUGUUCCAGCUGACGUGUUGUUUCCUGUUAAAAAGGAUUCAAACCCAUUAAGUUUGUUACCAGUGACACGAUGAGAUUGAAGCUGUGUUUUAAAUACAUUACGGUCUAGUAUGUCAAAAGCUCCAUAAGCACAAAUAUAAGCACACAAAGAAACAUAUUACACUUGCCGUGUUCGUGCAUUCACAUCAAUGUGCAACCUUCAGUUGUUUUUAUAUGAUGGAUGAUACUAUAAUGUGAGCUGAUUGCACUGUGCUUGUGUUCAGAUGUACAAAUGAUCUUGUAGCUCUGGUGUGAAAACUGCUUUAAAGCUAGUUUGUCUGUGAUUUAAUUGCUCCAAAGCACCUGCCAGAGGGCAACAGUCAAUGGUGUCUGGGAUGGGAUGAGUCCUUGAAAAGGCUGUGUACUCUCCUACAGCAGUAUAUGCUGUAAACGUUCUCAAGGGAGGGGAGAGGCCAUGUACUGAUGUUGUGAGCGGUGGAAAUUACCCUCUGAGAUGCCCUUUGUCAUGCUGCAGAGUAGCUAGCAUACCAAGUAAAUGUGCAGCAGCAGUAGUAGAAGGACACCAUCCCCUUCACAGCCAAGUUGUUCUAUCACAGUUGUUCUAUAUAAUGUGGAGGCGCUGUUGGGUUUUCUUCUGGUUGGAUGCAGUAGUGUUAGAUGCCAAGGACAGGUCACCAUCCAUAUGCAGGCCCAGGAGCUUGUAGUAGGAGACUGUCUCCACACAGUCCCCACAGAUGUAGAUGGGGAAUUAUAUCGGUUCUCCUUUCCUUCCUUGGUGGCUGUUUACGGGAUGACGCCAAGACCCAGUAAUCAGCAGGAUGCAACAGUCCUGAAUGUGGGUGUUCACAGCAAUAUGUAACCUCAGUCCAUCUAGUUAAUUGAUGAGGGCUCAGGUUAGACAAAUCCUGGAAAGAGGUGGUCUCUUAAAGGGAUAUUCCAGUGUAAGUUUAAGUCAUGGUCAAACACACCGUAACACCAGGGGACAGGGGGUGUCUAACUCAGUAUUACGGUGUGUUUGACCAUGACUUAAAUUUACGCCAUAAUAUCCCUCUAAGACUUGUGAGCAGGCCAGCCUCACAGCACCUCUUCUGCCUCCUGUAUCCCAACCAUAUGCUCUGCUUGUCUGUGCGGAUGUCCAUCAAUGGUCGGUCAGUAUCCUCCUACCUCCAGUCUGUGGUGAGAGCAGAAAUAUGUAGUUGUGACUGUUUUUUUUUUUUACUCUAAACAACCGGUAGAUAGAGUCAGUACUGGCCUUAAUGAGUAAAAAUACAUACAGUACAUACACACUUGCCAAAAGCACAGAAAAAGAGAGCUGCGAGCCCCUGUGUACAGUGAAUAAGUUUUAUCAGAAACAUAAGUAUAUUCUUCAACAAAUAUUUAGUGGUUUCAGUUAGGGACAUUAAGCCUAUGUAUUAUUCAUCCAUUAAUUUAUUCAAAAAAUAACCAAACACUUCAUAAAACAUGAGAAUCUGUGCACCACUGAUGUUUGGAGACUUUGACAGUGCAUAAUGAUCAUUCCCUCAGUCGUCUUUGCAUGAGUGGAGGAUGACGAUUUGUCUCUGCCCAGCAGAUCAGAGGGGGAGAGGACCAACAUGUUGCAAUUCAUAAUGAAAUCAGGAAUAAGCAAAGCUGUUGGUUUCAAGACCACGUCCAUAAAAAUGACUGUGUCAAACUUUUGAACCCAUCCUUUGCAGGUGUCAUAUUUUGUACCUCGAUUAAAGCAAUAAGAUGUCAUUUUUUUUUUUAUUUUCAUGAACUAUUUUGAUGAAUAUUCACUAACUACAAAAAAAUGGGAAACAGCAAAUAUGAAAUACCGUGGUAUCAACAAGCCAUCAGCAGAACAAACCUCACCUCAGCUCAACUCAUGUCCUGACAGGAACUGUUUGCACCUGCGCUGGUACCCCAACUAAGUACAGAUUUGCUCCUUUGGGAACAUUUCAGCAUUUAGCCAGAUAGAAGAGGAGAAUCAGCUAAUUUAGACGAGGCAAUGUGUGAAAUCAGUGCCAAAAACAUCCUUGGAAAAUGAGGACACAAUUUGAAUUUGGGGUAUCAUCCAGCAGUAACUUAGUUUAGCAAUCAAAUUGAAGCUGUUGCCCCUCCGGGACAGAAUCGAGCGACUCACUCUAGUGCCAGCCUGGAGUCAGUGAAGCCUUUGUUUGCCUAAUACAAAACUGAAAGUGACUGAGAUAAAGGCCUUACAGACGCUGUCAGACAGUAUCUGGAAAGGAGAUGGGUCGUUUCCCACAGUAGAGAAGCUGGUAUUCAAGUUAAGGAAAUCUGACAAGCAAUUCUAGUUUAAUAGAAAAAUUAUGAAUGGAGUUGAAGUUAACCUCUUAAAAGACUGAAGAUCCACCUCCCGUCCUGCUACCGCAGAGAGGGUACACUAACCUUGACCAUAAGUCCAGGAAAAGAUGUUAUUCAGACAUAUUAUAUCCUUAAAGAAUCUACGGAUUCUUCUUCAAAUCUACCAAGAGCAGAGUCACCCACACAAUAUGAUUCUGCUCAAGUUGUCUGUGGUCUAAAAGAGCAGGGUUUGAAUUUUUUCAUAGUGUAAGCAAGCUGUGGGAAAAGCUGCUAGUGGAGCUCAGAUCCAGAUCUUUGGCUCAUUAAGAAGCAGCUCUUUCUACUCCCAUAUGACUCUCAGAGACCAGUCCUUCAGGACCAACACAAACUACCCACAUCAGUGUAAUGUCUUCUGUCACGGUGCGGUGAAAAUAAGUAAUGUGAAAAUAACACUGUUGAAGAAAACUAAAACGGUUCUGUGAAGUAUUUUUUUUAAAUGAAUGUCCACAUUAAUAAACAUUAACACCAAAAAUGUAAUGCCAAUAAUUAAGGAUUAUUAGUUUAACAGACCUGUGCAUACACUGUUAUUGAUUAGUUUCUCAUUUAUUACCAACUAUCAGUCAUCAGUUGUCUUAGUGGAACAGAUCAAAUCACACUAAAUUCUGCUACAAGUGAAAAAAAUCCUCCGAGUCAGAUCUUCUGACACAGAAAAGCUGCUCUCUACUCACAGUGCUCCUCAAAGGUUGACAAAUACAGAUGUUAUACAGAAGUUAUACAGAAGUUACAGUCAAUUUUAAGCGUUAAAUGAAUUAUAAAGUUUUCCAGUGAAGAAGUUGAUAUAUUGCGAUGCAUAAACCAGAUUUUGUUGAGAACUCACCCAGUUUCCCUGGAUUCAAAAUGACUAUCUGUAGGUUGUAGGUAUUAAUGAACUCAUUGCCAACUCAACCUGUUACUCCUCACAUUAAACUUUGAUUUGACAAAAACAUGAGUGAAAAAAUAACAGAAUGACAAUAAGGAACAUUUGAGGUACAGGUUAACCCUCUUAGAGGUUGCCGGCUCAUACAAACAAACUUCAACUUUCUACAACUGUUAUAAAUAUUCAUUAAGGUACCAGGCCUAACUCACACCACAGAAAUUCCAAGAAAAGCCCUGGUUCAACCUGAAGUAGCUAUGUCUACAGCAAAUCAGGGCUGCUUUGGCUCCACCACUGGAGAAUCUACUGAACCAGUGAGCGAGGAGCAAAUGGGCCGAUGAAUCACUGGAGGGUGAACACAGCAUAAAGACGCCUCUGUCUCUGCUGGCUCAUGUUUAUGUCAGUGUCUGUUUUGUUUUUUUCUCUAUAACUGAGGCUUCUGCUGUGUUGCUCUUCUGGUGCCUGUCAGCUGGAGCUCCUCAUGCACCAUAGCCAAUCUUAUAUGAAGUACACAAAAGCUUUGGGUUCAAGUUCAGAUAUUGCACCAGAAAAAGACCAAAUUUGGCUGAGUACAAGUCUUUCAUUGUUAUUUAUUUUAUUUUUUUCAGGUUUUAAUUGCAUUUGUAAUAUAACUGAUCAUAAAGAUUUAUUGUUUGUCCUAAAACAGUAUUAAAUUUUGUGCCCCUUCGGGUUUCUAUUCAUCUGAAUGUUCUUUCAGACAUUAAUAGAGUACUUUUGAAAGUUCUCUUCAAAAUUUAUAAUCCAAAAUAAUAAAAGAAUACUUUGAAAGAAACAAUCAUCAAACCCUGCUGUUCAGAUCAAAAUGAAACUUCCGGUUCUGUUCCGAUGUGCGUUUCUGUGGGUCAAAGACAGAAACAGAGGUUUAUGCUCCAUUAUUGUAUUUUUUUUAAUGAUUUUUUUUUUCUGAUUGCCUGAAGUUUUAACCAGCUGUCAUGUUUUUACAGGAUUUCUUACUUUUAUUUCAGUUAACAUGAACAUCUUUGGCAUUUUAGUUGUAGUGAUUUCCUUCACGAUAAUGACCUUGCUCCCUCACCUCAUCUCCUGACUCAGUGCGGCUGUAGCAGAAGCUGACUGCCUGGUGACAUGCUACUUAGAUAAUGAAAAGGUUACUCGUACCCUCCCCUAGCAAGUUCAACCUGUAGGAUACUGUAUCUGUUACCUGGCCCUGGUGGCUCUACAACCUGGAGGAAAUGUCCCAGUUCUCCGACUCUGGACUGGUGACUGUAGUCUCUCUUCGUUUAGUUUUUCAUUAUUUUAUGGUGAUCCAUUCAUUCUUUUUAUGCCCACAGCUUGCAAGAAAUCUGCCACCACGGACCAUUGGAUACCCAUGGACGCUAGCUUUUGGCACAUCUAAACAUGGCAUGAGCAUUAAGACGCUGUACAGAGCCAUGCAGGGCCAGGACACCCCAGUGCUCAUGGUUAUCAAGGACAGUGACGGCCAAGUAAGCUUUGAGUACAACAUCAUGUUUGAUUAGCACAGCUUUGCAUAUAGCUGAGGCUCGUUGUCGAUUCACAACUGAUUUCAUUGUCUGAACCUUUAAAAUGAACCACAGACAAAGAAGCUGAAAUCAAAGCAGCCUGUAUAGAUUUCACAUUUCACUUAAAUUAAGUGUAGAUGAAAGUGAUGCAAUUAUCCAAUUGUUUUAGCCAUUCCAAGGGUCAUCUGAGUUUUUUAGAGUCAAAGCUUUCAGCUUCUAAUGGCUCUAAACGCAGAGCUGCAGAUGUGUAGUCAGGCAGCUGGUAGCACUGCACAAGCCAAAACAAAUCUGAAAAUGAAGUACUAGACUUAUUUCAUGAUCAAUAAUUCUGAUCAUUUUCAUUAAUCAAGUGUGCUGUGGUCACUUUGUCUUUGUUUCUGUUCCUCCAGGUGUUUGGUGCAUUAGCAUCGGAGCCCUUUAAAAUCAGCGACGGCUUUUAUGGCACAGGAGAGACAUUCCUCUUCACGUUCAAUCCAGAGUUCGAGGUACGCUGCUCAAACAUGCCGUUUCGUUGAUGCAUAGUUUAACUGUAGACAAAUAUGACAUGCAGAAGUGAUCUGUCUUCUGGCAACAGUAAUGAAGUCAUACAUUUAACCUAGCAAUAAAACAGCAAAUCCUUAAUUUUGUUCUUUCUACAGCAAAAGUGUUUGAUACAUAAUAUGCGUAUAUAACAACUAUCAGCUUGAAGUAAAAAGUCCUUCCUGUUAUCACAAAGGCGUGAUGAUGGCAGAUCUUUCUUCCAGAAGUUUGUAAUGAUGGUCACGCAGCCAUCACAUGUGGCUUUAGCUGAUACUGGGAAAUGUGUGCAUCCAGGGUUCAAUUGCUGCUUUAUCAUAAUGUGCUUUGAUUAGGAUAUACCAAGCUCAGUUUACAGUAUUUGGGAUUUUUUUUUCCUUUAACUUUGAUGAGGGAAAAAUGAAAAUGUGGGGUACGUCUGAUUGACAUUUAAUUUAGUGGCUUUUUCGUUGUUGUUGUUUAACACCAUCAAAGAAUCUCAGGCAAGCUAAAUUGGAUUCAGUGCAAAACCACACAUUGAUAUCCUGUGUAUUGCCUGUGUGUGUCAGUGGUGGAUAAAGUACCUAAAAGCCAAACCUGAGUAAAGGUUUAGAUCUAAAACCACAAAUUGACAUCGGCACUUUAAAUGUCUGAUAACGUUUGUAUUCGGGCACAGGGGGAUUCCUUUACAGCUUUAAAGUUAAUAUUACCAGAGAGAUUUAAUAUGAAGUUCUCACAGCUGUUCGUAGGACCCAGCUCCCAUUUACAGCUGAGGUAAGCCAAUGACCAGAUUUCAUGCAUGUGGAUCCCUCUAGUGGCUGAUGAUUGAUACUGCAGCCUCAGCUCUAGAGAGGGCUGUCAUCUUUUCAAGGGGUGGCUGUGGCUCAGAGGUAGAGUCAGAAGGUGGAGGUUUAUGCCUAGGAUCCUUGGGGAAGACACUUGGUCCUAACUCUGCCCCUGCUGACUGUACCUGUUCGCGUAAAAAUGGAAUUAGCUAAAACUGAUGGGCUCUGUACACAUCAGCCUCUGCCAUCAGUGUGUGAAUGAAUGUAAGCUGUUAUUCUCAUCAAGGCUGCAUUCAUCUCCAUUCAAUAACAAAGAAACAUCAAAAUCUUAAGAGGAAACCCUUCGACUGCGUUCUGGUGUAUCCCAGAGUUCUGUUGUAGCUGGUUUUGUUGAUUCUGAAUCCACCCUCUGAUGUCAAUGUGUUUUUCUCCUAUCAGACCGGAGACUCGUGACACCAAUGUAAGACCACUGAUUAUACCAUAAACCUUUUUUUUCUGAUAUAUUCUCAUCAUUCCUUCAACAGGUAUUCAAAUGGACAGGUGACAACAUGUUCUUCAUCAAAGGAGAUAUGGACUCCUUAGCUUUUGGUGGAGGAAGGUGAGCCCAUGCUACCUUUCACAGACACAGUAUCUCCAAAUUUUCCACAGUUGUGAUGAAACUGUUCAGACCUUUUACUUAAAGUUGGUUGGUGUAUGAUCUUAUUCUUGAGGGUGGUUGACAGUGUGACAACAAGUGGUCCUCCUGUCUAAAACUCUUUCUUCUUUUCAGCGGAGAGUUUGGCCUGUGGCUGGACGGAGACCUUUACCAUGGCAGGAGUCACUCAUGUAAAACAUUUGGAAACCCGAUGCUCUCAAAAAAGGAGGAUUUCUAUGUGCAGGACAUAGAGAUCUGGGCUUUUGAAUAACAAAACAGCUCGCCACAGGGAAAUACAAACAAGUCCUGUGAAAGGCAAAUGGAGGAGUCCUCUUCCUUUAGAACAAUGGUAAUGUCCCAAACCUAACUGCACAUCACCAGGGCUCCUCAGGCCAGAAGCCAGCUUUUGGAUGCUUGUUGUGCAUUACUACUUCAGUUAUUAUGGAGCUUAUUCUCUUUGUGAAAAAUGUCCUUUGUGUGUAUCUUGUUACAGCCUUGCACAUCUUUUUUGCUGAGUAGGGAGAGUGUGUCAGGCAGUAAAAGUGAAGGCAAGAUAAGGUUAUGACAGAGUAAUGAGAGGGGAGAAAAGCAGGGAUGGGACCACGAAGGCCCUGGUGAGGGUGAGGACCACGAGAGUUAUCUUCACCUGAUAGCUGGUGGAGAUGAUGACGGAUUGGGUUUGGGACAGCUGCGAGAAGAAAGAACUGUCCUUCAAGUCCAGAUUGUGCAUCUGAACUUAACAGAGCCUCAAGGUCCCUGGCACACAGUCCCACUACAACUUAAUUUGUUUGGUUGGGUGUUACUUACUGUGCUUCUCAGCCUUAACAAAUGAAGACCCAGUUAGAGUGAAAGAAACAGGACAAAAACCGAACACAUUCCUUUCCUCCUGGUGAUUUGGAAGAGUCAAAAUACAGCUGUAAGUCCAGGUAAAAAAUAUAUAUAUACCAAACUUAAUAGUUGCAGGUCACAAUGACACAUCACAGAGGAGAGAAACUGUUUGUCAGAUGGAUUGGUCUUUUUACAGUACUGUUUAUGGGUUGUCCCCUGAGGCUAAACUAUUGAGUAUUGUGAAUCGUAGCCCUCCUGUUGUUCACAGUCAUAGCACACCAUCCGAAAGCACAUAGCUAUAACCAGAUUAUCCAUUGUUGUAAUGUUGUGUUUGGUGGAUGUAUGUGUGAGUCCAGCUAAUACCAGCUCCCCUCGCAGGGUGCUGGUUUUACUGUUUGUAGACAGUAACUUGUUGCAAUAGAUUUGUGGAAUAUGCAAAUAACUGUCCUGUGACCUCAAAUACCCGCAGGUUGUGGCACUUUUGCUGCCGCUUGGCACUCUUUCAAAAGACAAACUUGUAAAGCUUCUACGUCUUAAUACACAAUUGCUUUCCUGGGUAUCAGUUGAAAAGCCUAAGACAUUGUUAACUGUUUAACAUGCUUAUAAGACAAUGUAUCAGUAUAUAUGAUUAUAUAUUGAUAUAAAUAAUCAUAUAUACAUUGCUGUUAAGUGUGACAGUGAUCUAUUUGUGCUGAUAUUUCAGCUUCUAAAAUAUAAUGUAUAUUUCCUUGUAAAUUCAUGUUAAAAUAGUAGAUUUGUCCUACACACAUACACACACACAUCAUAAUAUAAAUAUAUAUAUUUCGUUAUACAAAUAUAUAUAUAUAAUGCUCUAUAUAUAAUGCUUCAUUUUAUAUAUAUAUAUAUAUGUGUAUAUAUAUAUAUAUAUAUAUAUAUAUAUAUAUAUAUAUAUAUAUAUAUAUAGUGUGGAUUGGUGGGUUGCUUCUAGCACUUUAAACUGGUGUAAUAGUGUUAAGGCCAGGUUCCUAUAUUCUAUUAGCAGUAGCUGUACAGUACUUUUGGGUCAGAACAUUGAGGCGUUAGCUAUUGGUAGGAGCUUUUAUGCUACCAAUAUUGAUGAGGGUAAGCACCAAUGCUCUGUGUGUGUAAAGAAGAGAAUUCAAGGUAGGAAAGGGGGAUGAAAUGUGACCUAAUGACAGGCAGCCAGGGGAUAUGUCACCCCGUAGGAGGCGUUCUACCCCUCUUUCUGGUCUUCCACACCAGUAUUUGUGUACUUGUGGAGAGUUACAAAAAUAUAUGGAUAUUUCUUCCAAUUAUUUCACCAGAAUAAAAUGUAUCAGUGAUGUUUAACGAAAAAUAAAGCUGAGUUAAUUGUUGUAA